AUUCAGUUUGCUAGGAGAAGCAGAGGGAUCAUGUUUUGAUACAUUAUCCACCUGUCAGGUGCUCCCUGCAGCCUCCAAACAAUGGAGAGGAAAAUAGCCAGGGAAUUCAGACACAAGGUAAGAACCCCCCUGCUUUCAUAGCAUGGCUGCCCAGUGCCUGCUGACACUUAGUACAUACCAGGGCACCUUUAAGGAGGCAGCCCCCAGUCCAUAUCCCAGGAAGGAGCCCUGUUCACAUCACACGUCUUGAACUAUGGACUCUGUGCUAUCAAUUAACCAAAGGAGAGACACUAUGGAUCUUUGUAGUGAAUGCAUUUACCAGGCAAACAUCAGUCACAGGGCAAGUGCUAGGCUUGCAAGAUAUCUCACUUUUAUUAUGGGAGGUGGGGUUAUUAAUUAAAUAGUGUAUUGAAAACUGAAUUGCAACAUGCAGACUAUAACAAUCAAACUGUGACUGGGGUAUUUUUUUUAAUUUUUUUUUAAAUCAUCUAUUUUGGCCUAAAUUUUGAAAUGUAAUUUUCUGUUGACUGCAAUUCACUGUUUAGUGAAUGAACCCAGUUGUGUAUUAUUAUUAUUAUUAUUAUUAUUAUUAUUAUUAUUUAUUUUUAUUUUUUUUAUUAUUUCUUUUAGCAAAUUAAUAAAAAAAACAAAAAAAACAUAUGAACUUAAAUCGCACAGGCUUGCGAAAAAAGGUCAUAUAGCCAUAAACCUAUAAUAAAUAUAUUUAUUUAAGAGAGAAUUGCUAAUAUUGCCAUGCAUUAACUAUGUGAGUGCUAUAUGGGGAAACUGAAUUUUUUAAAUUAACCUACUGAGGGGCAUGCUGGUUUUUGGGGGUUUUUUUCUGAAAAGACUGUGAUGCAGUAUGAACCAGAAGGACUUUCUCUAACAUUUUUAGGGUUAACUUUAUCCAAGCAUGUUUGUUGUAAGGCCUGUAAUAUGUUGUACACCCAAGCGUAACGGAUAUAGUGUAGUAAAUGCUGGUGCUGCCGAUGAAAAGUAUAAUUUCUAUAGAUUAAUAUAACACAGAAAUUCAAAUGUUUUCAAUACUAGAAUGGGCCACAAUUUAACCAUCUCUUGAUAAUGAAAAUGGUCAUGUAAUUGAUCAUCUAAAGAACUUACAUUUCCAUGUUGGAAAGUAGAUUUAUAAUUGAAUUGAUAAUCGAGUAUUUAUUUUCCAGUAAUUUCAAAUUUUCAGACUGUUCCUGGUGGCAUAAACCUCAUCCGUCAGAUUAUUAUUAUAUCCUAGGAGAGGUAUUUUGAAUUGUCCCUUUAAGUGAUCCGAUCAGUAGCUAAAAAUAAAUAAAUUAGGAAUUAUAAUAACUGGGUGCAUUGGGAAAUAGAUACUGGGACUUUUACAAAGAAAACAUUAAAUGAAAGAAAGGUGAUAAAUAUGUGUGCAAUCCAUCCCAAAUAUAGAAUGUUUUAUUAAUAUAACUGGAUCACUGGUAUAUUACUGGAUUCCCAUAUUUAAUAUUAUUCAAAUCAAUAAUAUUUCCUUUACACAGCAUUGUACCAGACUCGCUUAAUGUAAUGGGAGCUGCAGUCCAAAAUCUCUGGAGUGGCAGAGAAUGAGUCUCAUGGGAGUGGACAAAAAAUUUAUUUUAAAUUUUUCCUAAAUUAAAUCUAGAUUGCAAAAUUUGGGAUUUAGUGAAUAACCCUAUAAGUAAAUACUAGUUUUAUUUUCUAAACCUUUGAUAACUUAGAACAUUAUUCCCCCUGGGGAUUAUUUAAAAAACAAAAAAAUGGGAGUUUUGGCAGUAAUUAAAAUUAAAAAGCAAUUAGGUAUGUACGGCAUUGGUUAUAAUAUACUAUAUGACUUUGAUGUCUUAUACAUAAACCUCAUGUAAAAUGUGAUUUGAAACCUUUCAACAAACAUUGUAAAAAUUAUAAUUAAAAAAGUAAUCUGCCCAUCAUAUCUCCUCCUGAACUGACUCCGGUUACAAUAGUUUUGAAACAUUUCUAACUCAAAUGCACUUGUGAAUACCUCUUAACUGUCAGAAUGAGUCACAUGGCAUUGAGAUUUAUCAAAAUGUCAUGGCCUAUCCUUCGGAAAUAAAAGAUGAGUGGUGGAGGUAUGCUGCGCAUGUGAGACAUGCCUGUGCCUUAGUGAGAAAUCCAUAUAUUUUGCUGGUGAAUGCUGUUACCAUAGUGCAGAGAGCAGAAGGACUGCCUGUGGGAGGUCUUUUCUGCUGUCCCUUGUCAGACAGUUCUUCUGGGUAGAGCCUGAGGUUUUUUCUCUCAGUAUCCUAGUGUUUUACAAGAAAAAUGCAUGAAUUUUGCUCAGCACACACAGAAGUAAAGUGCACAGAGGAGCUUCACCAAUGUGAAUGUGAGGGUGGCCGAUGAGCUCAUCCUUAGUGUCAUGAAUGACAUGAGUGAUGGUUCUGCACAUGGGCACUUAUAGAAACCAUCAUGAAAUCACACAGUCCUCAAACACUGAAUUUACAGUAGUUUUGCAUAGUUUUUGCUAGCAGUAGGAUGAGUGCAUGAAGGGGCUGCAUGCUUUUUAUAGGUGUUCCUCAUAAGCAACACAUAUAUACUUGACAAACUGUUGUACUUCUUCUGGAUAUUGUAAGGUGCAGACAAUCUAUCUACAUUUAAAGGAGCACUUUAGCAUUAGGAAUACACAUCUUUAUUCAUAACGCUACAGUCUUGAUGUGCCCACUUUGUUCAGGCCCCCUCCAGUGUUAAACUAUUAAAAAUAAAUUAGUCAACUUCUCUCCAGCGCAGAGUCUCCCACCAGGAUGACGGCCCAAUACAAUGCUUCUCAUAGUGGAGCAUUGGGGAUCAAAGGCGCAUGCGCAACACUCGCCUACAAUUCUGCCCUACAGAAUCAUUGAGUACAAUGAUUCUCUAUAGCAGACCUUGACAGCAUUUAACACAAAAUAUGUUAAUGGACUGUUUUUCCCCAGCUCUCAUACCCAGAGAGCCCGAAGGCCGAGCUUCUAAGCCUUCUAAUUAGUAAAAUAAAGGGAUUUGGGGAUAGGACGAAAGAAUUGGACUAAAGGCACUAUAACAACACACAUGAAGUUGUUAUAGUGCCUACAGUGUUCCUAUAAAGUGAACCAGGGAUUAGUUGUUUUUUUCACUUCCCAUAAAUCGGCUCCAAAUACAUUGAGUAAAUCAUAUAUCGCAGGGAUACAUAUAUUCAAUGUAAAAUUCGGAGAUAUACUUACCUUAUCACUGAUCCAGCGCCCUUUUCUCAGCUUUGUGAGUGUUACUCUUCUGUAACACCCACUUCUGGUCCGCAAUUUACUCCUCCACACUUUGCUCCUUUCAUUUACCCUACUUGGGGACGCUUCCCCAUACAAGUAAAAUCUCCACUGUAAUGUCGACAUGCUGGCUUUAUUGCCAACGUCAGAGAGUUAACAUAUCAACCACAGCGCAUCCCUAGGCGUGAAACGAGUAGUAGUUGUUAUAGUCCUGACAGGCACACUAUAAAUCUAACUUUUCACCCAAAUAUUCCUGGGUGAAAUCCAAUAUUUGUGACAUAGUCUAGUUUAAGUGGAUCAUGUGUUGCGCUGGAGGAGGAUCAGAGUCCAGUGAUUUGUUUCAAAAAAGGGACUUUUUAAGAGAUAAAUACUGGAUAUUGUAUCUUUUGUUUUUCAAAUUCCUUUUUUUUUUUAUCACUUCUAUAAAUACUUUACAAAUUACUGGGAAACCCUCUCCUGAGUUGUCCCUUAAAAUAUAUUUCAUUCGGAAAUAUUUUCAUGUAGUGUGGAUCUACACUUUUCAUAUGAUCAGUUCAGCUUUUUUUUUUUUUUUUAUUCUUCGUUAUCUGUCUCAUCAAAGUUAUUUUUCCUGCAAUUUUCCAUCUUACAAGACAUGAAACCUUUACUUAGACACAUCAAUAGAACUGAUAUAUUGAUUUGACCUCAAGUCAUUUUCAAACAGUAAUUCCUGCUUGAGCAGAUGCAGAUGGACUUAAAGUCAGAUAGCUUUAGCUUCGGCUAAAUUAUGGAUUUGCCCUUUUGCAUAAACAAUUCUGUUGUGGAUACAUUCCAGUUUGAUUGCUUUAGCUGGGUCAAUACUGUUUAUUUUUUUAUGGAGUGCGUUAGAAUUAGUGAUAGGAUGUAUAAUGGUCCAACAAUUCAUUAUGGGCUUUGACCUGUUAAAAAUUGAUGAAAGAUUUUUAAUAGAAAACACUAAGAGACAGAUGGGAUACUGGCUUCAAUCAGAUUCAUGCAAUCCCCAUAGGGUUAUUUAUUAUACACAGCCUGACAACAUGGAAAAAAAUAAGUUACCCAGGAAACCAUGUUAAAAAACAAAACCUUCUACAGGAAGAUAUUAUCUUUAUUCUGUGUGAUGCAUUUAUUAAAGCCUGUUCUCAUGUUAAAGACUGGACCAGGUUACAUUCAUUUGGAAUAACCGCAAAAUCUAUCUAGCUUCCAUUGCCAGAUAUAUUCCUUUAGGACCGUAUCCAUUUCUGUUUAACUUGUUUAUAUAUUAAUAUAUAUUGAUCUUAUGCAUAUUGUGAAGAUGCUACUGUAGCGCGUGGAGCGUGUGCGACUGCAUUUAUUGUAACUUCAACUCGUCACAUACUUUUGUUUCAAUAUGUUAAAAGGAAAAGCUCCUGUUAAAAGGCUCGGGUAUAGCCAAAAUGUAUUUGAAUGUCAUGGAGAGUGAGUGACACUGAGACUUGUUGCUCUUAUUUUGAGAAUUUCAAUGUACUCAUUGUAAGAGUCUGUCCUAAACCCUCAGCAGUCUGUCCCUCAAUCUGAAAAUCUGCUUUUUAACCUUGUGAAUCGGCAGAUAAACCUAGAUAAUCUACUCAUCCCAACCUAGAAAUCUGAGAGGAUCUUCCAAUUUAAUUUAGAAAGUUAAGCAUUCAUUUAGAGAAUCUUAAUGUGACCUUGUCAUCAAAAACGUGUAUUAACAUUAAUAUCACUAUAUAGCCCUCCUGAACCCCAUUUGCCCCCAUUAAAUAUAGUAAAAUCUUCCCUUAUCUCCAGCGCCGUGCAGAUCCGAAGGUGCUUACUCCACCUCUGAUCCACUUCCUUGGCUGGCAUCAUCACAAAGCUUUCCCAUUGAUUGGAUUUACUGAGAUUGUCAAUUCUGAUCAUCUCAGUUAAAGAGGUGGGCUGGGGGUGGAACCAAAUGCCACCCUGGCCUAUCAGCAUCUACUCAUAGAGAUGCAUUGAAUCAGUGCAUCUCUAUGGGGUAAGCACAGCAUCGCCAAGAAGCACUCUAGUAUCUAUCUGAGAAGUGGCCCACUGGAUGUGUUUCUAGGCUGUAAGGUAAACACUGCCUUUUUCUCUGAAAAGGCAGUGUUUACAUUAAAAAAACCUGCAGGGACUGACUAUACUCACCAUACAACUAUGUUAAGCUGUAGUUGCUAUGAUAACUAUAGUGUCCCUUUAAAUUAGCUCUGAAUUCAUUGAAUACAUCAUAUAACACAGAGAUACUUAGUGAAGUUUAUACAAAGUCAAAUAACUAUGGAUACUCACCUGACUUCCAUUCCAGUACCAUCUUGCCAGUAUGCCAGCGUCUGAACUGUGCGAUGUCAGUUACUCUAUUCCUAUACUUCCUAUUCAGUGCCAGCAGCUAUGUGUGGAGAGCAAAAGGACCACCUGUGGGAAGUCCUUUCUGCUAUUUGUCGACUUUGUGUCUAUGCCUGAAGAAUUGACUGAAAAGUGUUACAAAACAGCGGGAAUUUACCGAAGGCCAAGCUACUGAUUUUCUCUAAGCCUUUGUCCAAUCUCAGGGUUCUCAUAUUCUUUGUUUUUGUUGUAAUGCAUUAGCUUGGCUCCCCCCAAGUUAAAAGGGUAAUCCAGAUGACCCUGUGCUCACUAUGCCUAGAAGGGUAUCUGCUAAACCUCAGUGACGAGGCCCAAAAAAGGCUGAAGAGAUCGUCUAGGGUUGUGCAGAGAGAACUUGCUGGUAUUUUGGUUCUAGACUGCCGUUAUGGGUGGGAUCAUAACUUGUUAUAGGCAUUAAAUGUCCCCUUUAACAUUCUCUGCGAAUCUACCCAUUCAGACCUAGCAAUUUCGCCAUUCACCCCGAGUUUGGAAGCAUCUGCCAAUUGAUGUUGAGAAUCGUCCAUCUAUUUAACUCAAUUAAAUACCCAUUCUCUCUAAAUCACUGAAAAUCUGCUCAUUCGCUGUGAGAUUCUAUAAGACUGCAGAACCUGAAAAUGUGUAUUACAUCUGCCCCAUUUUUAUAUUCAGAUUCACAUUCAACGUUCUCACUGUACAAUGUACAUACAAGGAAAAUGAAACCCAGUUGGCCUCUGGACAGAAAUGCGGCAGAAAUUAAUAAAAUACUAUAUAAAAUGUACUCUGUGUAGGCCUUUUACAAUCUAUACCUAUAUUGCUUUAAAGGGAGGUAUUUAAUUGAUCUUCUAAGAGGAUUAAAUUGAAAAUACUUUAUUAAAACCUAGUGAAAUGUUAGCAAACCAUGUUAUUUGUCACAAAACAUUCUCAUCCCUUGUCCAGUCUGGAGAAAGGGGGUCUUCCUGACACCUUCCCUCUCCAGGAUAUCUUAUUUUAUUAAUCUCCCUGUAGUAAUAUUUUUUACACAUUUACCUUUGUUGAACUUCGACCCUCCAUUUUGAAUAUACUAGUGAAGUUGUCAAUGGGUAAUGUAUGGCGUAAAUUUGACGUAGUUGACUAUGUAAUUCAAGAAAGUAUAUGUGAUUUAUUGGCAAAAAGAGAAUAUAUUUGCAGAAUAUAUUAAAUGUCUUUAAUAUCAAUCCAGCACAUUAAUAGAUGAUAACGUUUAUUGCAUUAAUACAGUGAAAACAGACACAAAACUGUUUUAAAUCAACAGAUUGUGGAAGAUGAUAAAUAUAGUGUUACCCCUUUGGCAUCUGUGCUUGCAUUUGUCAGUGUAUGAAAAUCGGGGUUUUAUAACAAACCUGCAUCCUUUGGGGAGCACACAUUAAACAUUGCAGUCUUUCUGUUGGCAAAAUGACACUGAUCAGCCAAAACCACUGACGGGUGAAGUGAAUAACAUUGAUUGAUUAUAUCAUUGCAAUAGCACCUUUCAAGGGGUGGUAUAUUAGGCAGUAGAGUUGAGUGGACACCAGGAUGUCUUGUUCGGGAUCAAACUUGACCCCGAACCCCAUUGAAGUCAAUGGGGACCUGAACUUUUGGGCACAAAAAUGGCUCUAAAAAGUCCUGGAAAGGGCUAGAGGACUGCAAAAAGAAGUAAAAUGGGGUUAAGAGUAAGACAGGUGCCCUUCAAACAAAUGUGGAUAGGGAAAUAACUUAAAAUAACUUAAAAUAACAGUAGCAGCCACUUAGUAGAUAACUCCCUAAUUCCCACGGUAUUAGGGAGCUAUCUACCAAAAGGCUGAAAGACCUAAAUUGGUCUUUCAGCCAAAUGUACUAAUACUAAGUAAAGAUUACUUAGUAUUAGUAAAUUCAGCCCCUACUCGCUAUACCGCGAGUAGGGGCAUGUCUAGUAAGCAGUGAGCAGCCUGUGUCCCCUGUCACACUGCACAAUAAAUUCAGGGAUACAAACCACCUAACAUUUAAAAUGGACAAAGAGGUACACUGUAUUUUAGUGUGUCACUUGGGGGAGAGGGCAGGGCGGGGGUUCUGUUCUGAGACAUUUUAGACGACUUUCUAAUAAGAACUUGUGCAAUUAAAAUGUAAUUUAGGACAAGAACAAUUAAUCUUAUUUACACACAUUGAUUUCUAAACACAUUAAUUGUAAUUUAAAGACACAUUCCUGGGAGUAUCAGACACACCAACAAUCUGGAGCUCCUAGAAAAGAGGAAAUUAGGAUGAAAAGAGGGACAGAUUGAUGAGAGUUCAGAAUAGGGAUGGUGUCUCUUAAAUAGGGAAACUUGGUAGGUAGGGGAAUGGUUUGAGGAACAUGACAAAGAUGCUACCUUAUCCUCCAAAUUCCCCUUAUUGCAAUCUGAUUUAACAUCUGUGGGAUGUGCUGAAACAACACAUCUGAUCCCCACCUUGCAACUUGAAGGAUCUGCUGCUAAUGUUUUGAUACCAGAUACCACAGGACAUGUUCAGGGGUCUUGUGGAGUCCAUGCCUCAAUGCAUCAGAGCUGUUUUGGCAGCAGUAUGGGGACCUACAUGAUAUUAAACAGGUGGUUUUAAUGUUGUGAGUGAUAAGUGUAUCACUGGGACGCUAUUAAUAGAGUAUAUAAACCUAUUUAAGCUGCAUGUCGCACUUUUUAUUAUAUACGAGAUCUGUCCUGAAAAUAUUCAGCCAUGUAAUAUGAAAAAUAGACAUUUUUUAAAGAAAAUACAAGAAACAUUGUACAUAGGACUUUUACGGCUAAGUCCCCUUAAAAGGAGGCACCUUCUCCCAGAUUCUCUUCCACUGUUCAAAUCACUCUGCAAAAUUCUUUGCCAUCAGUUGCCUCAUCGUAUUCACCUGAAUCUUAUCAACGGUCUGGAAUCUCUUACCUUUCAAAGAGGAUUUUAACUUCAGUAAAAGGCAGAAGUUGUAGGGAGUCAAAAUCUUACAAAAGACUCUUAACCAUCUUCAAAGCAUUUGUGCCACACUUUUAUUCACUUUUGUGUACUCAUUGCAUCGUCCCUAAAAGCCAAAUUGUUUCCGUUGAGGAAUGUUCAAGCUUAACAUAAAAUUUACUGCAGGUUCCUUGCUCUACUGUUAUAGUAACAAUAACUGGACUUUUUCUGGACAGACCUCGUAUAUAUUCAGUUUCUCACAACAAUCAAUUCAACAAAGGUAUUUUUUAUGGAUAUUGAAAUAUCUUUUUGUACAAAUGCAAUUUUUAAAAAGUUAUGUGGAGAAAAUAAACACCUUUUAAAAUGUUUUUCUCAUCUUUCUUAAAACAUAUGAUUUUAAAAGUUACUUCACUAUCUUACUCUUUUCAUCUCCCACCAUAUUUUCAUGGCAGGCAGUGGUCGCAGCCCUGUGGACCCCUGCAACUGGGGUGCACGCCGGCCAUGAGGGGUUUAGGGUCUAUCGGGUGGCCCAUGCUUUUAGGGACACCUGAUGCAAUGUGAUUCCAGGGGCCCGGUCAGCACUUUGGCACUUUAACAGUGCCCCCUGUGAUGAGGUCAGCUUGGGAGGAAGUGAUUCCUCCCAGCUAAUAUAAAGCAUCACAAGGGAGGAGAAGGAGAGGAGGGAGUUAGAGUAGGAGCUUUGACUACCAUCAGCCUGAGCCACUGGACCCCAGGUAAGUCAACCUCCUGCACCUAAAAGGUAGGAAACAGGAAGGUUACUAAAACAUUUUGUGUGUGUGUGUGUAUCUCCGUCUGUAUGUAUGUAUGCACGUGUGUGUCUCUGUAUGUGUAUCUGUAAUGUGCUCCCCUAUGUAUCUGUAUGUGUGUCACUGUUUGUAUCUGUAUGAGUGUCAUUAUGUGUAUCUGAAUGUUUGUAAUUGUCUAUCUGCAUGUGUGUAUAUGUGUGUGUAUCUGUAUGUUUGUUAGUUUGUGUGUCUGUUUAUCUGCAUGUGUGUCAGUCUAUGUAUCUGUGUCACCCCCCCUUCACCCUGCCACACUCACAAUAACUCCUCCAAUCCUGACACUCACCCAUGGCAUACUCUCCUCCCAUCGCUCUGCCAUACUCAUCCUAUCACACUCACCUACUCUAGCACUAACACACUCACUCCCCCAAUCCUGUCACACUCAUUCUCCAUCACACUGCCACACUCACCCUAACACAUUAACCCCUCCAAUUCUGUCAUACUAACCCCCCUCCCCCCAACCAUGCCACACUCACCCGUGGGGCAUGAAUGAGACACAUGGAGGGUGUUGUGUGAAUGUGACACAUAGAGGGGCUGGAGAGGGGGAGGGGGGAGAAUGAGCCUAUGAUAGAGGGGCAAGGUCAAUUUUUGCACUGGGGCCCUGUGGUUUCUAGUUACACCUCUGAUGACAGGGAUUCGUCCCCCAUCACUCCACUUGUUACAUGCAAUGCUUGUAGUCUCCCUGUUGGAUAGUGAUGGUAGUCGCACUCUACAGAUGUAAUAUUGUUUUAAAUUAUAAGAUAUUUCCUCUUUAUUGCAUCAGCACUACCAAUAUGCUUUGAAUGAAUUUGCCUGAACAAGAUGACAAGGUUUUGUUUAUUACUUGAGAAAAGUUUAGUUUUUUUCCCUUUAAAUAUAGUCUUAAUAUAUGGCCAUUUGAAUAUGUAAGCUCACCAGCCACGUCAAGGCAAGCCUCAAUAGGUGAGUUCCUACACUAGCCAUUAGAUACGCUGAUAUCAGCCAAGAGUCUCCAAUAAGACAGGAAGGGGUAUUUUAUAAACCCUUUAACAUUUAACCCUUUAUAGGGCUUCUACACAUACAAUACACUUUGCUGAUAUCAGACAAAGUGAGACAGAAAGGGGUGUUUUAUAAACCCUUUAACAUUUAACCCUUUAUAGGGCUUCUACACAUUCAAUAAACUUUGCUGGUAUCAGACAAAGUAUAAACGUCUCUAAUGAGACAUGAAAGGGUGUUUUAUAAACCCCUACAUACUUUACCCUAAAUAGGGCUAUAACAUACAAAUCACCUUGCUGGUAUCAGCUAAAAGGCAAAUUUCUCUGAGACAGGAAGGGGUGCUGCCCCUACAUACUUAUAAAGUCUUAAUAAGACAAACGUGGGAAGGCUGGCAGCAAUGUAACAUAGCUGAGUGAUACAAAAUUCAUAUACAAACAAAGAUAAAGCACCGCGCUUACAGCAGCAGUGACUUAGUAUCCAACAGCUUAAAAUACAUAGUAAAAACAAAGCUCACCAGCCACGUCAACAAGCCUCAAUAGGUGAGUUCCUACACUAGCCAUUAGAUACGCUGAUAUCACCUAUUGAGGCUUGCCUUGACGUGGCUGGUGAGCUUACAUAUUCAAAUGGCCAUUUAGAAUAGAACUAAAGAGCCUCCUUUUUUGUUCAAAUGCACAUGGGGAUCUAGGCCAGAGCGCAGGUAACGUUUUUCUUUGUUUUUACUAUGUAUUUUAAGCUGUUGGAUACUAAGCCACUGCUGCUGUAAGCGCGGUGCUUUAUCUUUGUUUGUAUAGUCUUAAUAUAUGCACUCGUUAUUUCUCAAACCUGAUAUCACCAAAAACCAAUAUCCACAUUAUUCACUAAAGUUAGAAUUCAAAGUGAAUUUAAAUUAUUAGGUAGCUUCCAGUUUAGCUACUUUGACAUUACAUUUGAAAUGAAUUUACAAUUCACGAUCAAUUGCCAUUUAGUAAAAAACCCUGUACGUUUUUUCAUUACUGUCGGUGCCUUAAAACCAGCAAAUUCUCAUUUUAUUUAGUAUUACCAGAUCCUUAAAAAAUAUGACCUUCAAAUUAAUAACCACAGGUACAUUUCCGUGAUUUUUGGAUCUGAGGCAUUGUGCUUAAUAUAAAUAAACAGUUCUCUUCUUCAACCCUUGUAAUGAGUGUUCUAUUGCUGAAUUCUGAAUAUUUCACUUGUUUGUCAAAGAACUGUAAUAUGAUGCCAGCUUCCAUCAAUCUACGCCGAAGGGAAUAGGAAAGCAGUCACAAUAUCAGAACAUCUGCGCAGGCUAUAGCAAUCCCCUGAACGGUUCCUCAGCAUUACCAUUAGUAGUAGAAUCUGAUAUUCCAAUCUACUAGUUUUGGAGGGGGUCUUGUCAUUGGAAAUAUGUGCUACAUUGACCAGUGGCCGAAACGAUUCUUGAAAGUAUUUUUCCAGCAAUAUACUCAUCGGCAGGUAGGGUAAAAGAAAAAUUGUUUAGAAGUUAUUGCUAAUCUGAUAAUAUAAUAGACCUUUAUUAAUGUACAGUGUGUGUUGUGCAUAAAAUAAAUGUUAUUGCUUUAAAUAUGGCAUGUAUUGUGUGAUAAUAAAACUGUCCAUUUUUUAGGUUGAAAAGUGUAUUGAAAAUGAAGCAGAAAAGGAUUACUUGUAUGAUGUACUCCGUAUGUACUAUCAGUAAGUACUGAUGUCGUCUUUUAGAUUAUUACAUGUUAUUGCUGGUAUAUCUUUUGCUGAAAUGUACUUUUUAUUACAUAGAUUGGUUCUAUACUGUUUGUGAAUUUGCACAAGUCACUAUUUAACUUGUAUUCUGUACACAAAUGGUUUUAAGGUACAUAUUUAAGAGAACCCUACAAUUUAGAUUUGGGGAUAUUUUUACCUGUAUCCAGGAGCAUCUAAAAGUAGAUUAUUUAUUUACCUUUUUUUUUUAUUAAUCUAGAAAGGAUUGGCAAUUUGUUUCAGUUUAUAAAGGAGGUUUACCAGGAAGCCCCGGUGUAGGUUGGUAUUGAGAACUUAGUUAGAGAACAAUAGGUUUAAAUAUUACCAUUAUUUCCUGAGAUAAAGUGACAUUUACCUCUGUGUAAGUAUUAGAGCAAGUCUUGGCUUCAUCAAAUGAAACAGAAUGCAGAUUUCAAACACAUCUAUUUUUUAUCUUUUGAUUAAAGGGGGAUGUUAAACAUGUUUUAGUAUAAAGUAGAUGGUUUUUUGCCAAUGUGUAAUGGUUUGCGGCUCUUUAAUUUAAGAAAAUAUAUUUGGGUUUUAAAGUGGAACUGUCUUUUUUCUCUGGAAUUCCUUACUCUCUCUCAGUAAAAAAUGCACUUACCUCUGCUCUACUACUGGUUUCAGUGCUAGCUCCCCUCCCUCAUGAUGUGGGAAUCUAUAGAAAAUUACUGUAUGAGAGCAUCUACACUCUGAUAAUACGUCUAGUAGUACUGUAUGUUCAGUGCUGCGGUUCCUUUAAUUUAUAAAAUAACAACUUGUUAUGGUAAAGUUCCUCAUAAACAGAAAUGGGUGCUAUCCUAAUGAGGCAUUCUUAAAGUUCCUAAACAAUCACACAUGUAUACACAAAAGGAUGCACACCAAAACAUGUCUUCACAAAUAAUCAAUACUUCAUGAAACCAUUCCAAAUACAAUGAAAAAAUACAAAUAACAAAAAAGUGGCAUAGGCUAUUCCUAAUGCACAAUGCAAAUAAAGUUACCUAUUGGAACUUAGUCAGAGUCCCUAUGAGCUGGACACGUCCUUAACCUAUACUGGCAAUGUUUCGGCACCAGAAAAUGUAUAUGAGAUAUAAAGUGUGCAAAUUCUGAUAGGUAACGUUAUUUGCAUUGUGCAUUAAGAUUAGCCACUGCCACUUUUUUUGGUUAUUUGUAUUUGGAAUUGUUUAAUAAAGUAUUGAUUUAUUUGUGCAAACCUGGUUUGGUGUGCAUCCUUUUGUUUAUAUAUAACGGUUAAUUUAUAUGUAAUGUACCUCAUGUCAAAUAGAAAGAACAAUGUAAUCCAGGAAUUCAAGAUACAAAAGGUAUCAGAGUAAUUGGAGAAUCAGAACAUGCACAGCAACGUUUUGACCUGCAAUGGUGUCUUUGUCAAUAGUCUGAUAGGACAUGUACAUUAAUAAUAUAAAAAGUAGCAAUCAUUUUCAAAACAAAGUAGCGCAACACAUUUUUACACUAACGGAAUAUGGACAUUACAAUGUUACUGCUGUCUGUACAAUACUCAGGGUACACAACAGCUCAAACUGGAGGGGGGCAAGUAAUCAAAUCCCCAAUAUCUUUGACACUAACUGGAUAUGCUGUCUUUUGAAUACUCAGAGAACACAGCAGCUCAUAUCUUCUCCCAAUACCAUUUAAACUGAAAGGGUAUGUACAGUAGAAGUUUGCCAAGCAGCAUAUUUUAAUGUAUAUUACAAAUAUCUGAAGAUAGUGUUUUCCUCUUUAAUAUUAUUAACAUCUAUCAUAGGCAGAAAUGCCUUCAUAAACAAAAGUGGUUUACAGAGUACUCUGGCCAAUGGGAAUGCUGUAUAUAAAUGAACAAAUUACCUUUCAUCCAGUGGCUAUAUCUUCUCGCAUUUAUGCCCUGAGAAACUUCCUGGUCAUAAAUAUACCGACCAAGAACACUGUUUUAAAUUGGUACCAGUAGGUAUUAACAUGGUCAUGUAGAUUUGGGGUAGACAAUGUGUUUGAAAGUGAGCAAACAUAUAUGAAAAGAUCUUGAAAAUGAACAGAGGAGUAAAAUGGAAGUAUAAAGUGGGCAUGGGUAUAUUGCGUGGUCUGUAGUUGCAUAAAGGCUCCAAAGUGGCUAUGGAUGCAUGCUUGCUUGCUUUGUACUCUUUGUUCAUAUAAUUUUUAUGUUCUGCACAUGAGGUUUGCUAAAAGCAAGUUGUAUUCCAAUAUUUCAUCCCACACUUUACCAAGUAUCACUCACAACCUUAUUUUGGUUAAAAACAAAAGCUUUGUUGGAUUUUGAAGAGAGGAUGCUCUGGUGAUCACGGUUUCUUUCUAUGGUUUAAUUCCUCUCCAUAGACAGACCAGUACAUGUUUCCAAUUUUCCAUGUGGUCUUUGUGCGGCUUUAUUGUGCUGCCUAUCCGUUUCAGUUUCAGCAAGCAGCGUCCAAUUGUUCUGCGGGAAUAAAGCCUUUGCCUGUGGCCUGUGAAGUCAACUUGAAUUGGGCUCCUUAAUAAUUCACAUGUUGUUCCCUCUUCGAGGAUUAGAAAUGCAUGUGUUUUGAGUUGAAAUAAUUUAUAAAUGUUUAUAUUCUCUUGUAGAACACAGGUUGGUAGAAUAUGUUCUAUUUCUCUCUUAAUGUCUUAAUGCCUUUAUAUUUUUUUUUUUCUAGAGUGAUUUAAUUUGUUAAUAUCUUAAUAUUUUUUAAUACAUGUUGUCAACUUUCCUUUUUUAUUCUGCCAAUGACUCUUACGGAAAUGUGUAUAAAAAGUGUUCUGUUCUGAAAAGUGGUCUAAAGUUCUGAAAGUGAGGAAACAGCCUGGAAAUUAAUAGAAGCAGUAAGUACAGUGCAUUGGAGACUCCACCACUUUUCCAUGCUUGGAUGACUUUUCAACCCUCAGGGCACUAUAGUGCCAGGAAAACAAGUAUGUUUUCCUGGCACUAUAGUGGUCCUUUAAGGGGCAGAGGCAGCUCUAGACUUUAUGAGGCCUUAGGUGAAACUUGAGGCACUGUCUACCUGUGUAUGUGCCUGAGAGUGUGUCUGACAGAGAGUAUCCUUGUGUGUGUGAAUGUAUGUCUCUGUGAGCAUGUUUGCGUUUUUGUCUGAGACCGUAUGUGUAUCGGGUAGCUGCUUGAAGUGUGUUGUGUGUAUGGGGGGGGUGAUGGUGAGAGGGAGGUGGGGAGAGGGGGUGAUGGUGAGGUGAGGGGGUGAGAGGGGUGAUGGUGAGAGGGAGAGAGGGGGUGAUGGUGAGAGGGAGAGGGGGUGAUGGUGGUGAGAGAGGGAAUAGGGGUGAUGGUGAGAGGGAAUGGGGUGAUGGUGAGAGGGAAUGGGGGUGAUGGUGAGAGAGGGAAUGGGGUGAUGGUGAGAGGGAAUGGGGGUGAGAGGGAAAUGGGGAGUGAUGGUGAGAGGGAAUGGGGGUGAUGGGGAGAGGGAAAGAGGGUGAUGGGGAGAGGGGGAUGUGAGAGUGAGGGGGGUGAUGGUGAGAAGUAGGGGGGUUGAUGGUGGUGGUGAGGCUGAGGGUGGUGGGGCGUGAGAGAGAACCUACCUUUACUCCCUGGUGGUCCGGUGGCCAUUGCUUCCGGUCUGCAGCUCUGCAGAGCUGCAGAUCAUGUAAUCCCACGAGACCAUCAAAACGUUGCCGUGGUAACCCGCGGCAACGCUGUGAUUGGCCGGUUUUCGCGAGACACAUGGUCUGCAGCUCUGCUCACUGCGGAGCUGCAGACCGGUGUCUGCAGUGGCUUGCCGGGCACCCUGGAGGGACCUCACACUCGGCAGCAUACCGGGCAGCAUACUCGGUCACUGACCGAGGACCUGACACAGUCUGCUCACAGGCAGUUUAGACGGCCGCGAGGCCCCAGCCAGCGCGAGGCCUUAGGCGGCCGCCUAAACCACCUAAUUAGAGAGCCACCUCUGUUAAGGGGUUAAAAGAAUAAAAACUAGCACAACAAGAGGGCAUAAUCUUAAAUUAGAGGGACAAAUGUUUAAAAAUAUUAGGAAGUGUUACUUUACUGAGAGGGUAGUGGAUGCAUGGAAUAGCCUUCCAGCUGAAGUGGUAGAGGUUAAUACAGUGAGGGAGUUUAAGCAUGCGUGGGAUAGGCAUAAGGCUAUCCUAGCUAUAAAAUAAAGCCAGGGACUAAUGAAAGUAUUUAGAAAAUUGGGCAGACUAGAUGGGCCAAAUUUUUCUUAUCUGCCGUCACAUUCUAUGGUUCUAUGUUUCUGUUCACAAACGUAAGGAUUGCCAUGAAACCUUUUCCAAAUUAAUUCUGUUUGGCUAUAUUGACAUUAAGUUGGAAAUUCACUAUGUAUUCUCAGCAUUUAUAACACAGUGACUACCCCUGUUUGUUUUCUGUAAUAUGCCUUUAUGUAAUUAUUAGCUUUGCUAAAACAUAACAUUGUGUUUUAUAAUAACUGUUUCACAUUUGUUUAGGUCUAUGAAUCUUCCUGUUUUUGUGGGAGACUUAAAACUUGUCAUUAAUGACCCAUCACGAUUGCCACUGUUCGAUGCCAUUCGUCCUCUCAUACCUUUAAAACAUCAAGUGGAAUAUGACCAGUUGACACCAAAACGGGCAAGGUAUUUGCAAUAUUACCUAUUUUUUGUAUUUGUGUAUCAGAGUUUAGAACUACACCAUAUUUAACAUAAUAUCUAAAAAAUAAUGCCAGCCAGUCAGGUCCACCCAUUCAUACAUCUCUGUUUAUGUUAUUGAAGGUGAAAAAAACAAUUAUGCAAAAAAAGUUAAGAAAAAAGCAAUUCUUCAAUACAAAAAGGCAAUCAGACUUCUUCUUGGAUCAGCAAGCAGCUAUUGCUCCAAGUAACAAUUUUACCAUUCAGUGUUCUAUUUUUCAACAUGGCUGAUCUGUCACCGAAAUUAAAGGGACAUGGUAACUAUUUAAUAUCACCGAGUAGGUUAUAGUGUCUGGAGUCCCCUGGCGCUGUCCCUGCAUUCAGUGUUAAACCAAAUUUGAGCAGUUUAAUAACAUUAAAUAAGGGUCACUGGCCGGUGCAGUUGUGGCUAAGGCAGCGAUUACACACCUCCUUGUAGCCAUACCAAUUCAUACCAGAAAUGGACAGUCUGAGGCUAAAAGCAGUCAGCUGACACUCUCAGUCAAUCACAGUAUUGCUCAGGCACAGCACAGAGGGUAUGUGCUGCUGGGGACUCUCAUUUAACAUUAAAACAUAAAAACAAUAAAAACUGUUUAACGCUGUAUGAAGGGAUGGCACAGAUGGACUCCAGAUACUAUAGCCACUUUAGUCAAUGAGAGGAAGUGGAUGCAGUGCCUACAGUGUUCCUUUAAAAAACAAACAAAAAAAACUUUAUUCAUCAAGAGAAAGUAUAUAUAAAACAUGAAUGAUAUAAUACAUUUUAUUAUUUUUGCCUUUGGCAGGAAAUUAAGAGAAGUGAAAUUGGACCGUACGCACCCUGAUGGACUUGGAAUCAGUGUCAGAGGAGGGCUGGAGUUUAAUUGCGGACUUUAUAUCUCUCAUAUAAUGAAGGAGAGCCAAGCAGAUAAUGCUGGGUUGCAGGUACAACAUUUAGCACAUUGCUUCCUAAAUAAGUGGGAUUUUAACCAAUGAAAAGCCAACACCUACUAUUGCAGCUAUUUUUGAUUUACAAAUUCCUGCAUUUUACGAAACAAUUGCUGAGUAUUUCUGGAAAUGUAAUUCAGGAGCAGCUUGCAAUCUUUCUGGUUUUUAACUCACAUGUAAAUGAAGUUACGGUGCCAGGAGUUCCCUAGAGGCACUAUUACCUUCAGAGGUUAAACCGUUCUCAAACGGUUUAAUCCCAAAGUUGCCUCCAGCGGUGAUCUCCACUCUCCCCCAUGCAGCAUCCAGCUUCUGAAUUUUCAGAUGCAGAAAGAGCGGUGUGGUGCCGGGCAGGGCCGCUUCUGAUUGGCUGCGAGCAAUUAGCCAUUCACCAAACUGUCUUGGAGAGAAAUAUACCUUUUGCAAGCCAGGUUAGUAAAUGGGGACACUUAACCAAAUAAGAAAAAUAUGGAGAAUUGUCACGGGUAUAAAUUUUAGGUCAAAAUAGCUGAGCUAGAAAAUUUCUUUAUUUGCCUUAUUUUGGUGCAUUAUAGGUGACAAAAAGAUGAGGAGCUAUUUUUAAAAAAUAUCUGUAGAUGUUUUUUUUAUUGUUUUUUUUUUUUAAUGCCUUAAUUCGAAAUGUUUGUUUUUGAUAGCUAUUUUGUUGAUACAAACUUGGAUAUAUCGCUAUAAAAAUACUGUGUGUCCCUGUAAUAAUUACACUGAAAGAUCAUCUGCUAAAAAAACAAGAUGGCUGUUUACUAAACAGAUGAUAAUAAUAACAAUAAUAAUGAUAGUUCUAGAUAUUGUUACAUUAUUUACUGUUGCAUAAUACCAUAUAGUAAUCUUAAAGGCAUCCAAUGAUCUAGCUAUGUAUAAGGUGUACAUAUAAAAGAUGAUCCAGCUGUGAAAUGAGAUGGUAACAUGGGAGCCAUGCCAAACCAUGGGUGCCAUAUAGCCAAUAUGGUAAGUUGCUCUAAAUCAGUGGAUUUCCAGAAGCCACACCUGGUGUUCUAAAAUAUUUGGCAAAUGACCCCUAGGUUGUCAUCCUAAAGAUGAUUUUAAUUCAGGAUAAGAUCAUAGCAUUCUGUGACCUCAGCCCACUAAAGGUUGGCAUGUUCAUCCAUGUAUAAUUUACUUGUAUAUCUAUGUAUUCAGUGGCAAUUGAGCACUCUAAGGGCACAUUCAGAAUGUCUGUGCAGCCUGAUGAGAAUACUAUGUUUCAAGAUGGUAUUCAUAUUUGGUAUCAGGUGUAAUUAAAGGGACACUCCGGGCAUUAUAAAAACUUAAUCAGAAUCCUAUCAGUGGUGCCCUGGUCAGUAAGCCUCAGAGUGAAAGGGCAGAGAUGCUGGGUGUUUAACAGACAGCCACUAGAGGGACUUUCUGAAUUGAAACGGACCUUUGGCCCAGUAUCUGACACUUCCAAUGUCAGACUUUUCUAUGAAUAAUGCUUACCUAUGGGGAAAUCCUAAUGCGAGUGCAGUCAUUGCCGCGUAUGUGCAUUAGGUCUCCCCCACCAGUUGAUGUCUGCAGGGGAGGAGCCUGGGUGGAGCCUAACCAGUGCCAAAGUGCAUCGGCACUGGAUUCAGGAAAGUGACUGAACGGGUUUUGGGGGUGUGAGGGAGGGGGGCACUGUAGGAUUCUAUAAACAGCUUUGUUUUCCUGGCACUAUAGAAUCCCUUUCAUUUUACACCUGACGCUGUUUUAUACAAAGUGCUACAGAAGAUGACCCAUGAGCUUACAUUCUAAAGGGAUGAUGUUGAUUAAAAAAAAUAAAAACGGAAGUAGAAGUAGAAAAGAUUGCCAACAUAAUGUGAGAUGCACCUUAGAAAAGCAAUUUUAGAUGUGAACAACCAAGUAGUUUGUGAGAGAAACUGCAAUUACCUGAGUAACUGAGCUACAGAGAUCAGUAAUUAUUUUCUUCAGAUGCAAAUUGAAUGGUUUACAAAAAGGUUAAUCAUACAGCAGGCAUCUUUUUUAUUUAUUUAUUACAGGGUGUGAGAAUUAGUCCAGGGAUCACUUCUGCACUUUGAACACUCAAUAAAAGUAUUGGUAGUAAAAUAAAGCUUGUUCAAAUUAAUGAUUGCCAGGCAUUUGUUUAAUCUAAAGAAAUUGUGCACAGAAAUAAAGCCAUGUAAGAAGAAGCCUCUAUUAAAGGAACACUCCAGGCACUAUAACAACUCAUCGGAAUUAAGUUGUUAUGGUGUGAGGAGCUCCCCAGUUCCAGCUUACCUUCAGGGAUUAAACAGUUUAUGAACAGUUUAACCCCUAAUUCUUCAAUCCAGCACCCAGCAUCUCUGCCCUUUCAUUCUGAGGCUUACUGACCAGGGCACCACUGAUAGGAUUCUGAUUAAGUUGUUAUAAUGCCCGGAGUGUCCCUUUAAUUACACCUGAUACCAAAUAUGAAUACUAUCUUGAAACAUCGUAUUCUCAUCAUGCUGCACAGACAUUCUGAUUUUCUGAUUAAGAUUUUCUUAUCCCCUGCUAUGUUAAUAGCUUGCUAGACCCUGCAAGAGCCUCCUGUAUGUGAUUAAAGUUCAAUUUAGAGAUUGAUAUACAAUUAUUUAAGGUAAAUUACAUCUGUUUGAAAGUGAAACCAGGUUUUUGUUUUUUUCAAUGCAGGCUCUGUCAAUCAUAGCCAGGGGAGGUGUGGCUAGGGCUGCAUAAACCGAAACAAAGUGAUUUAACUCCUAAAUGACAGUGAAUUCAGCAGUGAAAUUGCAGGGGAAUGAUCUAUACACUAAAACUGCUUUAUUUAGCUAAAGUAAUUUAGGUGACUACAGUGUUCCUUUAAGUAAAGUUGCAGAUGUAACUGAAAGGUUGAUGCUACUAUAUCUUGACGGUGUCUCUGUCUAUUCUCUCUUAUAUUUAGAGUAGGCCCCUCUACCUUGUGGGUGUAAGGUCUUUUGAGACAUUGCACUAUAUGCAUACUUUCUGUUAAUUUUUGUUUUCUGUUUUGUGCCAUAUUUAAGCAUUAUUUAGCUAUUUAUUAACAAAAUUAAAUAUAUUUACAGGGUAAUUCACUAAGGACCGAAGGUAGCUGUACUGGCAGCCAAAUGGUAUGCUAUGGUAACUGUUCACUAGAGUGUGCUAUGGUAACGGUUUUACCAGUGUGUGCUAUGGUAACGGUUUUACCAGAGUGUGCUAUGGUAAAGGUUUUACCAGAGUGUGCUAUGGUAACGGUUUUACCAGUGUGUGCUAUGGUAACGGUUUUACCAGAGUGGGCUAUGGUAACGGUUUUACCAGAGUGCGCUAUGGUAACGGUUUUACCAGAGUGCGCUAUGGUAACGGUUUUACCAGAGUGCGCUAUGGUAACGGUUUUACCAGAGUGCGCUAUGGUAACGGUUUUACCAGAGUGCGCUAUGGUAACGGUUUUACCAGAGUGCGCUAUGGUAACGGUUUUACCAGAGUGUGCUAUGGUAACGGUUUUACCAGAGUGCGCUAUGGUAACGGUUUUACCAGAGUGCGCUAUGGUAACGGUUUUACCAGAGUGCGCUAUGGUAACGGUUUUACCAGAGUGCGCUAUGGUAACGGUUUUACCAGAGUGCGCUAUGGUAACGGUUUUACCAGAGUGCGCUAUGGUAACGGUUUUACCAGAGUGUGUGCUAUGGAAAGGGUUUCCUAGAGUGUGUGCUAUGGAAAGGGUUUCCUAGAGUGUGUGCUAUGGAAAGGGUUUCCUAGAGUGUGUGCUAUGGAAAGGGUUUCCUAGAGUGUAUGCUAUGGAAAGGGUUUCCUAGAGUGUGUGCCAUGGGAUCUGUUUCCUAGAGUGUGUGCCAUGGUAACUGUUUCCUAGAGUGUGUGCCAUGGUAACUGUUUCCUAGAGUGUGUGCCAUGGUAACUGUUUCCUAGAGUGUGUGCCAUGGUAACUGUUUCCUAGAGUGUGUGCCAUGGUAACUGUUUCCUAGAGUGUGUGCCAUGGUAACUGUUCACUACAGUGUGCUAUAUAUACUGCGUCUGCAAGCAAUGAAAGGUUGAAAGCUGCUCCAGUUCUGAGCUUUACUUUUUAAUAUAACUAUUUUUUACUGGAAGUCGUCUUCUGGACUGUCUGUACUUAAUUUCUGGAUUGUAAAAUACGUUGCACAGUAUUCUGUGACAACAAAGCUUGUAACAUUUCUUUAUAUUGUAGUAGACAAUCCUUAAAGAUGCUAAAUAUAUUAUUUAAAUCUUUAGCACUUUGAAAUGCUGAGAAUACAAAGAAAAGAGAAAAUUAUAAACCAUAAGCCCAUCAGAGGUGGCCAGAUGACUAGGCAACUUACAUAGAUAUCCAGCAUGUCCUCUGAUGUCAAUGUCCUUUUAUUUCAGUGCCACAAGUGUAAAACUAAAAUUUUUAGACUGAUAACACGGGCUUUAUCAAGCUUUAUCAGCGUUUUGGAUGUUGUCAUCCAAAACUUUGCUGUUUCCCAGUUGUGGCAACUAAAUAAAGGGACUGUAAUAUUUACCAGUACUGAGACUCCCUUUCGCUCAUUGCACAGUAAGAUGUCAAACACUGUUUGUACACUUACCAUUUAUGUAUGUGCCUUAGUCAGAAUGGCGCAACGCUGAGCACCAACUGCGGGUGCAAGCAAAUUUGUGAAAGACCCAGAUUCGGCAAUUAGCCAAACCCAUGCUUUCGGCACUCAAAUAUGACACCAUCCAAUCUCCAUAAAGCUUGAGCUAUUUAGAUCCUGGCAUUUUAUAUGUUCAAAUAGCCCUGUUAUGGUUCUUUUUAAGCCCAAUAAUGUGUUUUCUGAACGUUGAUCUCUUGUUACUGUCCUUUGCUCAUUUACUGUUUUUUUUUCUAUUCACUGUGUUCCUGAUAUUUGGCUUGUCUACCAUUUUCCGAUUUUUUUCCCUUCCCUUGACUUCUGCUAUCUGUUUGAUUAUUCCUUACAUCAGGGCCGGACUGGGAAGAAAAUUCUGACACUCACAGCAUCCUCACUCUCACACACACACACACACACACUGCACCCCUGACAGUCACAGCACCCUCACACACACACUGCACCCCUGACACUCACAGCACCCUCACACACACACACACACUGCACCCCUGACACUCACAGCACCAUCACACACACACACUGCACCUGACACUUACAGAACCUUCACUCACACACACAUACACACUGCACCCCUGACACUCACAGCAUCCUCUCACACACACACACUGCACCCCUGACAGUCACAGCACCCUCACACACACACUGCACCCCUGACACUCACAGCACCAUCACACACACACACACACACUGCACCUCUGACGCUCACAGCACCAUCACACACACACACACUGCACCUGACACUUACAGAACCUUCACUCACACACCCUCACUCAUACACACUGCACCCCUGACACACAUAGCAUACACACACACACUGCACCCCUGGCACUCUCAGCACCCUCACACACACACACUGCACCCCUGACACUCACAGCACCCUCACUCACACACACACAGCACCAGGGCCGGACUGGGAAGAAAAUUCGGCCCGGGCAUUUUUUAAUUACAGCGGCCCACUAAAAAGGGGGUGGGGACAGAUAGGGUGUGUUUUGUCAUCACCAAUGACAAACACGCCCCAUCACAAAGUGAGCAUGUUGGUUCAAUGCUUUUCCAAGGCAGACCAUGUGCAGAGCUCUGUUGAAGAGCUCUAGCAUGAGAAAAAGUUCCUGUAUUUGUUCUGCACAGCGCAAGCAAAUGUAAUAACAUGCUUGCACUCUGUUUGCUUGAAAUUUGUCUCUGGUGUCAUCAUAGAUGGGAUACCAGGAGACAAAAAUGCCAGUAAAGAGUAUUGUGCAGUGGGUGAGGGGUGCAGUGUGUGUGCAAGAGGGGUGAGGGGUGCAGUGUGGAUAAAGGGUGCAGUGUGUGUGUGUAAGUGGGUGCCAUGUUAGAGUGAGGGUGCAAUGUGCGUGUAAUGAAGCUGUGUGUGAGCGUGCAGUGUGUGUGUGUAUGAGAGUGCUGUGUGUGAGUGAUGGGUUCUGUGUUUGAGUGAGGGUGCUGUGCAGGCCCGGACUGGCCAUCGGGUCUUUGCAGGGCCGGCACUAUCCGAGAUCUCCCUCACUAGCCCACAUAGAGUAUACUGCGGCCGCCAGCGGGGAGAGAGGGAGGGAGCCAGCCUGCCAGCAGAGGAACCCGGCAGAGCUUUAACUUACAGCUCCGCCGGGUUCCUCUCGUGAGAUUCGGAGCGUUGACAUGGCAAUGCUCCGGGUCUCGCGAGAGUGAACUCUAGCCUCACAGGCUAGAGUUCACUCACCACUAGGACCACCAGGGAUGGAUGGCAGCCCCAGCAGCAGGAUCCCCCCUCCCAGGCAUAAGGUAAGCAGGGAGGGGGGAAAUAAUCACUCAGGUAUAAUCACAGCAGCCUCACUCACAGAUACCCUGCACCCCUAACACUCACAGCACACACACACUGCACCCCUAACACUCCCAGCACCCUCACACACACAAACUGCACCCCUAACACUCACAGCACCCUCUCACACACACACACUGCACCCCUAACACUCACAGCACACACACUGCACCCCUGACACUCACAGCACCCUCUCACACACACACUGCACCCCUAACACUCACAGCAAACACACUGCACCCCUGACACUCACAGCACCCUCACACACACACACACACACACUGCACCCCUAACACUCACAGCACACUCACAGCACCUUUACACACACGCACUGCACCCCUAACACUCACAGCACACACACUGCACCCCUGACACUCAGAGCACCCUCACACAUACACACUGCACCCCUAACACUCACACACACCUGCCCCUGACACUCCACAGCGCAGCUACACACACACACACACUGCACCUAACACUCCACAGCACACACACUGCACCCCUAACCCUCACAGCACCCUCACACACACACACACACUGCACCCCCCUAGCACUCACAGCACACACACUGCACUCCUGACACUCAGGCACCCUCACACACACACACACUGCACCCCUAACACUCAGCACACUCACAGCACCUUUACACACACUGCACCCUAAACACUCACAGCACACACACUGCACCCUGACACUCACAGCACACACACUGCACCCCUGACACUCACAGACACACACUGCACCUCUGACACUCACAGCACACACACACACUGCACCCCUGACACUCACAGCACACACACUGCACCCCUGACACUCACAGCACCCUGACACGCACAGCACACACACUGCACCCCUGACACUCACAGCACCCUCACACACACACUGCUCCCCUGACACUCACAGCACACACAAAAUGCACCCCUAACACUCACAGCACCCUCACACACACACUGCACCCCUGACACGCACAGCACACAUACUGCACCCCUGACACUGACAGCACCCUCACACUCACACUGCACCCCUAACACUCACAGCACACACACUGCACCCCUGACACGCAUAGCACACACACUGCACCCCUGACACUCACAGCACCCUCACUCACACACACUGCACCCCUGACACUCACAGCUUCCUCACAUGCAUACACUGUACCCUCACAAACAGCUUCCUCACAUGCACAUAGCACCCUCACGCAAACACAGCACACACACACUGCACCCAUCACACACACAGCACCCUUACCCACAUAGCACCCUCACACAAACACAGCACCCAUCACUCACACACACAAGGGGUCAUUCAACACCGUCUGGUAGUCUCUCUGGUGUUGACGGAGACCCCUUCCCUACAUAUCCCAUAAGCGAGGAUUAUACCGCUGUACGCAAUUCACACCAGAGCUGGCCAUAGCUCUCCCGAACGUGAGUUCUCUACUUUUGUUAUUUACUGCACCUUGAAUUUUACAUACUGCACCAUUGGUCGCCUCUACCUCUCUUGUAUUUUCAUAUACUGAACGGUCAACACCAGACGCACCUACCUCCACCAAGAAACCCUAUCAAGUAUCCCCAACUAUCCACUGGUAUCCUAGCGCUAUUUUACUGGACUGCUCUCCUCCCUUUGGCGCAGCUCUUAUACAUCUUUUUCUCUAUCUGUGUUUAUUCACUGAAGGACCUGAGGGGUUUUCCUUCAUUUGGGUUGCUGCCUACUUCUACUAAUUGUGUGUUAAGUAGCGCUGAAUUCUCUCCUUUUCAUGUGUGUAUGUGUAUGUAUAUAUGUAUGUAUAUAUGUAUGUGUGUGUAUAUAUAUGUAUAUAUAUAUAUAUAUAUAUAUAUAUAUAUAUAUAUAUAUAUAUAUAUAAUAAAAAAAAAAAAAAAGACAAAUCAUUGAUUAAAUCACCCCUCCCUUCUUACCUCUAGCCUGGGAGGGGGGGCCAUGCUGCUAUCCCUGUUGGUUCUAGUGGUGAGUGAACUCUAGCCUGUGGGGCUAGAGUUCACUCUCGCGAGACCGGGAGCAUUGCCAUGGCAAGGCUCCGAAUCACGCAAGAAGAACCCAGCGGAGCUGCAAGAUAGAGCUCCUGCGGGUUCCUCUCCUGUCUCCCUCCCUCUCUUCCCCACCGGCGGCCGCAAUACACUACAUGUGGGCCGUUGAAGGAGAUCUUUGAUCUCCCCAGCGGCCCGUCAUGGAACACAGCGGGGCCGGCGCGCACAUAGUACCGGCCCUGCAUAGACCGGCAGGGGAGAUCCUGUGAUCGCCUCGGCCCAUGGACAUCGCGGCCCACCGGCAUUUGCCUGUUGUGCUGAUGUCCAGUCCAGCCUGCCUUACAUUAAGUCCACCCAUUCUAAAACUUAGUAAUUUGGUAUUUAUAUUUUGGUUGUAGAUUAGGGUCUAUGUUUGUGGGUUCCCUUACACAUAUGUGAGGAUGUGCCAGAUAUUUUUGUGAUUGUUUGGCCUGUGAGUGGGGUUGGCUUCCUUGAACCCUUUGUGGUAAGUGCUGUCUGGAUAUUUUAUUGUUUGUAGAUGGUAAUUCCUCUUAGGUAGCAAACCUGAGAUCUUUGAAACAGAUUGCAGGCAUUUCUAGGGUUUGUUGACAGUCACGCAACUUGUGUCACUGGUGAUGCCUAUAAUGGGUUGCCCAAAAAGUCCUACUGAAAGUGUUUGUGAGCCUGGUGUCAAACACACCAGGCACACAGACGAGCUCCGGGCCAGCCUACUGUGUAAUAGAGUGCUUCUGAAGCUGUCUCUGCAUAGUCCUAGUACCCGCUGUACAGCGAGAGCUGACGAGGGAACAAAAUAGAGAUGUCGGGGCAGGACUCAGAAAUUGGGACUGUCCCACAUUAGAGCAACCCUAGAUACACAUUUCAGCCAUAGUGGGCCUCGUUAGUGAGGCAUAUCCAUUAUCCCCACAAUAAGCAAGCAGACCACAUCUGAAUUUCUGUGUUACAUAGGGAAACACUAGGCAUUUGCAAACAAACCAGAAAAGUGCACAAAACAGAUUGCUUACUGCAAAAAAAAAAAAGUUUGCUUCUCUUUUCAUUAAACAUUUAUUUCUGGUGAGGCUGCCAUCUCUUUGCAUAUUGUAUUAGAAAAUACCCAAAUUAGAGAAAUUCUACAACGUGGCCAAAGUUUCAGAAUUUUUUCCAUCCAACUAUUUCAAUUUUAUAAUUUUGCAAUUUGAUUAUGAAUUCACUUCAAUUCACUGCUUAGUGAAUUAACCUGUCUUUCGACCAUGCUUACCUUGCAACCUUUCCAUAAACGCAUGUAAACAUGUAAUGAAAGUGAUAUCAGUGCUCUAUUCGGUGAAUCUUAAAGCGUCUGAUAAGAAGCCCAGAGAAAAAAACAGAACAGGAGAUAAACUUUCCAGAGAGGAUUAAAAUAUCCAGACAUCGACCACUGAACAUAGAUGUCUGGGGCCAUUAUAUCUAGCAGAUUCAGACAUACAGAUAACAUUGCUUAGAAGAGCAUUAAUGUAAAUGUAUUAAAGAAGCCCGAACAAUACAUAUCCAGUGCCAUUGCCUGCUUGUCAUGACGUUUUGUAAAAUAAGAACUUCUUGUGUUUGGAACCUAAAUACGGAGGACUUUUUCCCAGUAUGGGGAAACUUGCCAGGCAAGUAUUAAGCCAUAAUUUUAUAUGCUGUGCUAGUGUCACCGCUUAUCGGUUAAUGGAAGGAUGCACUAACUGUAACUGUUAUGUUAUGAUCGUGUGCAAAAUAUUAUAUUAUGGUGGCAAACAACUUAACAAUGACAAUUGAAAAAUUAGCACAUUUCCACUAGUAAAGUGAUUUGUGGUCGAUAUUAAUAGAUCACUGCUAGUGAUGUCCCGAACGGUUCGCCGAACGGUUCGCUGUGGAUGGCGAACAUAUGCGCUGUUCGGUCCGCCCCUAUUCGUCAUCAGGCACAUUCCAGCCAAUUGGCAGCAGACCCUCCCUCCCAGACCCUCCCACCUCCUGGACAGCUCACUAAGAUGCAGCUUCACAAUGAAUGUAAAAUGGAUGCUGUCCAGGAGGUGGGAGGGUCUGGGAGGGAGGGUCUGCUGCUGAUUGGCUGGAAUGUGUCUGCUGAUUGUGAGGUACAGGGUCAAAGUUUACUCAAUGAUGACAAAGGGGGCGGACCGAACAGCGCAUAUGUUCGCCAUCCGUGGCGAACCGUUCGGGACAUCACUAAUCACUGCUAAACACACACAUGCAGAAAACUUGGUGUAAUAGUAUCAAUGUCUAAAAAUGCUACAUCUGUUUGUGAUAAGUGCAACCAUAAUUGUUACUACAAUGUUUAUAGAAUGUAGCAAAAGGUACUGAUACGUUAUGGAUAUGUAAUUAGAAAUAAAGUGGAGUGACAAGUAUUUUCCAAACAGGACAGGGAUAACUUUGGGGUAAGGGGUACCCAUGAAGGCACAAUAGGGAAAGCAAUCUACUCGGACUCCCUUCUAAUUCCCCUUUUCCCUAUUCCUCUAUCCUAUUUGAUUACCGGUUACGGCCAGCCGCCUGGUCCGUCAUUUCUGUCUAAUUACAUAUCUUAUACCAAGUUAUCUGCAUGUGUCUGUUUAGCAGUGAUCUUAUACCAAGUUCUCUGCAUGUUUAGCCAUGAUCUAAUAAUAUCGACUACAAAUCACUUUACUAGUGGGAAUGUGCUUAUCUGCAAUUGUCAUUGUUAAGUUGUUUGCCACCAUAAUAUAAUAUUUUGCACACGAUUGUAAAUAUUAUAAAUAUAAAUAUUCCACCAAAGUGCCAAUUACAACCUUUUCAUUAGUGGGCUAGUAUAGAUGUCCUAACAGCUAUUGUUUUUUUCUGUAGUACUAUUUUUCUUUUAUGUGGUUAGGUCUUGUGCAAGUCCUGGUUGGACUUUCUUUUAUUAUGAUUUAUUAAAAGUUAAGCCUUAUAAUGCGUGAUGUUUUACCCUGAUAGUAUUCCAUCUUUAGUACCAUGUGUUGCACCCUUCAUUUUUUCUUGUUUGUCAAUUGUUAACUACAUGGGUUAUACCCCCUCUCCCCCCCUAUCUGGGAGGUUUUCACUGGAUUCAGCUCUUCUCUUCUUGUCUCUCCUCUUUUCUUUUAAGUCUCUCAUUUUCUUGGUCAGCUAUGCUUUCAGUACAUACGUGAACAGAGAAUGCACACCAAAAACCAUACGAAAUUAAUAUCUUCGUUUAAUAAGCCAGUAUCUGAUUUACAAGUAUGAUAUAAAUAUAAUACAAAUAAAGUGAUAGUGAACAGGCUAGACAAAAAAUCCACAGUACAUAUUUACCAAAAUUCCUCAACCUGAUAGGGCAGAAACACGAAUAAAAUGGGGGGGGUUCUUUUUAUUCGUGUUUCUGCCCUAUCAGGUUGAGGAAUUUCGGUAAAUAUUCACUGUGGAUUUUUUGUCUAGCCUGUUCACUAUCACUUUAUUUGUAUUAUAUUUAUAUCAUACUUGUAAAUCAGAUACUGGCUUAUUAAACGAAGAUAUUAAUUUCGUAUGGUUUUUGGUGUGCAUUCUCUGUUCAUGUAUGUACUGAUUGUUUUGGUAUUUGAGGGAGUACCAUUUGUGAAUAGCACCCAAGUGUUUUUUUUGUUUUUGUUUACACUAUUAUAUAGUCUCUCCAUACUUUGUAUACUAUACAGCUAUGCUUUCAGUUCAGCUACUCUGGCCUUACAUUUGAAUUUGAAUUCACGCAACUUAUAGCCCCCAGCUGGCAGAUAUACUUGCACUCUGAUGCAAGCGCAAGAAGUGUGCUGCCAUUUUAAGUGAUCCUCAGUCAAAAAUCGCACUUACUGGUGUUUUCUUGUGCCAUUAGACACUAAUAUAUACAGUUGUAAUCAAAAUAAUUCAGCCCCCAUUGAAAAUCAGGUUUAUUGUCAACAUUUAGAGAAUUUCAGCUGCUUGCAAUGAGCAAAUAAAAUAAAGGCAAGUGAAAUAGCUCAACAAAACAAAUGCUUCAAGUGGUUUCAACAAAUUCAACUGAAAAUGCAACUUAUAAUUACUUCUCCAGUCUUAAAAUCAUUCAACCCUCUGAAUAGAAUGCCUCACAAAAGCACAAAUAUACAAAACAGGUGUUGUCUAAAGCACACCUGAUGCAACUAAUCAAGGGCUUCAUUAGUUGCACCCAGUGGCGUACUAAGGGGGGGGCGGGGGGGGCGGUCCGCCCCGGGUGCCACCAGGGUGGGGGGUGCCAUGACCAGCCCCCCGCCCCCCCCCAUGCUGCAGCCGCCCGAGCGCUCUGUAUAGAGCCUCAGGCGGCUGCAGCAUUGCCCGGGCGGUGCGUCCAUGAGGGCGGACCGCACCGCCCGGGCGCAGCCUGAGAAAGGGGCUGACAGGAGGGAACGCUCCUGUCAGCUCCCUCACUGCAGCAUGGUCCGACGGGUACAGAGAGCAGCUGUCUCCUGUACCCGGCCGGACUAACAGGAAGUGCACACUGAGUGUGCACUUCCUGUUAGUCCGGCCGGGUACAGGAAACAAAAGCUCCCUGUACCCGCGGACUAUACAGGGCUCGGCCACGCUACAGGGAGGUAGGGGGGAGGGGGAGAAAGAAGGGGGAGAGGAGGGGUGAGAAAGAAGGGGGGGGGUGAGAAAGAGAAAUAAGGGGGUGAGAGAGGGGUGAGAAAUAAGGGGGGAGAGAGGGUGAGAAAGAAAUAAGGGGGUGAGAGAGGGGUGAGAAAAGAAAUAAAGGGGUAGAGAAAAAAGAAAUAAGGGGGUGAGAAAGAGAAAUAAAAGUGAGAGAGGGAUGAAAAAUAAGGGGGUGAGAAAAUAAGGGGGUGAGAAAAGAGAUAAGGGGGGUGAGAGAAAAAGAGGGUGAGAGAAAUUAGGAGGGGGUGAGAAAGAGAAAUUGGGAGGAGGAGAAGGAAAUUGGAGCGGGAGGAGAGAUUGACAUUCAUCACAUACACACAAUGCACCCCUUGCACACAGAAAAACACACAAUGCAUUACACACACAGACACACAUACACAAGCAAUGCAACCGUUACACACAAUGCAUCCCUUACACACACAGAAACACACAAUGCAUUCAUUACACACACUCAAUGCACCCCUUACACACAUUCAAUGCAUCCCAUACAUACACAGAAACACACCUUGCAGCCCUUACACAUACAAACACAAUUUCACACAAUGCAUUCCUUACACACAUAUCAGGACAUCCCCUACACACUCCACCCCCUGUGAACAAACUCAUUGGUGGAACAUGAAGGUGGACCCUGGGACCCAGACCUUGAGCUGUGUAAAGGACCCCCAAAAAAUGGAGCUGCUUCCCGUUCUCCCAGAACAUUGAUUUUUGUGACCACAGUUACAAACCGCCUCCAGAGAGCCUGUUCUGCACCAGACCAGUGGAGCCAGACUGCAGCUAGAGCCCAUCAUCAUCCUCAUCUGGUUGUAAGUAGGCAAUCUAGUAUAUUAUUCGUGGCACUAAGCUCUAAUUUACCUCACAUUAAAGAAACACUAUAGUCCCCAGAACCACUUCAGCUUAAUGUAGUGGUUCUGGUGUCUAUAGCCUGUCCCUGCAGGCCUUUUAAUGUAAACACGGCGGCACUGCAGCACUGGCGUUAGUUAACAUGGCAAAUCAUAUGGCUGGGGCAUUGUGAUGUCACAUGGGGGGCGGCAAACUUUACUUUUGCCUUGGGCGGCAAAAAUCCUUGUACCGGCCCUGGCUGGAGGGGGCUGUGUGAGCUGUGGCCGCACAGUGUCCCAUGGUAGUUAGGGUGCCGUGCGGCCAGUACAGCUCACUCAAGCAAACAGCUGAUAAACUGGCCGCACGGAGGAAAUGUGUAUGUGUGACUGUCUGCCUGUAACUGAGUGUGUGACUGUCUGUCUGUAACUGAGUGUGUGACUGUGUCUGUAACUGAGUGUGUGACUGUGUAUGUAAAUGUGUCUGUGGUGCUGCAGGGAUUUUGUAGAAGGGGGUGGGGGUUUUGUAUUGGGACAGGAGUCUUUAUAAGGGGAGAUAAGCAGGGGAUUUGUGGAAGGGGAUUGCGGGGGUUUUGUAGAUGGGGCAGUACAGGAUUUGUAGAAGGGGCAGGACAGAGGUUUUGUAGGAGGGGCAGGGCAGGACAAGGGUUUUGUAGGAGGGGCUGACAAAGUUUACAAAUUGUAAAAAUAAAAGAAAUAAAACCUUUAACAUUUUUUACAGGUUUUUUUUUUUUGGGGGGGGGUGCCAAGCACAGGAUCCGCCCCGGGUGCCAAAUGCUCUAGGUACGCCCCUGGUUGCACCAGGUAUCCUUGAUAAGGAACACUUGAAAUAUCUUGACUGGCUAGGGGUUUGUUGAGUGUCAUGUUUGACUGCAUGUUAGAAAUAUGGCUAAGUCAAAAGAAUGGUCCACAAAGUUAAGAGACAAGAUGAUCACCAUUCACAAACAAGGAACAGGAUACAAAAAACUAUAGAAACUGUAUGUUCCUAGAGACACCAUUGGAAGCAUAGUUUGCAAGUUCAAAGUUGAAGGAACAGUGGUUACAUUACCUGGACAUGGCAGAAAAAGGAAGCUAUCAAUGGCUGCAAUCAGACUACUAAGAAGGCAGGUUAUGAAAAACCCUUGAUUCUCUGCAAAAAACCAGCAGCAAGUCUUGGUGGCAACAGUCACUGAGGUUUCAGUAAGCACAUGCAAGGCACGUACUAAAAGCAGAAGGUUUCCAUGCCGUAACUCCAAGACGUACACAACUUCUGACCCAAAAGCACAAGAAAAGUCGGCUCCAAUAUGCUCAAAAAUAUAUAAAUAAACCACAGAAGUUUUGGGAUAAAACAAAACUGGAACUUUUCAGCCAAAUGGAUAAGUAGUAUGUUUGGAGGAACAAGAAAGAAGCAUAUGCUGAAAAGAACACUCUGCCUACAGUUAAGCAUGGUGGUGUCUCAGUGAUGCUCUGGGACUAGAAACCUACAGCAUGUAGAAAUGAAGAUGGAUUCAUUGAAGUAUCAGGAAAUCCUAGGAGAAAAUAUGCCGUCGGUGAGAAAAUUGAAGUUGGGCGUCAUAGGAUCUUACAACAAGACAAUGAUCUCAAGAAUACCUCAAAUUCCACCUAGGCUUGGUUGCAGAAGUAGUUCUGGAAAAUUAAUCUGUGGUCAUCAGUCACCUGAAAAUCUCUGGUGGGAAUUGAAGAAGGCAACGCAGGCAAACCCGAGAAUUUUACUGAACAGGAAGCCAUUGCUCAUGAACAAUGGGCUAAGAUUCCUCAGAAACGCUGCCAGAAGCUGGUGUCUGGCUAUCCUCUCGUUUGCAGCAGCUCAUAAAUGUAAAGGGAGCUCUACUAAGUACUAAAGAUACUUUCCAUGAAGGGGUUGAAUAAUUAUGAAACUGGAGAAGUCAUUAUAAGUUGCAUUUUCAGAUGAAUUUGGAGAAACCACUUGAAGCAUUCGUUGUGUUUAGCUAUUUCAAUUGCUUUUAUUUGAUUUGUUCAUUGUAAACACCUGAAAGUCUGUAAAUUUGGACAAUGAACCUGAUUUUUAAUGGGGGUUGAAGAAUUUUGAUUAGAACUGUAGGUGAUAUAUUAAAACCACAUAACGUCCUUGUGGUCAUGCCAUCUAUUUGACAACUUUGCAAACUCUCAAUGAAGGGGCUCCUGUUUGGAUAUAAUCUUACAUUCCUGAUAAUUUAGACUUGUUAACUGAAACUCACAGGGACUUUAUGUAAUCCCAUGCCUAGUGUUUGCCUAGUCACGCAUUGCCUUGCAGGUCAACCAAUCUAUCAAGAAGGUUUACGCUUUUGAAUUGCCUUCAGCUUUUCCCGACAUGGAGUUAUUCAAAAACAGGAAAUUGGUGGCGUUUACCAGGGAGUUGCAAAUCUUGGGCCACAAAAGAUUUGGAAACAUUUUCAGUCUGCCUCUUUUUGCAAUUCCCUGCUUAAAGGGAAACUAUAGUGCCAGUAAAACAAAGUUGAUUACUAAUAACCAUUUAUACAACUAAAAUGUAAUUUACAACAAGAACAAUGUAUCUUAUUUACAUGCUGAUGUCUAAACACAUUUACUGUAAUUUGAAGACACAUUACUGAGAGUAUUAUUGCUAUGGAGCUCUGUUAUACACUCAGACACACCAACAAUAUGGAGCUUCUAGAAAAGAGGGACGUUAGGAUAGAAAAGAGGGACAGAGGGAUUUGGGCCCAAAAUAGGGACUGUUCAUCCUUAACAGGGACACUUGGGAGUUAUGGCACUGUUUGUGUGGCCUUGAAAUAGAAGAUUAAACCUUUUUAUUUUUUUGGGAUUAGGUUUUAAAUUCCUUGUUUCUCUCAGAUAUCUGUCUGGUCUAGCAGACUUGAUUAAAGGUGUAAAAAGGAACGGCUUUAGAUAACUUCAUAACAACCCGUAGCAAUGGGUCCUUUCUAAAUCUUUCUAAGAAAAGGGAAUGACAGACAGACUAUUGUUGUUAAAAUUAACAAAGCUAAAACCAGCCACUACUGAAAUUUCACUCCGUUUGGUCAUUUAUCUAAAGAUAUUUGGACCCUCUACUAAAGCAAAAAAAGAAACUAAUGAUCUUUAAUUGUAGCAUCUAUUUCUAUUCUUUAUUUUAAUUUUAUUCCCAGGUCAAUUACGUGUUGUCGUAGUUUCUCCUUUUGCCGAAGGAUAUUUCACUGGUCAGUCAUUGUCUUCAAACACGUUGAUAUUUCUCUGGUUUGUGAAAGAUCUCAAACUAUUCUUGAAAUAUUAUGAUCCAAGUUUUCUUUCUCUCCUUUAAACAUCGAAUCUCAGAGAAUAAUCUAGUUUAUAUUGUGUAUAUAACAAACUGCAUCAAUUAGAGAUUCCAAUUAUGUUCUAUGAUUUCCUCGACCUGUUUCUUUUUAAACCACAAAAAUUAUACAUUGAUACUAUCGCGUGGUAUUGUUUGACUAUUGCAGUUCCUCCAUUAUUUCAAUUUUCUGAAGGUCUUUAUAAUGUGGACUAUACCAUUAUGUUUAUUCUUUGUCUCUUUUCAAACAAACAGAGCAUUCUAUUCCUUAUUUUGGUUGUCCUACAGUAAUGAUUUUUCCACUUUUCAUCUUAAAUCCAAUUUUAUACAAACUUAUUUUCCCACACAUGAGUACAGACCUUUUUUAGGUCUGUUGUAUAACCUUAUAAACAUGAAGUUAUCUAUUGUUCUUGGAGAUUUGUGUCGGGCGGAACUGCAGCACUUCUGAAAUUAAGUCGAACCCCAAGCCGAUCUGUAUCCAAAUCACGGACCAACCGAACCACACAAUGCCAAACAUGUUAGGUUUGGGGUUGUAGUUUUGAAUUCUGCUCAUGGCCAAAAACCUAAUGAUUGAUGGCUCGUCGCUAAAUAUUGAUUUUAUUCACAGAUCAGAUAACAACUGAGCAAUAGAGGGGAAAAAGGAAGAGCAGUAAAUAAACAUCUUUAUAUAUUAUAUUCGUUAUACAUAAUAUACACUGCUCAAAAAAAUAAAGGGAACACAAAAAUAACACAUCCUAGAUACGAAUGAAUUAAAUAUUCUUCUGAAAUACUUUGUUCUUUACAUGGUUGAAUGUGCUGACAACAAUAACACACAAAACUUAAAAAAUGGAAAUCACAUUUUUCAACCCACGGUCUGGAUUUGGAGUCACAUUCAAAAUUAAAGUGGAAAAACACACUACAGGCUGAUCCAACUUUGAUGUAAUGUCCUUAAAACAAGUAAAAAUGAGGCUCAGUAGUGUGUGUGGCCUCCAAGUGCCUGUAUGACCUCCCUACAAUGCCUGUGCAUGCUCCUGAUGAGUCCUGGACAGUCUGUGGUGCAACGUGACGUUGGUGGAUGGAGCGAGACAUGAUGUGCUCAAUUGGAUUCAGGUCUGGGGAACGGGCGGGCCAGUCCAUAGCAUCAAUGCCUUUGUCUUGCAGGAACUGCUGACACACUCCAGCCACAUGAGGUCUAGCAUUGUCUUGCAUUAGGAGGAACCCAAGGCCAACCGCACCAGCAUAUGGUCUCACAAGGGGUCUGAGGAUCCCAUCUCGGUACCAAAUGGCAGUCAGGCUACCUCUGGCGAGCACAUGGAGGGCUGUGCGGCCCCCCUAAAGAAAUGCUACACCACACCAUUACUGACCCACUGCCAAAGCGGACAUGCUGGAGGAUGAUGCAGGCAGCAGAACGUUCUCUACGGCAUCUCCAGACUCUGUCACAUCUGUUGCAUGUGCUUAGUGUGAACCUGCUUUCAUCUGUGAAGAGCACAGGGCACCAGUGGCGAAUUUGCCAAUCUUGGUGUUCUCUGGCAAAUGCCAAACGUCCUGCACGGUGUUGGGCUGUAAGCAACAGCUUCUUCGGAUUUAGUUUUUCCAUUCAGAAACUCGUUUCCGAAAUUCUGCUGAGCCAAAUGGUCUUCCAGCCGAAAUUCUGGUGUCCUGAAAAAGGUUCUAUUUUUGAAAAAAAUGGUUCGGCUGAGACAAAUUUUCUCGUAAUGCACAAGUCUAGUAUCCAUAUGGUGUGUAUAAAAAUAAUGUACAAAAAUAGGUAGACAUUCAAAUGCAGUUAGGAUGGUAAGAAGAUAUAUUUUUUUUCUUCUUUUUAAAUGGAUGCAUGCAGGAUUGAAAACAUAUAUAAUGCAAGAUCAAGAUGGAUAGGCAUAUCUUUUGCUUAAUGAACUUAUAUGGAAAAUAGGACUAUAAAGGAACUGUAGAGGUGCUUGCACACUGCACUGCAUGUGCCUGUUACUCUAACUGUCCCAAUUAUUAACGGAAUAUCAGUUGAUUCUUUCCUAACUCCCCAUACACCGUAUUCAGCUUGUUACUUCUCAUUUCACAUAUGAAACAAAACCCACACAAUGCUAGUAUAUAUUUGAAAUUGUUUUCUUCUACUCAAUCAAGUAAAACUACAUGAUGGUACAUAUGGGAGCACAAUUUGUUUUCACUUGCAGAGUUGCAGACCUGUCUGAUGGCACAGAAAUACUUAAAACAUAUGCAUAUUAACUCUUCUUCUUCCUCCCUUAUCCACAUACAGAUUGGCUGCCAAAAGCUGCUUAAGAAGAACGUUUAUUUAAUGUAUUUUUUAAUCAUAUGCUGUUUCAUUUCAAACAUGACCCUAAAUAAUUGUUAUUCUAUUGCAGAUUGGAGAUGAGCUGGUCCGGAUAAAUGGAUAUUCCAUAUCUUCAUGCACUCACGAGGAAGUAAUCAACCUUAUUCGCACAAAGAAGAUUGUGUCCAUCAAAGUCAGACGUAAGUCAUCCUAAUGGAAUGGAGACAAACCAUGUUUUGUAUUAAAUUGAUGUGUCCUGUCCUUCUCCAUAACAUGAUUCUUUGUCUUCUUUCUUUUUAUAGAUGUCGGGAUGAUUCCUGUCAAAAGGUAAUAAAUGUUUGUACUAAUCUGGGAACCUCUGUGUUCAAAACUAAUGCAAAAUUGUAAUUUCUUCCUGACUUGCUAGAGAGUUGAAUUAUAGAUUGCACACACAAUUGGCAGUUAUACAGUUAAACUAGAUGAACCCUUUGAUUGCCAUUUGGUAUAAAUAGUCUCACUGCAUGCAUUGUGGAGGUCACUGGAUGCUUUAAUGCAUUAUUGUGCUCUUGGUAACCACUAGAACUACUUACCUCUUAGGUGCUCCUGUUUAGAAUCCAUAUUACUUAUAUCACACUCAAUCUUAAAGCAUUUUUUUUGUUUAAUUAUACAUACUUAUGCCCGUUUUGUCUUUUUUGUUUUGUUUAUUUAUUUUUUAAUAAGUAACAGUGUCUAACCUCUUCCGUACCACUGGAAGUCUGUUCAGGCAUUGACAACCAUUUCUGUAAAAUGGUUUAAAAGCAUUAAAUACUUUGCUUUCAAGAGAGAAUUUCUAAGAGGGAUCUGUACAAUUCCAUACAACAAAUAUGGGCUUCCACUGGUUCCCUUGUGAAAACUGUAACAAAGAAUCAUUAAUGGACCAAUGAUUGAAGACAAUUCUCUUCUGUUCUAUUCCUGUAGCUCGGCAGAGGAACCUUUGAAGUGGCAAUUUGCUGAUCAGUAUGUGUCAGAAACAGAAGUAAGUCUACUUACUAAUCUAGACCAUAGAUAACUGAUUAACUAGCUUACGACAUCAAAUCUUCUAUAAAACUUAGUAGAAGUAAUGAUGUUAAAAUGGUUUAUUAUAAAAAGAAAUCAUGAUGUUUGUUGCAGAAAUUCUAGAUAUUUAAGGAGGCCUUUAAUAUUACAAAUACAUUGGCUUAACUCCUUAAGGACACAUCUUCAGAAGUAAGAGGUCAGCAUGACGGAAAAAUCUUAAGGAGUACAAUUUCAUAGAAUUUAAUGAUCUUUCAUUCCUAAAAAGCCAUUUGAAUUUUUUGGGGAAAUAACGUAAAUGUUUCAAGUUGCAUGCUUGAUCCUACGUGGCCUUCUGACAUCUGAUAGCACCAAAUGUUUGUUAUUCUAGAUGAGAAGAAGGUUCUGCAAGUCAUAUUAAGCCACUAGCAAUAAGGUCAAAGCCAGUGCUUUAUCUGCAGUGAGGUUAAUGACUUGCUAUAUUUGCAAAAUGAUGGUUUCUUGCAUUUACAAACAAAUAAUGAAUAGAAGGUCAUGUCUAGGUACCAAAUCUGCUUGUAUACCUAAAUUACAAGUCAGCAUAUAGACUUCCAAGGUUGAACCUAUCCCUGUCUGCUCCAUGUGUGCACAAUGGCAAUCUACACUGCAAGACAGCAUUAAAACACACACAUACAUAGAUAAGAAAAUAAACUCAGGUUAUUGCAAGCUGCUGUACAGUUUAUAUUGCCGGUAUUACUGCAAUAUUGGCACCGGCCAGGCAGCCUCAAAUAAAUACACCGGCCAGGUGGCAACCCUAAGAGUAGUGUGUAAAAAAAAAAAAAAAAAAAUGAAAAAAAUUAUAUAGAUUUUUUGUUUUAAAUCAAUCGAUCUAUUCCAUGGGCAUGGGCCUGGAGCUGCAGGUCUAUCAGCCCCUAUGUUAAUCCGGCCCUGUCUGUGUGUCUCAGAGUCAGGAUGCUUUACAGUAGUGACAGAAUUGGCUAUGGGUUUAAAAGCUGGGUUAAAAAGAGGGGCUCUAUCCAUAUUCCUUGUUGGAGGCAAGUAGGAUUGAUUUAGAAGGAUAUUCUUUAUCAAGGAAUCAUUGGCACGGUUUAAAGCUUCUUCCUUGAAGUGUUCUAACAUGGAGCAAUUGCGCCGGAAUCUAAUGAAUUUGCCUAGUGGUACAUUCGCAAUCCACGUACGAUGAUGGUCACUGGUAGCAUUUAGGAAGCCAUUUACAUCUACAUUUUUCUGAAAUGUCCUAGUUAGAACCUGGUCUUUUCUGGAUAUUGAUAGACCAAUAGACUUCUGCAUGGUGAAAAAAUUUAGCCGAAUAGAUUUAUCAAAAAAAAAUCUUCUAUGAGUGGUCCAACAGUCGAUCAUGUGGCGUAGGUUCAGCAAAUACUGUCCAUGCAAAAUUCAAAUGAAUUGCAAUUCAUUUGCUGCUGAAUUCACAAAUCUUUAAGUCAACAUCCCAGGUUAAGGACAAGCAAAAUGAUAACUGUGUGAUUACAUCACAGGUUUAAAUGUAGAAUUCCACACUGCUGUAUUUUGCUGUAUCAUGGGACAGAGUACCCUCCAUCCUAACUCCCUGUCAAUUAUUACGUUUAAUUCACAUAAAGAAAGCAUCCAAAGAGGGGGAGAACGGGGACAAUAGAGUAGAUUUAUCAAAAUGUUCUGUAAAGUGAUGUUUAGAGUCCGUUCUUGUUUUGAUCGGUUUUAUUAAAAUGUUUUAGAAGUGAUCUAAAAAGUAAUGCUAUCCUUCACUGUAGAUUUCCACCAGCUUGCAGAAAUGUACAUGUUGGAAGACUGACAGAUUUAGAGAAGUGAAAAAAAAAAAGAGAAGUGUUACAGAACACAGUUCUGUGUCCGUAUUUAGCAUUUCCUAGCUUACUGCUUUUACUUUAUAUAGUAUUGAGCAUCAAAGCCUGCAGCCAUUGAGAUGACUAAACUCAUACGGCCAGGGAUCGAUCGUGGAGUCUCUGCAGUCACCUUCUAACCUGUUUUGCACCUGCCAUCUGUACGUUUAACCCAUCUAUGGCCAGAGAACAGAAUAAAACAUUGUUGUACAUAUGUAGCUGGCUUCUGUCCAGAAUGCCGGUUUAUCAGGUAUCUAACAUUCCAUACACUGGUAACAUUCAAAAGUGAGACAUGCUUCAGUAACUCAAAUUUAUUGCUUUCAUUGCGUUGAGCCUUUUGUGCCACCAUUGGUCUGAAGGUUCGGGCUAAAUCCUCACAGGCCUGAAACCCCAGAACAUUAAGCUGGAUAAGCUCUCCCAAAGCUCUUGUGGUUUAAUUUCUUCUUUUGUCUGUUGCAGGCGCCAGCAAUUUAGAAAUUCACAGACCGCUUUUAAUAUCAUUUUCAAACACCUCUCUCUGGAAUAUCUUUAGUUAUUAUUAUAUUUUUUUAAACUUUCUUUCUUGGUAUUUCAAGGCUGGUGGGUCAUGCUUUCUCUCUUUGCAUUUCAGAGAUUGUGGGUCAUGCCUCUACAAAAGUCUUAUGCCAAUGAAAAUCAAGAUGCCUAGUAGGGUAACAUUGAUGCCAAAUUGUGACUGGAAUCCUUCAGUUUAUUUGAGACAUACCUGGAAUCCAGCAAUAAUACUUUAAGUGCCAGACAGACAUUGUACAUAGUUCCAGCCUCUCAGUUUGUAUUUUUGUAGAUAGACUGAGAAGUUUUAAUGAAGUGGAAAUCACGCUACACCUGUAGGAUUGUAGCGAAAACGAUACUUUUGUAGUAAGACUGGCUGCUCUUGGCUGGAAGAAUGGUAUGUUUAGGGUAAGGAUUGGAGCAAUUCACUACUUAGGGAAGUCACCACUCAGGCACUUGUCCAAGUCUGUUGGGUUGGUGCAGUGUUUUAAGGAACCAGUGUAAGCUCAUAUCAUUAGCAGAAAUAUAAUUCAGAUUUUUUUUUUGUAUUAUUUAAUUCAAGUCAAGACCUCACCAGGAAUAGACAUUACCAGGUUCACUUGAAUAAAUUAAAGCAGCCAACAUGCUUUAUCCAAACAUAUUUUGUCACUGUGUCACACUGCAAUGCUCCAGAUUCAUUGAAAAUUAGAUUUCACCACGUCCUGUGUUACAUUGCACAGCGGUAUAUAGUGUUCUGUAUUGAUUUAAUAUAAAUGGAAUCCUACCAUCAUUGCACGAUAAGCCCUGGUAUGGAAGGUUUGGUACCCCCGUCUUUCGGCCAUGCCUGGUCUGGAUUACUUUACUAAAAGUGGCAACUUUUAUCUCCCAUUAUAUAUAUUCAAGAUGUGGUCAUGUUCUGUACAACAAAUGAUGGCUCAGACAACUUGCAUGUAGAACAUCCUAAACCUUCUAAUAUCUUGACAUUUGAAGUUAGGCUUUAUAUGGAGAGUCAAUCCCAACCAUCCGUAGUAACAUAUCCUUAACCAUUUCACAAUUGAUGACAUGUAGGAAUUUUACAAAUAAAUCCUCUACGUGAUUGGGUUAAAUACCUAUAUUGACCUUUUCUGAAUUGCUGUUUUGCUGCAGGAUGGUAAAAGCAGUGUGGCUGGAUUGGCGUCGGCCAGCGGAAGAGAAAUCAAGGAAAAAAAAGUGUUUAUUAGCUUGGUGGGCACAACAGGAUUAGGGUGCAGGUGCGUAUGUUACAAACAGACCCCCAACACACACACACACACACACACACCAUUUCUCUAUUUUAAAAGGUGGCAUCAUUGCUAAACAAUGAAUAGUUUAAAAAAUACAUUGCUAAAUUAGUCCAAAUUUGCUGAUUUGGAGGAACUCAGAGUUUGGCUAUUAUAGAUAAUAUUUUGCAGUUUGGUUUUAAGUUUACCGCUAUUCACAGCGUAACUUAAAAAUUGAGACCUAAAUAAGUGAAUUGUAGAAAUUCUCCAAUUAUGCUUUUUUAGUCUAAAAUGUGUGAUUGUUUUAAUAUCAGCAAUGUCAUUGUAAUACAAUUUUAUCAUUUGUACUAAAUUAAUUUCCUCCGCGACUUGUAGGUACUUCAGAAAAAAGAACCUUGUUGUUAAUAAUAUUCACUAUUUAAAGGGAAACUAUAAGCACCGUAACUGUUACUAAUUAAUAGUGGUUAUGGUGCACUGCUUAGCCUAACUCUUGACUCGUACCCUAUGACUGAAUUCCGUAGCAUUUGAGCGUCAGACAAGGGGGCACCUUAACACUCCAAUUACCAUAGCCACAACAAUAAGAUGUACAAAAGCCUGUAUGGACUAUGAUGUUUAGAAGGCUCUACUAACAUCGUUAUACUGUGACUCCAAACACAUUGAUUUAAAGGCUGUAAAAGCACAAUGAGAGUUGUAGUUAUGUAAAAGCUGGGAGGCUAACUUGUCUCCAGCUCUCAUCUAGAUUAAUGUUUUUACUCUGCCACCUAGUGGUUGAAGCUUGGUAAUAACAGUUACAGACAGGCAAAUAAAUACAAUCCAUGGAAAAUCAACAGCAUUUAGCAAUUUCCAAGACUUUUAAAAGUUUUUUUUUUUUUUUUUUGGACAUACAUGAAAUGUGUCCAUUCAAUAUUACCUUUUUAAAUCACUACACGAGAUAAAUCGAUAUGCAAACAUUGCAGCUUGAUGAUUAGCAUUGGCUCCUAUGUUAUAGGGAGGGUUCUAUUCUGUAUCGUGUUUUGAGACUGCUUUUAUAUCACUGUUCCUUCAAUAUCAGUUGACUGGUUAAUUUGCAUUAAUAGCAUCCCUUUACAUAUUUCCAGUAUUUCCAGUGGACCUUCUCACAAACCUGGAAUAUUUAUCAGUAAUGUCAAGCACCGCUCCUUAUCGUCAGAAGUUGGUUUAGAAGUAAGUAAUAAAUAACUGUAUAUUUCUAGCGAAGCUUUGUUCAUUAUGAGAAUAUAGGUAUAUAUAACGAGUGUGUGAUACAUGUAUUAUGAGAAAAUAAUUCCAUACAAGUCCCCAGAGCCUGAUAUGCAUUAUUUGUUUUCCAUUAGUGUUAAGGUAGUUAGGGGUUAAUGUUUAGUGUUAUUGUAGUGUAGGGGUUAAUGUGUAAUGUGUUAGGGGUUAAAAUAAUGCAAUCAGGUAUUAUGGGAAAGUCCUAAUAAAUGGUGAAGCUGGACGUGAAAUGGUUUGUAAAUGUCUCCAGAACCCGGAGAUGUGAUUUUCAUUUGAUUUUACAUAAUAUUUCUUGGAUGGGGCUGGGCUUGGCGUUAGGGUUAAUGUUUCAUCUGCUUCCAUCAAUUACGGUAUCUCUGGAAAUGAGAUUAAUAAAAUGAUGGCUGCUGCUGAUUGAGAGUGUAACUCCCACUAAUCUAGUAGGCCAGGUUCUGCCCAAAUUUAGAGCCUGUGAACUCCGUGCCAGACUUUCAUGGAGGUGCCCUGUGCAUUAUUAUCCAUUUAUAUCCGUAAAUAAUGGACAGAUAACAUCCGCAUCUGUGCCUUACACAAAAAGGAAACAUGUUCUUUCCAUUGAAAUAAUAUAUUAUAUACUGUUGGUCCUUAAAUAAUUUAAAUCUGAAUACAUUUGUUUUUGUUGAGUCUUCUUUUUUGGGAAACUCUGGAUGUUUAUUUCUUUAUGGAAUUUAAUUUUUUGGGUAUUUUUAUGGUAGAUUCAGCUUAUACAAACUACCAGUAGAUGGCACCAUAACUACUUUGUGCAAUGUAGUCACUGCAGUCAUCUUUCUUCUGGGUGGCAGUGAUAGUUAGAUCAGAUUUCCUUAGGGCAGUGUGUGCAUGUUGUUUGAUGUCGUGCAUUCAGCCCUUUAAAAAGUGCAUUGACAUUAUCCAACACAAAGUGCAUCACCUUUUGUUUUUUCAUUGAACUGGAGAUCAUCAGGUGACAGCAGGGCAGUGGGUGCAGGGUGGUCUUUAUUGACCCCAGUAAUGGCAAAUGAAAAAAGUUUUAAUGAAAAAGUCACUUGAUGAUGUGUAAGACCCCUGGAUCAGCCUUAGGUGUGAGCGUAUAACUGGGCCACAUUCCUUUCUGUGGUUGAUCAAUUUACAAAGGCAGAGCACAUUUUUGUUUAAUUAUUUCCUCUUCAUUUCUUUAGGUUGGAGAUCAGAUCGUAGAAGUGAAUGGGGUAGAUUUUUCUAAUGUGGAUCACAAAGAGGUGUGUUCUUUCACAUACAGACAUGCUUGGAGUGCAAUGGCUAGAAGUAUAAUAUUCGGAUAAGUAAUAUUAAAUCGUCUUUACGUGACACUGUGCAUGUUUUGGUAAGGUGAUAAUUUAAAACGAAAUGGUGUAAUUUGAAAAAGACCAUGAUGCUCUAAUGCAACUGUGAUACAGUUUCCAAAAGGUCACCGGGAAUUAUUUAGCAAGAAUAAUUCAAGUUGUAAUUUUUGAGCAGUCACCAUGGAAACCAUUAAAAUGUUUUAGAUUGCUCCACUUUUAGAAACAAAGUCCAGAAUUUCUCUUUAUGUAAAAUCCUGAUGCCUUAGAUGGCUAUAACAAGUGAUUCAAAUGUAAUAUAAUUUUUAUAUUUAAAUUAUUUUCAAAAAUAUGCAGGUCUGAAAACCCAAAACCCGUAAUAUCCCAUUAGACAUAACCUAGUUAGUUGUCAAUAUUCAAAUUAUCCCAUUUGGAUGGAAGUCACAGUUUCAGCGGGCCACGGCUAUCCACUGAUCUGACGCAGAGUUCCAUGAUGCUUUGUGGAAAGUCUUGGUCCCCUAAAACAUGAAAAAUUUCCGUGAAUCCUUGUAGCUCUCCAAGUCCCGGGUGUCCUUGGAUGUCUCACCUCCUCCUCUAUCUCCUUUCCAAAAAGUGCCCUGCUAGAUGGCUCUGAGAUAGAGAGCAUUUGGGACAAAGUUAUACUGGACUGUGGCUGAUCCACAAUUCAAGCCAGAGUUCCAGGAAGUUUAGUGGUUGCUCCCGGUCAGGCGCACCAUGCCUCUGAAUCCUCCCUGCGGGUCUACAAUGCUCCGGAAGGCUGCUAUUGAGGGCGCUGGAGUAGAGGCACGUGUGGAGAGGAAAAUAUUGUGAAUAUAGCUCUUUCAGGAGGAGGUAGCAGGUUGGAGAGUCUAUCAAAAUCCCUGGGUGACUGGGUGGUCAGUCACACUAUUUAAUCAGCAUUUUUCUUUUAUUUAACCAGGCAGUGAAGGUUUUAAAAGGCAGCAGAAGUCUUACUCUAACCAUUGUGGCUGGAGCGGUAAGUAACUAGAAUACAUGUUUUAUGCCAUUCAUGCUAUUUCAAAUCAAUUAUUAAUUCUACCUUGUUAAAGCGCUCUGCUUUCCCCAAUAAAUGUGCUAUUGAAGAACUUACUAGGGAGAGCAGUGCAGUGGAAGUAAGUAAAACCACACACUUUUCUCCACAGGACUUAGUAUCUCGUACUCAUCCAGGCUUCUACAGAGGAGGGCUCUAUACUUGCCUACCAUUCAUGCAUAUGGCAGGAGUUACAAUAAUUUACCUGAUAGUUAAAAUCAUUUGCUAGAUUAAAGUUAAAGUGAUUUGCAUGACAUGCCAUGACUAUGCCAGAACAAUAAAAAUAAAAAAAUAAACAACUGAAAGAUUAUAAGAAUGGCAAUUCCGAUUAAAGGAACAUUCAACACACCAUAACCACUACAGGGCUCAAUAAUGGUUAUGGUACAAGGAGUACUCUGACAUCUUCCGAUUGUUAGUAGUCAAAAAACUUUAAGAAUGGUUUGACUAUUUACCCGGAGUCUUCUGUAGCCUGAAAUCUCCCUGUACUGUACUACCCUAGUUGUCCAGGGUUCAGCUCAAUAGCCGAGAUUGCUCAGUUGAGGCAGGGCUUAGCUCAGCUGAGCUAAUGAAAGCUCCAUGUAGGAGCUUCUGGGCUUAAGCGGAAGAGGCAACUGGAACCCAGUUGACCCAGGUAAGUGGUCAAACCAUUCUUAAACAGUUUGACUGCUUACACAGGGAGAGCAUCAGGACACGCCUGGCCCACUGCAUCGCUUUGUAGUGGUUAUGGUGCUUAGUUGUGUUCCUUCAAUUUUCUUCACUGCGGCAUAGUAAAUAUGUAGAUAGAAUUUCUACGUAACUAGCCAUACAUAUACUAUGUAUUAUAAUUAAUACAUCAAUAUUCUCCAUUCAGAGUAAAACAAAUGGGACUUUAUUCGCAAAAUGGCAAAUUAUGGAGCUUUAAUGUACGAAUUGCCAAAUCAAUAAAAAAAAGUUGAAUAAUAUCCCAGCUUGGCUAUCUUGGCUUAUAAUAUACAUUUUGGCCUAAAAUUUAUAUAUCCAGACAGAGUUUUCCACAAUUCUUCAUUUCUUGAGUAAGCCUAUAAAGAAAUGAAAGACAUCUGGCCAUAAAAUCUACAAAUCUGAAUGUGUUUGCUCACUUCCACCUCAAACCUAUUCAUACAUGGGGUUACUCAUUUCAAAAUGAAAAUGUAUGAAAUGCAAAACGCCAUUUUCAGCAGUGGAAGGCAAAGAUAGGCAGAUGCCGUACAGAAGGACCCGUUUUUACAGAUGGUUUAAAACCAGGAGAAUGACGCUCAUAAAUUCAUGACAACAGAACCACAAGCUUCCUUGCAGCCUAGAAUGUUGAGUGAUUUUGACUAAUUUAUACCCUAAAUACAUUUCACGUUGCUACCAUAACAAGCUCAAUAUCUAAACAUCGACGUUCUACAGAUACCAUACCGUAUGGCAAUGAUGGCGAAUCUUGGCAAUGCGUAUAUUCACCAUAGGGCAGUAAUGGCUAGUGUUAACACUGUGCCUAUUUGCUAACUACAUUUCCCAAGAUGCAUUCACGGCCCUAAUGUAUCUGCUGUGGUCUGGUUUUCCUUUUUAAGGGCCGAGAACUGUUCAUGACAGAAGAUGAAAAAAUGUCGGAGAAACGACAACAUGAACUGGAACGCCAAGAACUUCUCCGGCAGAAAAAACUCGCCAUGGAGACCAAUAAAAUCCUAAAAGAGCAACAAGAGAAAGAAAAAGUGUAAGUUUCAUCUCCAGUGUCGUCCCGACGGGGAGGAGGGGGGCGUGAUGGUACCUUGUAAAGAAAUACAGGCUUUUGUUUAAAAAUUGUAUGCGAAGUGUAGUGAAAUAAAGACGGAAAUGUAAAACGUAGGACAAAAAUACCUGAUUUGAAAACUCCCACUGCGAUUAACUGUUUGUUAGUGAACAAAACUCAAAGUUCCAAAAUAGAAAACAAAAAUAAAGAAAAGUAUAUUUUUUUUAUAUACCAGGAAUACCGCUCCAGCACGGUUACUGGGAGCAUAUUUUAACAAACGAGUAGAGUUUCUUAUAGAAAACAGAGAAAUAAUUUUGUGUGUGUAAUGUAAAAUGUAAUAGAAAGAAAUAGAAAGUUAUACCCCCAGAAUUAGCUAGCAAUUGCCUAAUCGUGGCAUAGACAGACCCAGCACAAGCUUGUUUGUCUUCAUUAACACUUCUUUCUCUUUACAAAUCUUUGACAGACGGAAAAUAGAAAUCUCCCAGAAGAUUGCUGAAGAAGAGGAUCGAUAUCGCAAGGAAAUGGAUAAGUACUGAAAAUUACUUGACGUAUUCAAUUAGUAGUGGCAUUUAAAUGUUAAAAACAAGAUGAUCUCUUAAAAAAAAAAAAAACUUAAGAUUUAUUCACAUUUUAAAUAUUGGUUGUAAAAUAAAAUUUACUUCUCUGAUGUAGGGUAUUGAAAACCAAAUGACCAAAUUUAGGUUUACGUAGCCAAAGUGGGAAUAUAGCUGAGAUGGAGAAUGUGUCCAGUUUGGCUCUACUAGCCUUAAUAUCGCAGAUUGUUUUUGAGUUCAUUACGGUUUAGUUUUUGAUGAAUGCACUCUAUAACAGGAGUAGGCAACCGUUGGCACUCCAGAUGGUGUAAACUGCAUUUCCCAUAAUGGACUUGCAGUCAUAAUGCUGGCAAAGCCCCCAGGCAAUUGCUUGCAAUAAUUUGGUUACUGUAUCAGCACUUUUAGUAAGUGCAGCAAAAUCUUUGUAAGAGUUUUACAGUAAAGGUGGUUUCCUGUGUUUUUUUUUUCUUUUUCUUUUCUUUUUAAAAAAAUAAUUUUAUAGGACAACUGAAGAAUAGAUUAAGAUGUUAAUUUAGCUAUUGAUAAAUGGCUUACGCAGCGAAUACCAUAUCUGUAAUUGUGUUCCCUGUCUAAAAAAAAAAAGGCAAAAAAGGUUCAGAAUCCUUGUUUUAGAAAAAAUGUGAUAAAAUUGCUAAUUUAGUAACCGAUACAUAAACCUGCCAAUCCUUACAAUGUACAAUACACAAGAGAAAUACAGCUCACUGUAGUGGUUAUGGUGGACGUAGUUUGUGGGCGUUAUCUUAUUGUUUUUUGUCAUCCCGUUUCCAAGUUGUUUGAAUAAAAGAAAAAGAAAUGAGUUUGUUGGUGUUCCAAUCUUGCUUCUUGCUUCUUUACUGCAGCUCAACUAAUGCAAGACUAGAAAAAUGAGCCCAUCCAAUGAUAGGUCUCUUUUUUGUUACAAGAGGUGCUCUGAGAUCUAAUUUUAUACCGAGAUGGCUGGCCCCAUAGUCCUAUGAUUUAGAAUUAGCAAGUUGUUAGUUAUUUGAGUCACCCCAUACCUUAUAAUUAAAAAGAACGUUUCAUGUGAUCAAGUGACGUAAAGUAUGGUAUUAAGUCUCUCAAACACCCUCACAUUGCUGGAGUGUGAUAAUUUCUAUGCGAUCUCAUGAAUCGAUCAACGCUCAUAAAAUAUCGAAUUAACUGACUUAGUAUGAAGUCAGGUCACAAAAUGUAAAUACAGUGUUAUAAAUACAAAUUAUUGCAUUUGAGAAUAAAUCUUUGUAUCCAACUAUGGAUUCAUAUAGUGUAUAUAAAAAAAAAAAAUGCAAGCCUCUCUUGGAACAAGAUAUGUUAACGUUAAUAAAAGGCAUUCUAAGUUAAAAAUAACAAAAUUCUCUGUAAUGUAUGUUGAUCAAUUCGGAAACGUUAUCAACCAUCUGUAUUUGUGUUUCUUUAUAGUGUGACUGAAAUAUAUCUAACAUCUACUUUCUUUGGACAUAGUGGGCACCUUCUCUGCACACUGUCAUUUCAUUCAGCAAUUUUAAUUUAUUUAUUUAUAUUAAAGUAACUAUGUUCAAGAUUUUUUUUAAAUGAGAUUUCAAGAUGCUAAUAUGCUUUUAAACUAAUUUUUGGAAGGAAAUAUCAUUAGCUAGAGCGGCUUUAAUUAUGAAUAUGGCUUAAUUUUUCCAAACUAUUUUACUAUCCACUUAUUUUAUAGCUAAAGUAAAGUUAAACAAUUAAAUUACAACUGAUAUUAAAUUCAUCUAUGUAGUAUUCAAAAUGGUACCUUGACAUCUCUAUUUGACUUUGGGCAUUUUAUUCUGUAUUUUUUUUUUAAUAUAUGUUUUUUUUUUCUUUUAGAUUAAAAUGUAACACUCACUAUAGUCUAAAUUUAGCCAUUUGUGUCCUUUUUUCCUUUCAAUUUUUUUAAAUUUUUUUUUUAAAGGAUAUCUGCUGAAGAAGACAAAAUUAAGAAAAAUUGGGAGGAAGACUGGGGACGUAAGGAAGUACCUCAAAAUGUCCAGCCACUGCCACCUCAAACACAUCGAAAUACCCCAUCAAAACACAAAAGUAGGUGGUCUGUAAAAGCUCUAUAUCCAGAUCUUUUAAACAUAAGACUAAAAUAAAGUCUGUAAAAUGAUAAAUCCUAGAGACCUUACUUUUCACUGUAAUGCCAAUGGUGGCUUUUUUGCGAAAUCGUAGAAAUCAUUGGUUUGGAUGCUAUCCAUUUGGUCACAUGUUCUGCUGGUACUCUCUAUUUAAUAUAAUGCACAGAUAUGGCUGAAAUAGCAACAUGAAACAUACAUCUCAUGAUUAGCUGCUGCCAUCACAACAUGAAUUUGGGUGGGUAGAGUGUAUUUUUAAUCUUUUGAAAAUAAGAAUUGUAUGCUAGAUUGAUUUAUGUAAAAGGAAAUUUCAAAUGACAGAUCCCUUUCAUGUUAGCAUUAAAAGUAAUUUCGGUACUUUGAGUGUCCUUUAAAUAAGGACUUUUCCUUCACCGCGGGGAUAUCUGUAAAAUAUUAUUGCACUCUGUAGCAUUAAACGCUGCAGGAAAUAUUGUGUGGGGACCAUAUUGUGUUGGUUAAACCGCUGAAAUUGACAUGACCCACAUUGUGAGUAAAUUAACCAAUUUCUUUGAAAGCUUGUAGCCCAGGGCCAAGUAAUUUUAGUAAGAUUUUGUUAAUAUUUUUUUUUUCUUUCAUCCCGGCUGUUCAUACAUGUAUUUCCUCUCUCAUUUCUGUCACUGCUGAAUUGGGUAAUGAUCAUGCACAGUAGUUUAAAGCCACCCAGCGGCUUCUGUGAUUGGCUGUGAGUUAGAAAGACAGUGCUAUUUCAGCAAUGAUUCUUUAUGGAGAGAAGAAAACUAGAAAUUUCAAUAUGAGGAUUGAAUCUUUUCAGUUGCACUUCUAAUCUAUAAUAAUCAAAUCUGAUUUGUCAUAUUGGUCACUAUAACUGGGAUAACUUGUAAUACCUACUGGUCUAUUCUAUUUAUCACUAUACCUGUGAUAGCCUUUAAUACCUACUUAUCUAUUCUAUCAGUCUGUAUAACUGAGAUAGCCUUUAAUACUUACUAAUAUAUUCUAUUGAUCUCUAUAACUGGGAUACCCUUUAAUAAUUACUGAUCUAUUCUGUUGAUCAUUAUAACUGACAUAGGCUUUAAUAUUUACUGAUCUACUUUAUUGAUUAUUAUAACUGAGCCUUUAAUAGUUACUGAUCUACUUUAUUGAUCAUUAUAACUGAGACAGUCUUUAAUACAAACUGAUCUAUUCUCUUGAUCUCUAUAACUGGGAUAGUCUUUAAUAAUUACUGAUCUAUUCUAUUGAUCAUUAUAACUGUGAUAGCCUUUAAUAUUUACUGAUCUAUUCUAUCGAUCUCUAUAACUGAAAUAGCCUUUAAUAUUUACUUAACUACUCUACUGAUCACUAUAAGUGAGCCUUUAAUAUAUACUGAUCUAUUCUAUCAAUCUGUAUAGCUGAGAUAGCCUUUAAUAUUUACUGAUCUAUUCUAUUGAUCUCUAGAACGGUGAUAGCCUUUACUAUUUACUGAUCCAUUCUUUUGAUCUAUAACUGAGACAGCCUUUAAUAUUUACUGAGCUAUUCUAUCGAUCUCUAUAACUGAAAUAGCCUUUAAUAUUUACUUAACUACUCUACUAAUCACUAUAACUGAGCCUUUAAUAUAUACUGAUCUACUUUAUUGAUCACUAUAACUGAGAUAGCCUUUAAUAUUUACUGAUCCAUUAUAUUGAUCACUAGAACUGAGAUGGCCUUUAAUAAUUACUGAUCCAUUAUAUUGAUCACUAGAACUGGGGUAGCCUUUAAUAUUUACUGAUCUAUUUUAUUGAUCACUAUAACUGGGAUAGCCUUUACUAUAUACUGAUUUAUUCUAUUGAUCACUAGAACUGGUAUUGCCUUUAAUAUUUACUGAUCCAUUCUAUUUAUCACUAUACCUGUGAUAGCCUUUAAUACCUACUUAUCUAUUCUAUCAAUCUGUAUAACUGAGAUAGCCUUUAAUAUUUACUGAUCUAUUCUAUCGAUCUCUAUAACUGGAAUAGCCUAUAAUAAGUACUGAUCUAGUCUUUUGAUUGUUAUAACUGAGCCUUUAAUAGAUUCUGAUCUACUUUAUUGAUCAUUAUAACUGAGACAGCCUUUAAUACAUACUGGUCUAUUCUAUCGAUCUCUAUAACUGGGAUAGCCUUUAAUAUUUACUGAUCCAUUCUAUCGAUUACUAUAUAACCGAGAUAACUUUCAUAUUUACUAAUCUAUUCUAUUGAUCAGAAAAACUUGGAAACGGUUUAAUAUCUACUGUUCCAUUCUAUUAAUCAAUUGAACUGGGAUAACCUUUAAUAUCUACUCAUCCAUUAUACUGACAAAUAUAUUUAUCAUAGCCUUUAAUAUUUACUGAUAUUUCAUGUUGAUCAGUUUAACUGGUAAAAUCUUAAGUAUUUACUGAUCAUUCAUUAAUUAAACUAUUUCCCCUUAAUUGUUUGUUUUUUAUUAAUUUUUUUACCGUCUGGCUGUUUUUGUGAUGUCAGACCCUUUUUGUUCCUCUACUCACAUCUGUGUCUUGUCACUUUCCUAUUGGUAAAUUUCUCCUGGUUUGACCUCAGAGAGCAAACAACCGUACACACAGAGCGUGGGAAACAAGAGACUCCAAAACUAUUUAACAAUUACUAAAUUAAAGUUGUUUUCUGCAUUUUGUUUUAAGUCUGGAAACAGCUAUCACUUUUUUGAAUUUUGUUAAAAGUUACUACCAAUAAAAGUAAUAAAUAUCAUGCCUACAGGACCAUCAACCCCCAGACGAACCACACAUACGACAGCACUCUGCAUGUCCUACAUGCAGGCUGCAGUAGCAUCCUGCAGUGCCCGCUAUAGCUUUGAGUUUAACCAGAUAAAAUCAUUUACUGUACUUGGGCAUUAUAGCACAAACCGGAAUUAUUUCGAAAUUCUGUUGGCCUUUUUCAUCAGCCAAAAAAAUGUCACCAGUUUCCCUACAAGCACCCUUAAGCAGGUAUUUUAUUAUUUUAGCUAAUAUUUAAGAUUACACCUUAUGGCAGGGGUCAUAAGGCCCAUGGCACUCAAGGUGCCUUUGCACGGCACUCAAGGCUGCCAGAGACAAAUAGAAACUGCAGAUAUCUGCUCGUUCAAACUGAGCGGUGAUUCCAGGUGCUGAGGGACAAUCUUCGAUUUACAUAUUGCAGCUUUUAGAGGUAGUGAUCUAAGAUCGCUUCCUACCAGCACUUGUGAAUAAGAAUUCCCACUGGAGUAGAGCAGCCCACAGCAGCUAUUUCAGCUUCUCUUCUUGACCUGUAUUUGGACAGCCAACAACACUGCUAGACAGUGGUGUACACACAAUACAUGGGGCCCCAGUGCAAAACUGAUCCGUGGCCCACCCCCCGCCCUCUCUCCCCCGAUCCGUGCCCCCCUAUAGAUAUACAAAGAGCUGCAUAAGAAACAUCUUCUACAUAUAAAUAAUACAAACCGCUCACACAACACACACACACACAGUCCCCACAACCAGAACACCACUGACAAUUGUCAUACACGCACACAACCCCACAACCAGCCUCUCACAUGCAAUACUCAAAGCAGCCCCACAAAUACAAACCCAACUAAACACACAAUGUGACAUAUCAUCCACACACACAAUUACACAAGCAGCCUACAUGCAUAGGUAUCAUAAAUAAUACCGCAAAUUACUCAUGAACUUAUAUACAAUAUUAUAGCCCACUCCCUUCUUAGUAUUUCUCUUAAGAAUGAAUGCAUAAAUAUUUUUUUUUAAAUAUUUUAAUUUAUGUAAUUUUAGUUUUGACAGCAAUCUAUGUAUUAAAGACCUGUUUUACCCAUGGUAGCAAUGUAUCCCACGUUUUACAUUAUUGUUACACUUCUAGUUUGUUAAAGGGUCAACGUCUAUGGUAUACUCACAGAAUUCUCUUUUAAGAAUGAUAGAACCGGAUGUUUUAUUUUUUAUUUUUUAUUUUGCCUUAAUUCCAGACUGGGAAAUCACAUGCAUCUUCCUGAAAAAGAUGAAUAAUAUAAAAUAUCCAGAAUUAGGCGUAUUCUUACAUAGUGUAAGCUAGAACAUAAAUGCACCCACACUAUCUUUCAAUAUAAGAAUUUAUUGUUGGAAGCUUUUUCUGUUCCGUAGCCUUGCCUCUAAAUUCCAAUUCAUGUUGAAGUGCUUUGUUUAGUAAGGGAUCCAUUAUCACGAUUUAACCCCCAUUGUGUUCCCAGCUGAUGCACAGCCCACAGAUGAAUCUGCUACAGGAAGUCAAAUCAAGCAGGUUUGAAUUGUAUUCUUUUAUUUUACCGAUCUCUAAUCAGUAUAUUUUCUUGAAUCAUUUUAUCUUUCGUCCUGACAGCCAGAAACGAUUUUAGGCUUAACAAUUCAACAGCAGACAUUUUUCAUGAAUUAUUUUAUUAAUAUUUCUCCUGUAAAAGAAAGACAAAAAAAGAAAAAACUAUUAAUGCAGGAUACAGUGUGACUUACACUUUUUUUUCACUCUAUGGUUUUCAGAACUUUAUUGUUGAUUUUUUUAUUUAAAGCGGCACUGUCACGAAAUCUGUACUUCCUUAUUUAUGAUCUAGUUUUCUUUAGAACAUUAGAUAAAGUAGGGACUACUUUGUCUUAUGUAUUUUUCCCAAGCCUGACUUUAUCUGACACAAGGAGGAGCUUUAGUCCGUUCCAUUUCCUGUGUCAGAGAACAUUUUCCCAUAACAUUCACCCUCCUCAUUGACACAGGAAUUGGAGCCGAGUUAAACUCCUCCUUGUGUCAGAGAAUGUUAGGCUUAGGAAAAAUACAUAAAAUGAAAUAGUCCCUACUUUGUCUUAUGUUUCUGAUCUAGAAAACCAAAUCAGAAAUGGAUAAAAAGAACAGAUUCUGAGAAAAUGGUAGAGAAACCAUAAAAGAAAGGUAAGUUUGGAGUAACAGUGAUGAUUUUACUCGUAAUUGUGGAGCCUCAUUUUAGGAUGAUAGUGUGUCAUGUAGGGCAUUCAUAUCCGCUUUCUUCAUUAUAUAUGUAAAACUGUAGAAUGUGUUAUAUAUUCUUAGAACGCCAUCCAUAUUCAAUUUACUAGUAAACAGAGCUGUGAAGUUGGUACACAAAACCUUUGACUCUGACGUCUCAUUUUACCGUACCACCGACUCAUAUUUUUACUAUAUGGUGCUGUAUUAUAUUAUUCGGGGAGUUGAAUUAUCUGUCAAACAAGGCCUAAACCUAUACUCCACCUUUUAAUUUGUUGGUCAACAUAUACUCUGGAUCGACCUAUACGUUAGCAUAUAAGUACAUUUAAUCAAAGUUGGUAAAAAGAUUUUUACCAACUUUGACUCUGACUCCAGUAAUUGUCCACAUCUCAGAUUCCAACUCCACAAUAUUGAUAGUAAAUGUUCCAGCUGCAGUCCAUCAGAGUUGCUGGUUAAUUUCCUGGCAGGGUGGUUUUUUUUUUUUUUGUCCUUUCAUUGUAAUGUGAUACAAUUAAGUUGAGCUCUGAUAUGUCAAGGCAUGGACUCCACAAAACUACCGAAUGUGUCUUGUAGUAUCUGGAACCAAAGACAUUAGCAGCAGAUGCUUUAAGUCCUGCAAGUUGUGUGGUGGGGACUCCAUGAAAUGGAUUUGUUCUUCCAGCACAUCCCACAGAUGCUCAAUCAGAGCUGAGGAAUUUGGAGGCCAAGACAACACUUUGAAAUCUUUAUCAUGUCCUCAAACCAUUCCUGAAUACUUUUUGCAAUAUUGCAGGGUGCAUUAUGCUUAAAGAGGCCACUAACAUUAGGGAACACCAUUGCCAUGAAGGGAUUUACUUGGUCUGAAACAAUCUCUCAAAAUAAUAUCCACAUGAAUGCCAGGACCCAAGGUUUCCCAGCAGAACAUUGCCCAGAGCAGAACACUGCCUCCACUGGCCUGCCUUCUUCCCAUAGUGCACCCUGCUGCAAUUUCUUCCCCAAGUUGAUGCACAUGCACCUGGCUAUCCACCUAAUCUAAAAGAAAAUGUGAUUUAUCAGACCAGGCAACCUUAUUCCAUUGUUCCAUGGUCCAGUUCAAAAUUAUCAAUGUUAUUCACUGUCAGUGGUAUGUUGUGGCUGAUAAGUGUAGGUUCAGUGCAUAGAUAUUUAUCAAUAAUAGACACUUAAUUAGAUAUACAAACAAUAGUAGAUGAUUUUCAUGCCUAUUUUGAGAUAUUUAAUCUACAAUUUUCAAGUGACGUGGUGAUUUAUUACAUAUAGUUCCCAAGCAUGCCAUAACAAAUUGGUGAGAGACUGAUAUAUGACUAUUUCUUGGUCUCCUCCCCACUGUUUUUGUUAAAUUUGCUCUUCAAUGAUCUCCGCUCACUCUCAUUCUUCUAAGGGUGCUGAUAUAUUACAUAUUUCUACAAUGUCCGUUUCUUCUAGUACAAUGUGGAAAGGUUAAAAGGCAAAAAUAUCUUACUCCCACCACACAACCCCAGAAGGUCAGAAUAUUGUGAACCCUAUAUUUUUGCCACUAGUUUACAUUUUGUAUUUUAUUAUAGUGCAACAUAUUCAGGGUUAUUCACUAAAGUCAGAAUGGCAAAACCAUCUAGCUGUGUACGUGGCCAUUUGGACUGCAGUAUUUAACAAUGUGCAGAUUUCACAACCCAGGCUCCAAAUGAGUCUGAAUUAGGUCUGGAUUUGAAACAUUUGCGUCUGGAUUUCAACUGUCCAGUGAUGUUUGGUUUAGUGGAAAUCUGUACCUAAUGCUUCAAAUCCAGGCCAGGAUUUAAAAAAAUACUAACUAUUUGCUCACUUGCACUGAAAGCAGUCAGCGGGCAAAUAGUUUAAAACCUUGGCGUUACAUGACAAUUAAAUGCCGAGUGGACGUAGUGCCAGACUCCAUCCAUUGGUAGUCGGUAGGGACUCUAAUUAUAAUAUUAUAAUUUUACUAUUUAAGUGGUGGGACCUGUCUGCCAUUGCCCUCCACCAGGUAGCUCAGGGUCCCCAAUUUCCUAGCCACUUGCCAUUAACAUAAGUUAAACCAGCACCCUAAUAAUAGUGAGGAGGGUAUUAAACAAAUAUCUUUACAAUAUCUAAAAACUAUUAUCGGUAAAAUAAAAUAAUCAUACUUAACAUCACAAGUCUUCUUUAUUGUAAAUCAUCUUUUCUUCAGUCCCCAAAAAUACCAGACUAAAAUCCAUAAUAUGUGACCCAACUAUUAAUAAUAAAAAAAGCACAAUUCUCAAUUUAUUUAUUUUUUUAAAUCAAACUGUGUUGCAAUAAAAAUUUAAUCCAUCUGUGCUCUGCACGGGCUUUAUGUAGAAUGAGCAGCAGGUGGGGACAAAAGGGAAGAUAAAAGCCCACCUUAUACUAAUAUGGGAGUCUUAUUGACCCCCAAAAGCUUUUUUUAUUUAUUUAUUUAUUUACAUUUUAACGUGGCAGCUGGCUGCCACAUGAUUAACCUCCACCCUACAAAGGGGUUAGUUAACAAUGCUCGCUGACUGCUAGCACUUUGUAAAUAUGUUGAAUCCUGCACUUUACUUUAUAUAGGAUUCAAAUGCGAAAAUAACUAAAUUUAAUUCGGACACUGAAUGCAUCUGGGUGAUUGUGGCAGAUUCGCUCGGACCGACCGAAUUUUAACUGGAUUUGGCUUAAGUAAAUAUGAGAAUUGCUAUUCUGGGUGCAAUUUGAUUAUUCAGACAAAAAUCCGUUUAAUGAAUAACUCAGGUAGUGUUUUUAGUCUGUUAUUGAUGCUUUGAAGCGUCGUAUCUUGGAAAACACUGGAAAGGAUGACAUUUAGGAGAACCACAUUUCUGACUUGGUAAUAAAUCUAGAUCAAAGGGUCUGAUAGAAAAAGAAGGCCACACUGUGUGUGAAAUGAUUGCUUCUGUUGGAAUUAAAUGUUCUUAACAUAUUUAUUCAUUGUGUUGUAAUACAGAAAUGUGAACUUUUCCAAUGUUUAUUUUUUUGAGUAUUUAAGAUUUCAAAGGCACUUAUAUCCUCUUGGGAACCGAGGUAAAAAAUUGUCUUCCAAUAUGUCAUACAUUUUUUAUGAAAAGGAAGAGGCAGUUCCCAGAAUCCCAGCCAAUCACAUGACAUAUCACCUGAAAGCCCAGGUUGUCCUCUUUACAAUACAGCAGGGAUUGAUAGAGUAGCUCAAAAGAAUAAAAGGAGAUGCAUGUGAACGAAAUGUCCAGUACAGAGGACACAAGUUAAUGGGCUGUGACUCAUGAGGAAAUAACAGUUUUUUAUACAUUCGCAUGAAACUGAAACUUCCCUUUUAUAAACUGAAUGUAGGGGGUGACAUUUAAUGUGCGUCAUCGUGAACACCUAAAAAAAGUAUUACCUCAAAUCAAAUAUUUUUUUUUUUUUUUUUUAAAACAAAAUGUUCUGUAACUGAAGGCCUUAUGAGAAUAUAAAAAAUAAUAAAACAACUUAACCUGUGCUUCAUUCUCUAACAAUAGCUUUUGGCUGGUUUUAUCGAUACGAUGGAAAAUUCCCCACUCUUAGAAAGGUACGGCGUGGUAUUUGUGUGUGUUGUUUUCUGUCUGCGUGCUCUGCAGCUGUUCGUUCCAGUUUUGAUGUGCGAGUCAUGCGUUCUAAACCUCGACACGAGCAGAACCCAGAAUUAGAAAAACCUCCAGUUAUGUUCAGUCUGUUGCAGAAGGAGUUAGAGUGCGUUUACCUGGAAAGUUAAUUUGUCACCUAAAUAGUACUUCUGACAAGAGUACAGAUGAAAUGGAAAUCAAUGGAGCACACUGAAUCUAUUCUUCCAUCAAGAAGCAAAAAAGUGGUUUUGAUCCACAGUUUGAGAAAGGUGUUUGUGACUGAAAUGUUUUCCUGUUCCUUUGGUCCUUGAUGGAAUAAAAUAUUCAUUUUUACAGCAGAACAGUGUGCAUGCUAUGAAUAGUAUUAUGACCCCAGCAAAGUCCCCGUGGUGCAGGCACCUGUAGUGUUGGGGAUUUACCUCUGUGCCGAACAUACCUUAUAUAUAGUAAUGUAGACAAGAACCGAUUUUAAUGUAAUUUACCUCCACUACAUAAAACCACCACAAGUGCUUAUUUCCAGCUUUGGUGUGCCAUGGGUUAAAUGUCAUUAAAAUUGCCAUCCAUGCUCUCUGUGAGAUCAUCAGUUUGACCUCUUCUCAGAUCAAUUAAAGGGAUGCUACAAAGUCCAGACACCUAAAUCAAUUUAGCUGCUGAAAUGCUUUGUGUGUGAAGAACGUGUGCUCUUUUUUCAUUUUAAAAAAAGUGCAGGUGUCAAUAAAAAUUGGCACUUUUAUAAAUUGACCUUGCUACACCCUCCUGGUUGUGCAAAGCAAUAGGAUUUGUGGACCAGUUAUCUGCAAAACCUUUGUAGUAUUUAAAAUUAAAAACUAGCCCAAAUCCUGCCACAGCAGCAAAUGUCGAAACUGUCUGUUAUGUAUUUGCGAUCUCUGCGUUCAUUAAAACACUGUGACGAUUGUGUGUAUUACUACAGUAACCCUCUUGCUCCUGCACAAUUUUCUAUUUUCACCACCCUCUUAGUUGUCAAUCAGAUAACUUGUCCUGUUACGUCUUAGUUUGUUUAGCUCAGUGGAGCGAAACUCAAGAGUCAACAAUGCCCAGUGCACCUGCUUUGCAAAGACUUCUCAUUGAACUGCUCUUGGAAGUCUGUGAUUGGACAGCCAUAAAAUGUCUGGGCAGGGCUAGAAAGGGAGGGUUUGCAAAGGCAGCAGACAAGAGUCCAAUUAUUAAAUGGGAGUAUAUCUACUAAACAUUGAUUUUUAUUUUGGGUUGGGGGGUAGUGAAGUGUUCCUUUAAUCUCCAGUAGAGCACUUAAUAUGUAUCUGGGCUACGUAGAAGACAUUACAUAUUUUAUAUAAACCCAUACAUUUAUGUCAUUUUUUUUGUAAUUAAUAUUAACUUAACGUUCAUCCAAAACCCUGUUUUUGAUUUACUACUGGGAUGAUUUAUAAAAUAGUUGUCAAAAGUGGUGCAACGAAUGGUGGCCCACAACGGGAAAAAAAAACAACUGAAUAUUCAUUCUGACUCCAUUUUUUCCGUGUUGACUGUUUUUUUUUUUAUUGGAAUCUUUUAAUGGCCUUAUUAUUUAUUUAUUUAUUUUUAAAAUGUCCCCGGGACCUUAAUAUUACAAACGUCAAGCAGAGAGGUCUACAUGCAUGUGGCAUGCUCUUCUGUGUGCAAAUGUUCAUCAAGCAUGUUUUUUUUUUUUCCCAAGAUGUAAUUUUUCUUUUACUGUAGAGAUUAUGCUGUUGAUAUUUUGAUAAAUGUGUCUUUAUAAUAUUAUGAUCCCUGGAUGAUAAACACAUCAUCCUACUUAAUCACUAAUAAACUAUUUUCCCAUAAAUUGGAUUUGUGCAAUAUUGUAAUUAUUUAAUGAAAACUGCAUUUCCCCUGGGAAGUCCCCAAAAUGUAGUUUCUGACCACAUAAGUCAUGACUCUGUUUGCUCUACUAAUGUUUGCAAUUCAAUUUUUCUUCACAAUUCCCUUUAUAGUGAAUACACUUUUUUAUUUUGUGAAUACAGCCCAUAAUAAAAUGAUGUGCACAUUGUAUUAAAAGCUACAAGCAAUUGUACAGACAAGAACAAGUUUGUUUUGUCAUAUCCUCCCUUAUGUCUGCGACAAAACUAUAGAGCCUCGUGAAUGAUUGAUUGGCAUAGAACCUUGUCAUGAUUAUGUCAUAGAGCCCCAUCAUAUGCUGAAGUGGAAAAUUAUUAACUUGUUUAUAUGGGCCUUGAUUUACUAUUGUGGUAUAAUCUUUUCAAAUUAUGUUAUUUAAAAUAUUAAAAUAUCAAGAUGAAAUCAGAUUUUGUUUUAAUCUAUAAAAAAUAUCAAACUAUUACAAAGUUAAAAUAAUUUUAUAGUAUUGAAUCAUUUGAAAUGUUUAUCCAAAAAUAUAUCAAGGUCAUAGUCACAGGAAUAGUGGAGCCAUCUAAAAGCGUCACAAAAAGGAAUUACUUUAAGGGGCAACCAUUCAACUCCCAUGUUACUGGCACAAAUCUCAACCUCCCCACUACAUUUGGCACCAACUGUGAGGGAAUAGACAAUAGCGAUCAUAGAUCUUCACAAGAUCUCUAGGAUUUAGACCCCCAAAUAAACAGGGUCUCGUAAUCAUAAGUAUAGAAAGCCUCUUAGUUCACCACAAUUAAGAUGGCAGAUUGUUUUAAUACUUAGAACACAUAAAAAUGCAUCCCCUUUAAAAUCUGAAGAUGAGUAUUAUGUUCCUUAUGGAUUUGGUUUACGCUGUUGUCAUAUUUUUUUUUUUUUUUAAGUACUUCUUGUUUUUGUGUGUACUUUGCUAUAAUUCCGAUACUUUAUUAUAUUCAAAUAAUGUUUUUUGUUUUUUUUAAUAUUUGCUAUGUUGGAAUGUUGCUUUGGUUUAUAGAUUGUUGUAAACGCUAAAAUCUAUAUUAUUUGGCCAAUUUUUUUAAACCUUGAUUAAAAAAAUAUAUAUACUUAGAAAGGGAAAGAGAAAAAGAAGUCUAAAAUGGAAAGCCUCUUUGAACAAAAGAAGAGUAAGAAGGAGGUUGAAUUUGAAAAGAAACUUGCAAAAGAAAAAGAAGAGAUGCAUGAAAAAGAAAAACAACUAAAGAUAAAUCGGCUGGUCCAAGAGGUAUUUCUGUCUUUCUUUGUCUCUUUCAAAGCUGUGUGGUGGGAACCCUGUGCCAUGAUACACUACGGAGGAAGUGAAGAAACUCCAAAAUGACUACUGCUGUCCAAAUUCUAACCUGUCAACACUUACCAUAAACCUCAGACACAACAAAUGAAUUCUAGCUAUUUGAUGCUAACCUGCUAACUCUACCUUACAAAGCUUUCUCCCCUUGUACUUUAUUACUGGCUCACUAACACUAGGUGUCCUAACCCUUACUUACCAAGACUUGCCCUAAAACCCUACUACAAGCCUGACAAACUGAAACCUUUUUGUACUUUAUAAACCAUUACCUGUUUAAACUGUAAUUUAGUUUUUUACGUUCAUUUUUCAUAGGUUAUUGAGUCAUUCAUAAAACCCCAAAACAUUGGUUUGAUGAUGUCUGUAACCCAUUAACUCUAGUUUAUUUUUCCUGGAAUUCUACCAGCUUUACUGUAUUACUGUAAUGAUUGGUGCACCAUAUAUUUAAUAUCACCACUGACAUGUACUUCAAUAAUGACCUGACCAAGGUUUCAGAGACAGAACGAGAAGACCUUGAAGAGUCAGAAAAGGUUCAGCAUUGGGUUGAAAGACUCUGCCAGACACGGUUAGAACAGAUCUCAGAGAAUGAUACUCUCGAGGUAACCGUGUUAUCUUUCAAGCGAACAUUUUCUGAGUGGUUGGAUGUAGUUAUUGUUUUAGGAAAUCUAUCACAGAUUAUUUCCAUCCAAGCUUCAACUGAAGGUGUUUUGUUCAAAAAUAUUAUCCCAACAAAUUAGGAUUCUGAUCACAUAGUAAACUGUGAUACUUUCUAAGCCCUCCACAGUAUAUUUCUAUCUAAUAUUACUAAACAUGAUUAUGUCGUUGAGAGAAGAAUGCCUUAUGGUAUGUAACGUGCAUCUGUCACACAAUGACGAACAUUGUAUUUAAUUCAGCAAUUGAUAUCAACAGACACUAAGAAGUGAAUUUAAAUUGAUACAAAAUCAUUUGUAAAAUUAAGGACAAAAGAGCAGAAUUGGAAAAAUUAUACAACAUUCACAGUUUGGGAAUACAUUUAGCAUUUUGUUUUAGUAAAUUAAUACUAAAAAGACAUUAUCUACCAACUGAGUUCAAUAUAUGAAAUACCAAAAAGGAUUAUUUAUGACUGUGAUAGAUUGCCUUUUACCAUUUAGAUAUUAUUAAUAUUGUACAUUGUAUACUGAAUAUUAUUGAAUAUCAUUUUCUUAAGAUUUACUAACUUUUUUAUUACUCUUGUGAAACCUGUUCUGAGGGACGCUGUGACAUUAAUAUACUGUGUUACUGUGUACUAUGUAUUGGCUGAGGCUGGUCGAGUAUAACCCUGCAUUCACAGUAGCUAUAUUGUGACCUAUAUGUGCUUUAUAUCCAGAUAAUGUGCAGUUACUCGUUUAAUUCCAUAAUGAUUUAUUUAACUCUCUGUAAACGUGACAGAACUGCCUUGGCCUGUGCUAGCUCUUUAACCCCUUAUGGACCAAACUUCUGGAAUAAAAGGGAAUCAUGACAUGUCACACAUGUCAUGUGUCCUUAGGGGGUUAAACAUCUAAAGCACUAUUCGUGGUGCUGCAAUCGACACAAACAAAUAUUUAUUUCUCGUAUUUUGCGAAGUGCUUACAAGUGCAUUUUGAAGGACUCGAACAUCAAUUAUUGCAGUGCUUUGAGGUUCAACGGUUAUGUAAUUCCAAGAAAACUGCUUGUUACAGUCCAGUGAUGACAGCAGUCAAGAUAAAAUGAAACAUAAAACAAAAAUGUGCCAGCUGAGAUAGAUCACACACAGCUAAUAAUAUAUUACUGCUUUUUAAUAAUGGCAGGCCGAUAGCAUAGAAUUCAUAGUCCGCCCAAUAAUAGAACUCACUUUCUAAAGCUACAAGGUCCUACAAACAUGUUUCACUUUAGUAAUUUAUGACAAGUGUAAUUAAAGUGCUAUUAAAUGAAAUCUAAUUUGCUUUAUAUUUCUAGCAUGCAGUUUGAGCAGUAUUGUUUUGUUUUGUUUUUGGUGUUUCUCUGGUUUGGUGUGUCUCUGUUUUUUAUCUGAUAUUUAAGAGCACGUCCUUUCACCUAUUACAAAACUUCUUAGCAACUCUUACUGACAGUUCUUGAAGUUGAUUUAUGAUGUUGUUUGACAUAGGUGGCAAGCGGACAUCCGCCUGUCCCUUCUCCUCCUCCAGCUGCACCUACCGUCACUUCCGUGAGGAGGUUUGUUGGUGGCUUGCAGCUUCACACUACGGACUUAGAUGAAAUCAAUCUAGAAGAAACAAAUCGGCCAACUAAAAGGAUGGCUCCUCCACCUCCAUCUCCUCGCAUGUUGUCUUCUUCAUCUACAGCCCACCAGUCACCUUCUCCCAACAUAACCUUAAUGAGAAGAAGUGCUCCUCCAGCUCCUUCAAGGCACUCAAGACCUUCACCUAUACAGCCAACGUGGAUGCAUUUACCAUCUCCACCAUCCCCAUCGCCUGCCCCUACUCAGUCUGCGAUUACUGCUCGUCCACCACUUCCAUUCUCAGACGAAUUAAGAAAUUAUAGGGGAAGAUCGGCUAUGAGAUCUUCAAACCCAGAACCUACAUAUUCUCCAAGCCCAAAGGUAUGAUCUACACCUGUAUCAGUUGGGAUAUUAGAUUGUUUGGCUUGGUUUGAAAACCAUUUAGAUGAUGUGUAUUUACCAUUGAUAUAUUUCAGUUUGAUACGAUUCAAAGUUUCUUUCACAUUCACAAUUCAGUUUGGAAACAAAAUCUGCGUAUGUUUGAUACACAAAAGAAGUCAACAAUUAUGUCCACUGCAUCUAAAUAAAAGGUUUGGGGAAAUAGUGGGGAAGGAGUGUCGUUUCUGAGUUCCAUUAAGGAUGGAAAGAGCAAUUGGUUAAUGUGAAAUCUAUGUGUCUUACGGGUUUUUCAUUUGUAGAACUUGUCACAUUAGUACUGUAAAAAAUAAAAAAUGAACAAUUCUUUCUAAUUUUUAUUAUUUGCAUUGUAAGGCUGUUGUAAUGUUACAGUGCUAGCAUGCUAUGCUACACACACCCCAAAUUAUGUUACAAAAAUGUCAAGCAGGUUGCUGAAAACCAAGACUUCUUCAGACGAUCAAAUUUGGACAAAAUUGACAAUACUAAUGCAGAAGUGAGGGAUCCUCAGUUUGUUUCGAACCAUUCAAAAAUGGUUUGAUGAAGAACCAAAAAACAGCACCAAUAGCCUUCUAGCACCUUAGAGUGCCUCUUUAUCAAUCAAAUGUAAUAUAAUCUGACUGUUACGUUGAAAACUACUAAAGAAACAUCACAGAAAUCAGGUUUUGAUGAGAAUUUCUCAGACAAUUACAAAUUUCAGACCAAAAUAACUGAUUUUAAGAUUGUGUUCCCCUUUCAUUUCAGCUAUUUUGGCCUGUUGCCAUUCUCCACAAUUCUUUCAUGUCAACUCUCCGUAAUAGUCAGCCAGAUGGUUGGUAAUUUUAGAGAUAAUAUUUUUUCUAAUUACAGCUUUACUAAAUAGAUCAUAAAUAAUCAAAUAAACAAAUUAGAAAUAAGCAAUGCCGUUGCUUCAAUCCAUGUGGCUCCAUAGUAGAUUGAACCCUGUGAGUUCUUUUUUUAUAAUGUGCUCUUUCAGUCAGGUGGUCAAUUACCGCAACCUCAACUAGUCCAUAAUUCAUUAACAUCUUCAAAACCCUUUCGCGGCACAGAGAUUAAACUGCUGUGUCAUCCAUCUCACAUUUAAACAAGUACAGUGAUGGAUGCACUGAAAUUCUCUACAGUAAAUUAUUGAAUCAAAUGUCAUGCAUGUUCUGAAAGCUAAAUGUUAAUUGCCAGAAAAAUAACUUUUAUACUGGGCAUUUAUUUUAUUUAGGGUCUUUUACAAUCACACAUGGGAAUUACAUUGGUAAUUCGUUUGGAAUUAUAUAAAAGGAAAAAUAUUUUUUAUUUUAUUUAUUUUUAUCCAUAGUUAUGUGUGUAUUUAUAUAUUCUUCUUUUUUAAGAUCGACUAAAUUCAGUUUUAAAGAUGGAUUGCUUUAAUAAUCAGCAGGAAUGUAAAAAAAUAGAUUUUCCUGAAAGUAUCUUUUAUACUCGAAAAUUAAAUCAUAUUUCUUUGACCUUUAGAGUAACGAUGGUCAAAGAUGAACCAAAUUACAAUUGCCACGAGGCUUUGCAUUCCUAGAAGGACACUUUAGAUGGUCCUUAAAUAGUUCUCAUUAGAUGGACGUGUGAUAUGUUCAGGGCACUAGGACCUUGAAACAGUGCUUCCUGUAGGGACUGCCCUCAGUGGGUUAGCCUUAAAAGAUAGGCAGACAGCCGGGACACCCCCACCCACCGGUGUUCCGAUUCUCAGGACACCAGAGUUGGGAGGUAUGUGCUCAUUUGUGUACCCUGCUGAGCAGUCAUGUUGGGUUAGACACUACUGUUAUCUGACCAACUGCUGUUUAACCUAGUGAUAAAGUGAACAAUAAUUGAAUGGGUGGCACUUAGUAUAUCUAUUAUUGUAUAUCAAUAUAUAAACAUAAAAUAUCAGCAACCUUAGAAGUGCUAAGACUCUAAAAGAACACUAAAACAUACAUUGUACAGCGCUAUGGAAUCUGAUAGCGCUAUAUAAAUAAUAAAAUAAUAAUACAUAAAUAAGGUGCGCUGUGUACCUUAUUUAUGUACACUGCUCAACCUAAUUUGCUUCUGCUGUAGUUUCUCACAGAGCAAUCACCGCAGCAGACAAGUUAGGUUGAGCCGCAGUUGGCCAGAUAACAAUGAAAUCGGACCCGACCUGGCCACUCAAACAGAGAAGAAAAAGUAUACUUUUAUCAAAAAACUCAAUAUUCGCAAUUAAAAAAAUAAAUAUUUAGUUUCAUUAAAUGUAAUAAACUUUAAAAAAGCAUGAAUUGAACAUUUGAAGACCACUGCCCUUUAAGGCCUAGCUCUGGGUUAAAAUCCCUCUCUCUAACCUUUCAGACUACAGCUAUGAAGAACUACAUUACCUAUCAUGCCCAAUAUCAAACUCAUUAUAGCUGCAGUGGUUAAUCCUUUAAGAGAUGUGCUAUUGCUUAGGAAUUUCGGGGUGAAGUGUCUAAGCCACAUUUUAGAACAUUCUUUUGAAAUUAGAAUAAUUUCAGUGUUCUUUGUAAAACACUACCCUCCACAGCAUUGCAGAGUGCUACAUCCAUUCUCAUGUAAUUAAAAGGGUCUAGUGAAUAAAUGAAUUGAGUAAAUUAAAAUAAAAAAGGCCUAGCCGAGCAUGAUGCUAAAUGAUGUUCACACAUAUCUGCAGUAUCAAGAUUAGCCAUGGGUGGUGUCUAUCCUCCACUGAUUAUUAGAAAUCUUGCUUUAUUUGUAGUGACAACUAUAAUGUAUUCACUUUGUUACUGUACAGUGCGUACGGUGUUGGUUACACCAGUAGCCAUUUGCGUUCUAUAAAUUGACACCUGUUCUGUAGGGAGCAGCUGUUCUGUAGUUUGUUAAAGGCAUUGCUUAGUUUCGUUACAUGUGAAAAUAGAAUGUGCCCAUGAGUUUAUAGAAAUUUCAUUGCCAUAUAGGAAAUAUGUGCCGAUUACUAUGCUAUCUCGGCUCUAUGAGCCUUAAUGCUGCAUUUUGUGGUCAUUAUCCUGGGUUUGUUUUGUUUUUCACUUAGUUGGGCAGUGUGAACUGUGGAUAUAGAAAGGAAGAUUGUAAAUAAUAAUAAUUACAUUAUAAAUGUUUUUAAUUAGGAGCAUUUCUCACUAGUUACCAUGUAUAUUCUGGGAUCUGGCCAUCAUUACUAAACUUCAUGGUACUUGUUUUAUUGACUUAGGAAGGGGUGUAAAGAGAAUAAAUCACAGAGAGGCUGAUAUGCAGGAACUAAUUUAAAGGGGGGCCUGGAAUGUAGGCAAAAGUAGAAUAGGGGCCGACCAUGUGAAGAAUAGAGGCCCACCAAUGUGAAUAAUAGAGGCCCACCAAUGUGAAUAAUAGAGGCCCACAAUGUGAAGAAUAGAGGCCCACAAUGUGAAGACUAGAGGCCGAUCAAUCUGAAGACUAGAGGCCCACCAAUGUGAAGAAUAGCUGCCCACAAUCUGAAGACUAGGGGUCGACCAAUCUGAAGACUAGAGGCCGACCAAUCUGUAGAAUAGAGGCCGACCAAUGUGUAGAAUAGAGGCCCACCAAUGUGUAGAAUAGAGGCCCACCAAUGUGAAGAAUAGAGGACCAAAGAUGUGAAAAACAGAAACCCACCAUUCUAAGGAUGAGAAGGCAGAGAGUGGCUGAUAUAAACAGAUGUGAUAAUGGGGGACGACUAGCUUAAAGAGUAAAGAGAGAAUAGAAGGGGAUCAUCAUAUCAGAACAAUGGAAUUCUCCCUCUCCAAAUUCUCACUUCUUUGUAACUCUCUGUGCAAUUGCAUGAGUCACUCUAUCAUGAAAUAUAAUUACUAACACAUUUUAUAUUUCAUUUCGACUAACAUAAAUCUCACUGAAUUAUUAUACAGCUGUAAAUAUAUUGUGUUUCCCUUAACAAUAAUAUCCUUCUGCCUUUAAAUAAUCAAGCGAUCGCAUAUGGCAAGGAGUAUUUAUAAAGUCUGUUUCUACAGGCUCUUGUUAACCGUAGUAAUACAGAAUGGAAUCCGUCACAUAGCUCCCAAUGUUUGCAGUGUAGAAUUGUGCAGCUUAUCACAACACAUCGCUUGGCUACAGUAAUGAAACGGCUAAUAAGCAUCACGGAAAAAGACGGUGGAAUGUAAGCAGACACAGGAUGUAUGCGUACGUGAAAGAAAGAAGAAUUCUUAUGUGACGAUUUUUUUUUUUUUUUUUUUUUUGUGAGUCUGUAAAGAUGGAGAAGUUCAUCAUAAUUAAUUUGAGGUUAAGUAUCGUGAAACGUGUAACAUGCGUAGCAAUCCCUUUAGUAAAUAAAACCUUGGCUAUCCCCAGACACAAGAACUGGAAUACAUUUCACAUUGUAACUUUGUAACCGGGAUAAAAGGCAAACAUAGAUCAGUAACGUCCGAACUGUCAGGAAUUCAAUGUGAAUUUAAAUUUUUAGAGCUAAAGCGACAAAUUGGAAAAAUCUCUAUUUACUUAACAUUGAAUUUAAACCAAACAGCUAAAUUUUAGCAGUAAGUGCUGAUAUGGAAAAAUCCCAAGACUAGUUUAUUGUUACAGCUGGGUAUUAUUUGUCUAGAUUUUGCAUUUUGGUUUAUGUUCACUACAUUUCAGUGUUUACUGAAUACAUUUAUUGCAUUCUGGACAAUUCACACUUUGGUGAAUGAACCUUCCCAUAUAUUUUAGUAGUUUCCAGAAAGCAUUUGUUUGUAAUGUAAACUGUUCAUCAAUUAUUCUUUAUAACACACAUUAUGUCAUUUGCAUAGGAACAAUCAUUUUCUCUUUAAAGUGGGACGUGUGGUAAUGGUGACGUUAAUGUUUUCACUGCUGAAUUCCUCACCAAAACUGGUUAGAGGGAAUACCUUUGCACAAUUUGAUUUAAUGCGUUAAAUUCCAUAUUACUUCAAUUGUACAACUACAAUCCGUUGCUCUGUGUUUUGUCUAAUAACUGCUGGGCAAGUGAGCUAUAUUGGCUCUAUCGGUUAUAUCUUCCAAGAAUCGUUCCUUUGCUGCAGUUUUGGGUUAUUACAUUGUUAAGCCUAAAUUGAUCUGUUUUUUGUUGUUGUUUUGGAUUGGUUAUUUUAUGCCAGUCUGUUCUGGCAAGGUCAGAUGAUGAUGGCAUAUAUUGUAGUAGAAUCUGGGUGAUUCAAAAAUAUCCUACCAGCCUUUAGAUCAAUGGAGCUUGGUCAACUGCACCCCACCAGACAUACUCCGAGAUGUCCAGGUAGUGAUUAGAAUGGUAUACAAUCAGUGUGAGCCACUAUGGUCCCUGAGUGUUCUACAGGCAGACGUUAAAAUAUCUAUCCUACUCUAUAACAACGUCAUCAACAUCUCAAUGUAGUUGUUAUGGAGGCAGGAGUGUUCGAUCAUACAUCAGGAGUUAAACCAACAGCUCUGCUUUCUUAUUAACAUAUGGUGUAGUUCUAGUUCUAUCUCUGUCUAAUUGUUAUCAGCCGCUUCCUAGUGAUAGUGAAUUGUAUACCACUUAAAAUGCCAACCAAUCAAAACUUUAAUAUAACAGGUUGUCAGAAACACUUCAAAUGUCAGUAAGAUGUCGUCUUCGAGCAAUCCACUGGUAGGUCAAUCUAAUGCAUGGGUUUUAGUGCUGAAAUUAGGAUGAUUUUGCCAACAGCAUGCUGUGUGUCAUUGGCUGUCAGUGUUGCAUUGCAUGAACGCGUUUAUGACUCUAGUGGAAUGCAAGCAAUGGAGGUGCAAGACGUUUCUUUUUAUAAAAUAAUAAGUGUAGAUUUUACUAACAGUUUAUGGAAAGUACACAAUCAGUAGUUGUGACAGUGAGAUACAUUCAUUGAGUGGGGGAUUGUGGAGAAUUGACCAGGAAAUUACAAAUUAUAUUCCAAUACAGCUAAAUUUUAAAUUCCGCAACACAAAUAUUCUUCCUGAUCAGUUUAUUAACCUAAUGUUUUCAGUUCCUUGUCAGUUCUUACUAUUCCCAAUUUAGUAAAAUUACAUUACAGUCUCUUUAGAGGCAGAGUUGGAUAAGACAAUAAAUAUUUCUAACAAUAUGUAUAUUUACCAGUACCUAAAAUUUGCUAUUCCCUUGUCUGUUCUUUUUACUUUGUGGUAUAUUUAAUAAAUGCUUUUAUUUUUUUAGAGUGUCAGUAUUGGAAAAUUUUUACUUUAAAGGAUCACUCCAAUCCCCUAAAGAACUUUAACUAGCUUUAUGUGUGAAGAGCAUGUCCUCUUUUUGUUUUUUAUGAUACAAAAAGUGCACAAUUUAAUAGAAAUUGGUACUUUUAUAAAUUAACCUUGUUGCAUCUCUGACAGCAAUAGGAUAGCCUGGUUUGGUUAUCUCAGUGGAGCUAAACUCAAGAGGCAGCAAUUGCCCAGAGCACCUGCCUUGCAAAAACUUUUCAUUGAGCUGCAUAGGGAAGCCUGUGAUUGGACAGCCACAGAAAGUUUGGGCUGGGUUAAAAGGGGAGGUCUUGCAAAGGCUGCAGACACGAGACCUGCAGCUUUUGUAAGCUGUUUUUAUUAUUAUUACUGGUAUUUAUGUAGCGCCAGCAUAUUCCAUAGUGCUUUACGACAUUAUCAAAGGGUGAGAUUUAACAAUAAAUGAGACAAUUACAAAAACUUACAGGAACAAUAGGUUGAAGAGGGCCCUGCUCAAACGAGCUUACAGUCUAUAGGAGGUGGGAUGUAAAACCCAAAAGUACAGAAGGUAGCAAUCAAACAAGGUGGAGUGAAGCAGAGCUGGAGGAGAUAAUAGAGUGCUGCCCUUUAGGAGAGCGCAAGGGACAGGUAUGUGAGGUAGAGGUUACUCUAAGAGGCCAUAAGCUUAACUAAAGAGAUGGGUUUUGAGGCACUUUUUAAAUGAUUGAAGACCGGGGGAGAGCUUGAUGGUCGUAGGCAGGCUAUUCCAAUGGAAAGGAGCCACCCGCUAGAAGUCCUGCAAGCGUGAGUUGGCUGUACAGGUGUGAGCAGCAGACAGGAGAAGGUCAUGGGCAAAGCACAGAGACUGAGAAGGGGCAUACCUAUGGCUCAGUGAAGAAAAAUAGGAGGAGCUAGAAUUGUUCAGUGCUUUAUAGGUGUGGAUUAGUACCUUGAAUUGACUCCUAUAGGAUACAGGGAACCAAUGUAAGGACUGACAGAGGGGAGAGGUGUGAGAGGAGCGUCAGGAGAGGAAAAUCUGUCUAGCUGCAGCAUUCAUUACAGACUGUAGUGGGCCAAUACGACUUGUGGGAAAUGUGAGAAUCAGACCAGAAUCAAGUAUAACACAAGACAGCGCGCUUGCAAGGAUGGACUGAUGUGGGUACCACUCAAUUGAAGGUAGACCGAAAGAGGGGGAGCAGUAUUAGGAGAUUUUAGAUGUAGAUUAAAUGCAUGCAUGUUUUCAUUAGGGGCAGAUCUACUAAAUAUUUUUUAUUUUAUUUUUUGGGGGGAGGGGGGCAGUGAAUUGUCCCUUUAAGGUUAUAACAGAGAAAACUUGCACCCAUUGUGUACUAAGAAUAUCUUAUAACUGCUGUGAUCUGUAAAAUAGCAAGUCGGUUUUUAAAGUUGUCAUUUUCAAGCAGUUGAAGAAUCAGUUCAAGAUACCUCGAGAAGAAAGGGUGAGUCAAAUUAGCCUUUCAGAAAACUAGAAUAACCUAGAAAAUAAUUGAAUGUAUAAUAUCAGCAUUUCUUUCUCUGUACAAUUGUGGAGGUUUCAGCCUGGUUUCACAGUGAGAAUCACGCAAGCGCCUCUAGCGGCUGUCAAUGAGACAGCCACUAGAGGAUUUUUGGGGAAGGCUUAACCCAUUCAUAAACAUAGCAGUUUCUCCGAAACUGCUAUGUUUAUAAAAGAAUGGGUUAACCCUAGCUGGACCUGGCACCCAGACCACUUCAUUAAGCUGAAGUGGUCUGGGUGCCUAGAGUGGUCCUUUAACUAUUUUCUUAACUUGUCCAUUUCGGCUUAAAUUUUGCAAAUCAGUAGUAGUUUCUGAUCUAGUUUGCAGUGGAGUACAGUUGAACACGCUUCUUGGUUUUUAGGGAAACCAUUUCUUUGUUUAGUGAGUACAUGUCACAUUCUUUAUAGACAACCAGUGAACAUUCUUGGGAAUUAGAAUGAACUCAUUUAAAGUAUCCAUUAUAAAAGAGGAACCCCUGAUUAAAUCCAUCCAUAAAUUAAUACAAAGUACAGUGUACAUGGAUGACUUCACAUUAACUGUAGCACUGGAGCAGAGAAUCAUUCUUCCAUUAACUCAUAUAUACAAUAAAUAUAUUACAUUUUAUGUGACUGCUCAGAAAGAUUUAAACAGUGCAUAUAGCUGUGCUAUAUCUCUCCUUGUUCAUGUAAAAGGUCAGGGUAUUUGCAAACUAAACAUAAAAAUGUUUUAUUGAGAAGAUUUCAUCUUGUGCGGUUUGCUAGCUAUGAGAAACAUCAAGUUUAGACCAGAACAAUCCUGUGCUGUCAUUUUAGUUUACUUAUUUGUUUAAUUAAACGGAAGGUAUUUUGCUAGUAGAUGCUGCAUAUAUGAGUCGUAGAGCCAUGUGUUUGAGCUUUUAAUUUCCUAAAAUAAAGCUGUAUGCUGAGCCGCUAGAUCAAGACUUGAGUUAAAGGGACACUGCAUGUACCAUAAGCCAUAAAUAAAGAAAAAUGGUAGAUUGUGAAUGCUGUACUGACCCACCUCCAGCUCUCUUAGACUUUUGUUAUUGUCCAAAGUUGGAUGCCUUUGCAACAAUAAUGAGGAAGUGACAAUUACUGUGUGAUUUGAAGUGGUCAUGGUGUCUGGGGUCUCUGUGUGCAGUAUUUUGCUCUUACACCGCACAUAUGGAAUUUAAUACCUUUUCUGCUAGAGGUGUAAUUAGUUAAAUUAAGCUUUUGUGAAAUAAUUUUCUUACAUUUGAAGAGGCCCAGCAAAGCCAGAAAUGAUCACAUAGGCCGUUACUGUCCGUCCCAUUCAGAGGGGGACCUGCUGCGAUUUCCGUUCUUGGGUGCCCACAUGGGUGGGAUCAGUCUGAUAUGCAACAUACACAGAGCUCUGAGAAAUUCCCUAAAAUGACCUUGGUCAGCUUUUUAUGCUGAGUUUUCUCUUCUGUACCCAGAUUUUAAACAUAGAGUGCAUGUGGAUUGUGGAUUAAUUGGGUAUCACAAACUGGUGUCACAUACCAUGGCACAUACCAUGCCAAGGGAACUCUUGGAUCUAUUCAUAUUCUCUCUCCUUUAACCAAACUGGAAAGGUAUUAGUGAUACUGUUACUUAUUUUAUAAACCUUGGUAAUCAUCUUACGAUGAUCACACCAUAAGUACAAGCGGCUACUUAGGUUUGAACUACCUUUACAGUGGUGUGUUAACAAAAAGAGCUACCGGAUUAUAAGUUUGUCAGCUUUACACAAUGAAGUUGGGUCAUUAUUGAACUUACCUUAGAUGUAGUUAGCAGUUGCCCUGCAUGUAUGUCUGCCGUGAUUUUGAUUAAAGUGUGUUAUACAAUAUUUCUGACCAUUUCACUAUUAUCUGCAUUGUUCUCUUAAAUCUAGCAGUUUGCUCCCAGUCCACCUACUCACCGGCGGCCGGUUGCACCAGUUUCUUCCAAACCGGUGAUGCUGGCACCCGAUUCUAACUUUAUGCUUCGACCAGCAAAAGCAGACACGUUGGUGAGAAAAUUCUUCUAAAUUUUGAGUGAAGAAAUCCUGCACCUAUUAUAUGUGCUCUUACUAAUCAAGACAUUAAUGGCUAAUCCUGGCACUGCAAAUAACUGUCAUCUACAAUUCCCAUGAUGCUCAGCUAUCGCACAGAAUGCUAUCAGCAUAUUCACAGGGUUAUUCACUAACGUGAGAAUUGCAGGGAAUUCAAAUUUAAGGUAAAAUUAUGUGAACUGGCAAAAUUCUACCAGUCAAUUAUGCUUUUAGCUCAGCAACUGAACUGGUCUUCAAUUGGAAAAUCACUUCGAAUUCACUGCAAUUAUAACAUUAGUAAAUAAGCGGUGUCAAGAUUAGUCAUCAUCUCAUUGGAUUAACUAUGAACUGUAAAUGCUUUGUGAACAUUUCAAAUCACGAUUGUAUAAUAUUUUCAUUAUUUAAGUUUACUUUAAUAUACUCUCCAAUGAGUGACAAUAAGUAAAAACGUGAAGAUUUGCUGAUAUUUAGUUAGGAAAAAGUGAAAUAAUAAAAAGCUAUAAAGGUUAUAGAAACCAAGCUAUAACAGCUUAUCUGAAUGUAAGAAUUAUGGGACAUCCAUUUUUAUUUUUCAGGUGGUUAUUCAUUACAUUAUUAUUAUUUUUGUAAUUUUUUUUUUUUCAAUGUAGCUGUUUUGGCUCAAAUUUAAAAAUGUUCAACAAUUCCCAGUUUAAUGAAUAAACAUUUUCAUUUAAGGCUGAUCGAUGAACAAAUCUGUGCCUUAUGCCUUGUGCAAAAUAUAAGCACAAAAUAGGCAAAUAUAAUGAGGCAUCGUCGUAGUUACAUAGUCACAUAGCUGAAAAGAGACUUGCGUCCAUCAAGUUCAGCCUUCCUCAUAUAUGUUUUUGCUGUUGAUCCAAAAUCUUGCAACAAACUAGGAAUAAAUUCCUUCUUGACCCCAAAAUAGCAGUCAGAUGUCUCCUUGGAUCAAGCAGCUAUUACCCCGCUAAUUAGAAAUUAUAUCCCUGUAUGAUAUGUUUUUGCAAGUAUUUAUCCAAUUGCAGUUUAAAUAUCUGUAUAGACGCUAGUCUUUCUGAUAAAUGCUAAUAAAAAAAACCCUGCAUUGUUCGUGGAAAUUGAGGACAAUUUAAUCCUUUUAAGCACAAGAUCCAUCAUGCAUGGUGUCAUUGGUCAUAAAUGGGUUUGAAAUGCUGUGCUAGUGCAAAGAUUAAAAACCGCUAUUCCCUUGUUUACUUGACACAAUCUCCAAUUUAGUGAAUAACUCUAAUAGCAUAAAUUGGUAAAUAGCAACACGGGAAAGAAAAAGUUAAAACAAAAAAAAAAACUUCCAUUUUGGCUAAUUUAGACUUUAUCCUUGGAUCGUUCAGGUCUGUUUGAUCUCCGCAAAUAGUGGCUUGAGCAAAAACAGGAAAAACAUUGGGAAUAAUCUGAUCUGGAGAUAUAAAAACAUUUGCAGAACCUGUCUGUUGCCCCGCUCUAUGCUGAUGUAAACAAAUGUUCUGUGAUCUAAUAAACCCACCCAGAGCGACGCACAAGAAAUUUAAUAAAUAGUGAAUUUAAUCAAAGAUAAAAGUUCGAAUAUAUUUAACUCUUUAGGACUGUUGUAGAAUUAUUAGGCCUCUAUAAAUUUGUAAGGCCCCUUUAAAUCCUCUUGCUAUACCUCUAAGAGGCCCCCAUAGUUUUACAAGGAAGCUUUGUCUAUAGAACAUAGAAUUUGCAUGUCAGCAAGAAAUAGCUUUGAUAAAAUGUGUAUUUACUAAAAUCCUUGAAACUUAACCUUGAGAAACUAACAAGUGCCAGCUACGCUCCAAAUGGAUAGCUGCCAAAAGGCCCCUCCCGUCGAGUGAGCUCCUCAUUUUAACAAAAUGGCGCUAAAACCUGUAGGAGUUAAGAAAUUACGUAGAUAGUGACCUAAGAAUGGGGAGGGCAUUUUACUAACAUCUUAGCACCUAAGCCAAUUAACAAUGUCUAUUUGUCUAUAUCUUGAUUUUCUUCAAUGAUGUAAUAAUGCCUUUAUAAGGGUCUGCGCACCCAUUUUCUGUCAGAAGCCAUUAAACUUCUCUGAAGUUCUUUCAUUACCCUGAACCUUGUGUCUCAGUGUGAAUUUACUUCUGCGUGCACGCAACUUUAUUAUCUUUAAUUUGGACAGGAACAGAUAGUCAUUCAAACUAAUUGGUUUGCAGUAAAUUAUCUAGAACAGGACCAUCAGUGUCUACCAGAUUGGAUGGCAAUGUAUUGUGCAACGCAAGGUGUUUUUACAGAAUAAUUUUUGCAUGACACAAUGAGUAAACAUUAAAAAUCCAUAAACCACUCAUGUUUCCAUAUGUUGUGGUCUGUCAUUAAAAUGUUUUUACUAACACUGAAAUGCAUGAAUGUGGUACUUCUUGCAUAUUUUCCUUAUGAGUGUGUCAAAAUUAAAGUGCAGCAAAAAAAAGUAUCUCUCUAGUUUACUGAACACCUGGACCACAGCCAUAAAAUGGAAAGUACUUUGGAUCUUAUGAAACUUGUCUGGCACGACAGCAAUUAAUUAAAUGCAAGCUUUCCUAUGAAGAGUUAAAAUAGGUCUUUCACGAUUUCAAAUGCUUAGAUACUUGUUGGGGAUGGCUAUUCUGACAUGAUUUGCCAUCUUCAUUAAUUUACCCCAAUUAAUAAGAGGGAUGUUAACAUGUCCUGUCAGCUUCAGAAGGAGGAAUAGGCAUGGGGUGCUAGUGCAUGGGUCAAAUUUUGCCUGUUACUAUUGUUUGACUGAGUCAUUCAUAGGGUAUUAGGCCCUAAGGCAGAAAUGUUUAUUGGCAUUCACCCUCAAUUUGUGUACUGAUUGCUUCCUGGAGCUCUGGUACACAGAGAUUGCUUCCUGGAGCUCAGGUUGGGGUGAUGUUACAUCCCACCUCUCGGCUUUAGUAAUCUGAAAGUGCUGCCCUCUGUAUGCAGCACUCAUAUGCUGUUGGAGAAAACAUUGAUUUAAUAUAGGAAGUGCCUUUGGGAUUUCUCUUUGAUAAAUGUAUUUCCUUCCUGCAUUGCGUGAAUUCUACAUUCCACAGAGCAGCAUAUUAUAUGUACUGCUGAUCGCUAUGUACAAGUGAUAUGUGUCCAGGGAAACAUGGUGGAUGAAUCAGUCCUAUUCAGAGAUAAGAUUCAUCGUUCUCUUUCUUUCUAUAGCUAGACUCGUAGCCAACUCUGGAUUAAUUGUGUUCUCUCAAUGUCUAACAUGUUUUGCAUUAGAGUAGACCUGGAGAAUGUAUCCAGUUUUCUACCAUUUGCCCAGUUUCUCUUUGUUCUUCACAGUUUGAUUAAUGUGUUUCUUUCUGUUGCAGCCACCAGAGAUGUUGAAAAGAAUGGUUGUGUAUAACACCCCUUUUAAUCAAAACAAGAAACAAGUAACCAUCUCUGAGUGUUGGUCUUUUUGCUCUCUCCGACCUGUCUCCAAGUGUGUUUUUCUAACAGAUAGAUAUGUCUAAAUAGAGAAGUCAGUUCUGAUUAAAACUGUGUCUCAUGGUUGUAUUUUAAAUAUUAUUAAAUUAAUUAAUUUUACAGUCAAUGUUGAAUGAGUCGUAGAACAAAAACAAAACAAUUGAGCAAUCCAAACCAUUUUCAGACAUUGCGUCAAUAAUGCCAAGUGCACGGUAUAAUAUUCCAUGUUUGUAAAACAAUUUAGAUAUGUUGUAAUUUUGUGCAUCCAAAAUGUAUCCAUCUAGUUGCUGAUGGGGUAUUUUAUUGAAAGAAAUUUUAGGCCCCAUUUACUAAAGGCAAUAAUUAUUUAGCAAAUUAUGAAGGUCUUGAUUAUCAGUUUGAAACACUAUCAGCCAGAAAUGUGUCUGCAUCUUUUUAACCCCUUAAGGUUUCCCUUUUAUUCCAGAAGUUUGGUCCUUAAGGGGUUAAGGGGAGAGGGCAUAUGUAACAGACUGGUGAAUAGAGCUCAACAUGGUUUGUUCUUAUUUGUUUUGUAUUUUCUUUUUCUGGGGAGGGGGUCAUACUGUCAAACUGUCCACUACACAUUUGAGAAAACACAGCUGUGCUGAAGGCAUCCGAAAUGUUAAAAAAACAGACCACUUGUCUAAAUUUCAACAAACCAAGCCUUUCCAAGACUGAAUAUUAAUGUAUUUAACCCCUCAAGGACCAAACCUCUGGAAUAAAUGGGAAUCAUGACAUGUCACACAUGUCAUGUGUCCUUAAGGGGUUAAUGAUGGGCUUUCUUUCUGUCUGUGAUCAUGUUUUAUAUUUUUUCUAGAUUAUUAUUAUUAUUAUUGCUAUUUAUAUAGCGCCAACAGAUUCUGUAGCGCUUUACAAUAUUAUGAGAGGAGGGAUUUAGCUAUAACUAGGACAAUUACAAGAAAACUUACAGGAACAAUAGCUUGAAGAGGGCCCUGCUCAGACGAACUUACAUUCUAUAGGAGGUGGGUUAUAAAACACAUUCGGACAAGAAAUAGCAAUCAAAUUAGGUGGGAGUGAAGCAGAGCUGGAGGAGAGAGUAGAAUGCUGCCCUUUAGGAGAGAGCAAGAGACAGGUGUGUAAGGUAGAGGUUGUUCUGGGAGGCCAUAAGUUUUCCUAAAGAGAUGGGUUUUAAGGCACUUCUUAAAGGAUUGAAGACUAGGGGAGAGUAUGAUGGGGGUAGGCAGGCUAUACCAUAGAUUAAUAUAUCUGUUACAUUGUAUUCAGCCCUGUUUCCUUGGUUCCACUGGAAACUUGAAACUAAUGAGAAGCAUUUUUAUGGAGAAUUUUUUUAUACCCCUGAUGUUGGAACCCAAAAUUGAAUCUCCAUGUACCUUUCCAAGGGAUCCACAAUGCUUAGAAUAGAAACAUUGUAUUCAACAGGCAACUGCUUCCAAAUAAUUGACUAUUGUAGUAUAGAGAUGUCGCGAACUGUCUGCCGAACUGUUCGGGAACUGUCCGCUGGCGAACAAUAGCGUGUUCGCGUUGGGCGAACAUAUCCGAUUUCCGGUCCGCCCCCUAUACGUCAUCAUUGAGUAAACUUUGACCCGGAACCUCACAGUCAGCAGACACUUCCUGGGAGGGAGGGUCUGCUGCUCAUUGGGUGGAAUGUGUCUGCUGGCUGUGAGGUUCCGGGUCAAAGUUUACUCAAUGAUGACGUAUAGGGGGCGGACCGGAAAUCGGAUAUGUUCGCCCAACGCGAACACGCUAUUGUUCGCCGGCGGACAGUUCGCGAACAGUUCGGCGGACAGUUCGCGACAUCUCUAUUGUAGUAUUGUAAGUGGUACUUCCUUGUUUAGUGCAACGAAGACCACUUAAAUACCGAAAAGAACCUAUUGAAGGCAUUUUGCCAAAUCGAUAUUGUUGUACAUUACGUAAACAUUAUAGAAUGCAUCAUCGACAUAAUUUUAGAAUUGAAAAAUGGAUCCCUUUAUUGCCAUAGACAGGAUUCGGGUCCAUGUCAAAACAGUAAGCACACCUGAAUUAAAGAAACAGUCAACCUUAAAAAUGAUAAAUUAAUCAAAUAAAGAUUUUGAUGUGUUGUAGGUUAAUUACUACAAGUCACUGCUUGCAGAGUAACCAAAGACAAUGAAUAGCUGGCAUAGAAAAUGUUUCUAAGUCUGCUAUUUUGAUGUUAAAUUUGAAUUUCACUUUAAAUUCACUUUGAGUUCUCAUUUUAGUUAAAACAAGAAAAUCCUUAAAAAUGUCUGCAGGGUGAUUAUUAUUAUUAUUAUACUUGAUUUAUAAAGCAUCACUGCAUUCUGCAGCUCUGUCCAUAGUUACAAUUGGUACAAUUAUAAUGACACAGUAUAAUAUAACUUAGAGACAACACAAAAUAUGACAAACUAAUCCAGGGGGAGAUUAAGGCCCUAUUCGUGGUAAUUUACAAUCUAGAUGAAUGGUGAGUUGAGAAAUAGGAGUUGAGGUCUGCAUGGUUGAGAAUAAUGUUAAUACAGAGUGAGGUAAGGGCAUUUAGUGAGUGGUAGGCUUCCCUUAUGGAGCAUUUUACGGAAGAGAGAUUAGGGUGAAGUCUGAUGGCGUGGGGAAGUGCAUUCCAAGGAGCUUGGUGCCGCGCGCGAGAAAACCUGCAGUCCAGCAUGGGAAGAGAUAAGAGAAGAUGCAAAGAGCAAGUUAUUGUUAGAUCUUAGGGGGCGGACUAUAGUAUAUCUGUUGAUUAGUGAGAACAGCUAGUGGGAAGCAGGAUUAGUAAGGGCUUUGUAUCUCAGAGUGAAAAUUUUGAAGUUAAUUCUGUUGUGAAUGGAAAGCCAGUGACGGUACUCGCAGACAGCACUUCAUCCUCAUACGUUCUAUUUCUGGCUGUCAGGAGAAAGCUUUGAACAUUUCAUGCAUGUUAGAAAUUUUCUGUUUUUUUUUAUUUAUUUUUUAUAUAAUUUCCUUUUUCUUAUUUGCUUGUAUUCCCUAACUCACCAAUAUAGGAGCAAUAACUAACUUUAAAACAUUAUUUUUCUUGAGGGUUUCCAGAAAUAUGUUGAAGACUUUGAUCCUUACACAAUGGUAAGUGUAAGUUCCCCAUUAUUUUAAAGAUCCAUAAUUUAUUAACCAGGAGACCAGUUCAGAGAGAUUGUAGAUAUAAUGCUCUGGUGAGAAGAUCAAAGGCGCAGUAAUAAUAACCAUUGAUUUAUUUAGUAUAAGGAGCAAUUCUUGAAAAAUCCAAACCACCCCUUAGACAUUACUUUCUUAAAUGCAUUAUUUGUCUCCGACAUUACUUUCUUAAAUGCAUUAUUUGUCUAGCCUUGCAUGUGUGACAAUAUUUUUGUAGAAGCAUAAAUAUAUUUUUAAUCAGGUUAUGUCAUAUGGUUUUUGAAUUAUAGCAAGCUCUUUUUUAUUAUAUCAAACAUAAACAAACAAAACAAUAAUUUCCUGAUCCAGGUGGGUUUGGUAGUUAUUUUCUGUAAGAUCUAUUCUCUGCAGAACCAGUUAAAGCUUACAGCACAGAGGUAUUGAUCUAAAGUCCAUUAAACCAUUGAAAUUCUGACAUAGAACACACAUUUCUGUUGUGCUUUCUAUGACAGCUUCUGACAUUCUGAGAUGUAACGCGACUCGAUUUGAGACAUAUACCAUUUAUUUAGGCAGAGAGAUUUAUCCCCAGGCAGAUCAGAUCCUUCAGUUUUUGUAAAUGCACUGAAGGCUCUGAAACAGUCUAGCAAAACUUACUUUAGAUGUUUAUAAACAAUAUUAUUCCAAAACAGACUCUUGUUCUGAUAGAUUUUUGCAAUGAAUUUCUUGUAGACUUCCCAAGACAUUUCAACUGACACUCCAUAAAUCAUACUUUGAUUUUGAAUAAAUUCUAAUUUUUUUUUUUAGUUUAGAAACAUUUUGAUAUAAUUUUUCACAUGCAACUAAUUACCAUUUGUUUGCUGUGCUUCCUAUAAAUUAAAAUUUUCCUGCCCGUGUUUUUAGUUUACGGCUGAUCAAAUUGCGGGGAAAGACGUCCGGCAGCUUCGAAUAAAAAAGGUAAAUGUGACUUGGUGUGGUCCAGCUUAAGAUUGAAUGGGAAUCGAAUUCUAAUAUUUAUCUGAUCAAAUUUGUUCUGAAUAUCUGACAGAGAGGAAUAUAAAAUAUAAAUGUGAUGGAACCAUACAGGAGCCAAAUGCUUAUAAUAUUAAGGUAUUUACUGUGGCUAUAUCAUUUAAUGAUUAUUGCUUUAAUUAAGCAUAUUCUGUAAUUUAUAGUGUAUCUCCCAACAUUUCAAAUGGACAAAGAGGGACACUUUAUUUUUAGAGGUGUGAGUGUGGGGUGUGACCAGGGGCGGGGCUGUUCUGAGAAAUUUUAGGUGACUUGCUGCAACAAUUUAUACUGCUAGAAUGUAAUUUAGAACAAGAACAAUGUGUCUUAUUCACACAGACUGAUUUUUAAACACAUUUAUUGUAGUUUAACCCCAUCUUGCUCCAGGUAAAACGCUGCACUUUGAUAAAUCCUCAUUUCUGGAUUCCUAGUAUUAAAUUUUUGUGUUCUGAAAAGAGGUACAAGGUACUAAAAGUGGGGUAAUUACCGUGGAAACCAUAGGAACCAAUGCACAAUCUAUUGGUGAUUCCUCCACUUUUACAUUUUUGUGCCACUUUUUAGAUCAGAACCGUUUGAUAAGUCUUGCCGGUAUUUCUAAUAAUUCAUCACGUUGUUUACAGGAGGGGGCCCUGGAUCUUGCAGUUGAAGGUGGCAUUGAAUCUCCAAUUGGUAAAAUAGUAGUAUCAGCCAUUUAUGAUGGCGGUGCUGCUGAUAGCCACGGUAAGAAUGUUUAAUGGUCUUUGAAAAUAUCCCCUUCUCCACCUCAGUUUGGCUACUCUGGCCUUAAAUUUGACAUUUUCUUUUCACUUUGAAUUCUCACAUUAGUGAAUAACCCUCUAUGCCACGGGUGUCCUAACUUUUUUCAAAGAGGGCCAGAUUUGAUGAAGUGAACAUGCUUGAGGGCCAACCAUUUUACCUGACAUUCUUUAAACCAUUAAAAUUAAAUGCAAAUUAACUAUUUUAUGCAAAGUUUAUUGCAUACGGCAUACUUUUCAUUUCGUCAUAUGAAUGACAAAUCUAAACACGUGUUAAAUCACUCUGCCUUUCAUUUCUGAAGGCCAGAUGGAAAAAAAACAAAAAGCAGGAAGCUGAAAUAUAUGUCAGGAACAUUGUAAAGUACAUUACAUAUCAUCAGGGCCGGACUGGGAGAAAAAUUCGGCCCGGGCAUUUUUUUUAUCACAGCGGCCCACUAAGAAGGGGGCGGGGCAUAGAGGGUGUUUUUUGUCAUUACCCUCUCAAAGUGAGCAUGUUGGUUCAAUGCUCUUCCCGGGAAGACCAUGCGCAGAGCUCUGCUAAAGAGCUCUAGCAUGAGAAAAAAGCCCUGUAUUUGUUCUGCACAGUGCAAACAAAUUUAAUAACAUGCUUGCUCUGUGUCUACUUGAAACUCGUCUCUGGUUUCUCUAUAAAUGGGAUACCAGGAGACAAAAGGUCCAGGAAAGAGUAUUGUGCAUGUGUUUGGAGCCUGCUUGUGGUAUUGCGUGUGUGUAGAGUGAGCUGUUUGUGGUGUGGUAUUGUGUAAAUAAGGUCGGUUUUAGUCAUGUUGUGUUUUUGGUGUAAUGUAAUGCAUAUGUGGCUAGGGGCUAUAGAAAAUGUGUGUAUAGGGGAUGUAGUAAGUGUGUGCACACAGGCUAUAGUGUGUGUAUAGGUGAUGUAGUGUUUGUAGGGGUUGUAGAGAGUGUGUGUUUAGGGGUGUAGUAUGUGUUUGUUUACAAGGAACGUGUAUGUAUAAGGGAUCCAGAGUGUGUAUGUUAGGAAUGUAGUGUGUGUGUAUACAGGAGUCUGGUGUGUCUUUGAAGGAACCAGAAUGUGUAGGAGAUUUAGUGAGUGUGUGUAUAUAACGGAUUCAGAGUGUAUAAAGGGAUCUAGUGUGUGUAUAUGAUCCAGAGUUGGGUAAGGGAUCUAGUGUGUGUCUGGAAUGUAACCUGGUGGUCCUAGUGGUGAGUGAACUCCAGCCUGCGGGCUAGAGUUCACUUUCGCGAGAGCGGGGGCGUUGCCAUGGCAACGCUCCGGAUCUCGCAAGAGUAACCCGGCGGAGCUACAAGAUAGAGCUCCACCGGGUCCUCCUCUCCCUCCCCAGCCGCAUGUGUAUGCAAGUGGGCCGGUGAGGGAGAUCUUUGAUCUCCCCACCGGCCUGUCAUGGCAAACAGCGGGACUGGCGCUCGGAUAGUGCCGGCCUUGCAUAGACCAGCAGGGGAUGUCCUGUAACCUCCCCUGCCGGCCUCAGCCCAUGGCCACCACGGCCCACCAGGCAUUUGCCCGGUGUGCCCGAUGGCCAGUCUUGGCCUGCAUAUCAUUGGUAUUAAAGGUUGUCAACUUUUAAGUGAAAAAAGUAUGAACAGGAACAUAACACAGGAACAGUAUACAUGUUGUUUCCAAAUAUAUUUAUACCUGAUUUAGACUAACUGAUAUUAACUGAGAUUUUACAAUGUAUUCAUCUCAAUUGGAAAAUAAAUCUUGCCUGCACUAAUGUGAAGGUUGAAACUGAGAUCUGGACUGCAGCACAGGCUAGGUCUGAUUCAAAGGCAGUGGUUUUGAUUCACAAAAUGUCACACAGACGAGAGUCUUUUAGUCUUGUCCUCACGCAGUUUUUGUUAAAGUCACACAAAUGUCAUGCCGAUACAACCUCCCAGCUCCGUGACAUACAUAUCUUAACGUGUAGAUAUACCAAGACAAGUUUUCAUAAAAUACAAGAAACACAAAUAUAAAAUAAACAAAGACAUAGGGCAGUACGGUAUGUACACCAGGAGUGUAUGUGUAUGUAUAUGUAAGUGUGUAUAUAUAUAUAUAUAUGUGUGUCCUGAUGAAAGCUCCUUAGGGGAGCUGAAACAUUCAUGAUGUAUUUCUCAGAAUAAAGAAGAAGAAGAUGUUUUGAAAAUCCUUGGAGUGCCGGUAAACUUUUUCAUUUUAUAUUAUUGAGCAACCAGAGCACCGGGUAAUUUUUAAAUAACUUUUUUUGGCUGGAGUGCAAGGGUUUAUUAUAUAUAUAUAUAUAUGCACUCUCAAAAUGAAUUUGCUUGUAGGCAUAUCUCUCAGAAUGGGUCUUCUAGAUCUUCAAAGAGUCCGAUGGGUUUAACACAGAAGCGGAUUGGCUAAAGGAAAUCCGCCUAAUGGUCAGACUGGCAGAGGCAGAGGCAUAGUUGGAGUUAUUCUGGUUACCGGAAAGUUAUUUCCUCUGAGGAGGUUCAAGCAGUUGAACAAAAUGCGUAGGGCUCAGUAUUCCAUUUUUUAAAAUACAUUUUUAUAAAUUUUUAUAUACUUAGUUUUGCACCUAUUUUUAAUAUAUUUGGAGGAAGAGUGCAUAUCCUGUUCCUGGUUCUUCUGGAUUACGGGUUCGGAGCUUCUGAUUUCUGGUUUUACUUUUGGAUGUGCCUAUACCUAAUUUUAAUCUUGUAAGUGUCAUUCAUAUCAAAAAGUGAUUUAUAUCUUGAAGCUCUGCACUAUGUAUCUCUCCUUUUUUCUACUUAUAUGUGGUCACGUAACCUGUAAGAUAUUGAAGAUGUAUUAGACCCAUUCUAAGAGAUAUGCCUACAAGCAAAUUCAUUUUGUGAGUGCAUCAACUCACAGAUACACUCCUGGUAUACAUACAAUACUGCCAUAUGUCUUUGUUCACUUAAUGUAGACAUCAUUGUUUUUGUUGUAGUUUGCAAAAAUGUAACAUGAAAAUAAAGCUACAAUAUUUAAAAUUGGUUAACUUGCACUGGCUUUAAUUUUUUUAUGAAGAGCUAGUGGAUAUAAUUUAUUUUAUUCCUUGUGGUUAUAGGAGGUUAAUGCAUAAAAUAACUUAGAGACAUGUAAUCUUAAAAACCUAAUUUGAGUAAUAAAUAAAUAAUUUUAAUAAAGCUCGGGUUACAUUGUGCCCAAGGACAGUGAAAAUCUGAGAAUGAAAAUGUUCAUGAAUGCUGUGUUUAUGAAUAUUUAUUAUAAUUUAUGAUUUUGGUACCAGCAGGAUGCUGUACUGUCCCUACAUGAUACAAGGUGACUAUCAGUAGGCUUCUUGUCCAUCGUGUUAAAUAACCGGUUCUUUAAUUCAGUUCAAAAUUCAAUCACUUUAAAAUUCGUCUGCAUGUGUAAUUUAACGGUAGAAUUAUCGAACAGGAUUCAGCAUUAGUUACUAUUUCUUUUCCAGGGGGAAUUGUAAAAGGCGAUGAGAUUCUAGCUGUGAACGGGAAGAUAUUAACCGAUGUGACACUUGCCGAAGCUCAGGCGACGUUGGCAAAAGCUUGGAACAUCGGUGGGGUACGCAUUACUCCUCUAUGACCAGUUAAAAGCAGCUUUUAUGCUAAUGAAUGUUUUUUUAAAUGUUAAUUCUAUUAGUAAUAAACAUAUUAUUUUACAGGACUGGAUAGAUUUGGUCAUAGCUGUGUCUCCCCCCAAAGAGUACGAUGAUGAUGUGUAAGUAUUUAAUCAGAUACUGAAAAUGAUUAGAUUAUUUUGAAUACUUAGUCAGAAACAGAGAGAGAGAGAGGCUAACAAGGAAACAGAAAGAGAGGAUGACCAAUGGAUUGAUGGAUGGAUGGACAGACUUAUAUACAGAUAGGAAAAAAAAGUACCAUCAGCAUGGCCCUUUUAUGGCAGACAGACUGGAUAGAUCACCCAACUGAGGCUGCUGUGACUUUGUUACUUCCUGUAGUGAAACAUUUAAAAAACACAUUUUUGUUAACUAUUUCUUAAGUUUUUCACAAACUCUGCCUAACAGAGAUCUCAUUUAAUUUAACAUUAAAACAAAAGAUGAAAAUAAAAAGGUAAUUAAAGGAACAUACCAAGUGAACUUCUGUCUUUCAAAGAGGAAGAGACUGACACUCGGCAGACCAGGUAACUUGGCAUUCCAUUGGCAAAUGGUCUGACUAAUUUCACAGCGGAGGGGCCAGGGCACAUCUGGCACCACUACCACUACAACAUGCAAUAGUGGUUAUGGAUCCUGGAGGUUUCGUUUAACUCUCAUAUCUUUAUUUUGUGGUACAGUUUUGUUUAAGCCGAAAUAUGUAAGGUAGAUGCUCCAUAUUUUUUGGACAAAUUCGUUUGAAAGGGACAUUGAUAUUCAUUUACCAUGACAUACAUAUUACAAUAGACACAAUACUGUCACUAAGUCUGGAAAAAAUAGGGUCUACUUGGAUGUUGCUGCAUUUUUGAUUGGAGAUUAGAAAUUGUUUAAGUAGCCAAGGGGAAAGCAAACAUCUCUCCUCUGCCCAUUCCAUUAUAUGUACGUCGAGAGGAGCUUGUUUACCCGACAUGCUCCAUCACAGCUACAGUGGUGGAUCCCGAGCUAUGGUAGUGUGAUUGUGUAUACAGCUCCUUUCUAAAUUAAAUACAGGAGCUUCAAAUAAGCUGACAGCAGUGAAGAUAGUCUUAUCUGAUGACUGGUAAAUCUCUAAUUUUGAACAGGUCUUCAUUCACUCGUACUCUUUAAGAGUUUUGGGAAUAUGCUCAACUGAUUGGAUUAACUAAACCCUUAUUUGGCGAGAGCUUACAGGGACACUAUAGGCACCAAGAACACUUCCGCUCGUUAAAGUCAUCUGGGUGCAGUGUCCCAGGUCUCUUAACCCUGCAAAGGUAAUUAUUGCGGUUUUUAAUAAACUGCAAUAAUUACUUUUGAGGGUUAACUCCUCCUCUAGUGGCCACUAGAGGGACUUCUAGGUCGUUAGGUGACUUUUGGGCACUGUAGAUGAGGAUAUCCAGCGUCACCCACUGUAUAAUGCUUUCACAUGCAGAUUAGGUCUCCCUAGCCAAUGUCAGCAGAGUCUGAACCAGCGCAAAGGGAUGUCAGCGCUGGAAUUAGGUAAGUGACAAAAGGUUGUUUUUUUUAACCACUUCUGCUCCACAGGGGGGUGGGGGAGCAACUUUCUUUUCCUGGCACUAGUUUCCCUUUUAAUGGAGAAGUUGGAAAUCAUGGUGUUUUGCGGCAAAUGCUGAAAUAGCAAUUGUAUUUUUUAUUUGUAUUUAUUUGCAUUCCUUAUUUAUGCUGUUAAUACUGAAAGUGAAACUUGUGCUAAUGAUGUUUUGAAAUUCCUAAUGUUCUAUAUAUAUUUGCAAUUAUUUAUUAAACCUCGUGUUGUAGAAAUUUGGGAACAGAGCUGCAAAUUUUAGGCUGACCUGGAAAAAUGUUCGAGUUGGAGAAAUUUCCAAUUUGGUUACUUUGGCCUCAAAGACGCCUUGUUAACUUUCCACAGGUUUUGGAUUAAUGAAAAACAUGCUGAUCGUUAAUAUAGAUCAAUAUGGAUAGAGUGUAAUUCCUCUUUAAAAAAAACUGUUGCAGAAUUAUUGCCAUAUUGUUGGGGCACCGCUUUCAUCUCACACAUUUGUACCACAUCCUACUUACACCAUCAAUACUAUUACUCGGCUUAUUGUCCCCGACUACAAAUAGAAGGCGUAGCUGUAAUUGUGGAGGGGUUACCCGGCUAUAAAAACAUGUGCCACCCCCUCACUGUUCCAUUAAUGCCGCGAACAGCCCACCCACCACUCCCCUUUUACAAGCCAUUCAUUUGGUGGGCACUCUUUAUUUACAGGCCUAACCAAACAUUGGUCCCGGUACACCACAACUGACUUGUACCACAUCCUACUUAUACCAUCAAUACUAUUACUUGGUUUAUUGUCCCUGACUACAACUCUAUCUUUAUUUGAGUGAAUCAUUCCCUGUUGCAGUGCUUUUAUUUAAAUCUAAUGUAUGUACUUCUUUUACAAACAAGGGAGGAUCCUGAAAUAUGUUAAAAUUAAAAACUCAACACACAGAUGGAGAAGUGUGGUAUUUAGUAAGGUAAAACAGGGGCUGUGUUAGGUGCAAAGUGCUAAAUGUUGAGAGACAGUCUGUUGGUUUCCCUAGUGAUUGUUCCUUAUCCAGAGUGUUGCUCCAGAAUAGCUUCUCCUUUUCCCUCAAUUCAUCUCUCCUUAAGUGAGAAAAAAGUAUUGUUUUGGAUUAUCUGUAGUCAGGGCCGUCAUCAGGGGGUGACAAACAUGAUGGUUGUCACAGGCCCGGCGGUCCUGGGGGGCCCGGACUGCUCUGGCAGUCCCGGGCCCCACUUUCCCUCUCUGCACACAUAGAAAGCGAAUAUCGCUAUCUAUGUGUGCAGCCGCGGGCCCCUGGCUCCCUGUUACCGCAGAGGGGGCCCAGCACACAGCUUCUACUCUCUUCUAAUAACUCUCGCGAUACCCAGUUACCAUGGCAAUGCUCCGCGGGUCUCGCGAGAGUUAUUAGAAGAGAGGAGAAGAGAAGAGUAGAAGCCGUGUGCUGCCUGGGCCCCCUCUGCGGUAACAGGGAGCCGGGGGGGCCCCCAUGCCACCGGACCACCAGGGAUCAUGGAAUAACAUUUAAUUUAAUGUAAUAUACACUAACACAACACACACUCUGCAUACACUAACACAACACAACACACACACUGCAUACACUAACACCACACACACACUGCAUACACUGACACAACAUACACCGACACAACACACACACCGCAUACACUAACACAAUGCAUACACUAAUACAACACACACUCUGCAUUCACUAAUACAACAUACACUCUGCAUUCACUACACUAACACACACUCUGCAUUCACUACACUAACAAACACUCUGCAUCCGCCACACUAACACACACUCUGCAUCCGCCACACUAACACACACUCUGCAUUCGCUACACCAACACACACACUCUGCAUCUGCUACACACUAACACACACUCUGCAUUCACUACACAUUUACACACACUCUGCAUUCACUGCACUAACACACACACUACAUUCAUUACACUGACACUGUCUGCAUUCACUACACAUUAACACACACUCUGCAUUCACUACACAUUAACACACACUCUGCAUUCACUGCACUAACACUCUCUGCAUUCACUACACAUUAACACACACUCUGCAUUCAUUACACAUUAACACACACUCUGCAUUCAUUACACACUAACAUACACUCUGCAUUCACUAAACUAUGCACACACUCUGGAUUCACUAUACUGACACACACUCUGCAUUCACUACACUAACAUACACUCUGCAUUAACUGUACACACAGCAUCCACUACACAAACAUCCUGUAUUUACAGUACACACACUACAUCCACCACAAAUUGAAACACUCUGCAUUCACUAUACACAGACACUGCGUCUAAUACACACAUUACAUCCACUACAGACACUGCAUCCACUAAACACAUUUCAUCUAGUACAUACAAACACUACAUCCACUACACAAACACACACAACAUCACUGUACACACACUACAUCCACUACUCAAACACACUCUGCGUUCACUAUACACACUGCAUCCGCUACACAAACACACACUCUGCAUUCACUGCACAAACAGUAUCUAAUACACACAAACACUACAUCCAUUACACACAUUCUAAUUCACUUCCACUAUACAUAGCACAUUCAGUCCUGCAUCACUGUCAGCGGACUAGGUAGGGUGUGGGCGGGCCCAGGUGGGAGGGGGUGUGCCCAGACCUUGUGCUUGUCAGAGGCCCCAAAAUUUCUGAUGGCGGCCCUGUCUGUAGUUAUAGAAAAUUGUAAUUUAAAAAAAAAAAAAAUUGAAAUCCUGUAUCUGUGAGUCACGCCUCCCAAAUAUACCCUUUUACCUGUUAUUUGUCAUCAAUCAUGGACAAAGAACAGUGCGCCUAUAGAGCAUGCUCAACCAGAUUUUGGGCCAACAUAAGGCCUUGAUUUAAUAUUGCUGGAUAAGCUUUUCAAAUGAUUUACUAUCUGGAUACACUUUUAAAAUAUUUUUUUUAAAAUAUGAAAUUAUAAAUAUCAUGUUUAAAAAAAAAAAUAUAUUAACAUUUUAGUAUUUUUAUACUCUUAAAUCAUUUUAAAAGUUUAUCAUCAAUAUUGGGGGUGCAGGGUCAGAUUAAGAGCACAGUGGUCCUGGUGCUGACAAUUAUGAGGGGCCUAAGUACAGAAUCUUAUCGACCAAAACCAUUAAAACAGUCAUACCUCUCAAGUGUUAUGUAUCUGGUGGAGAUGUUGCCGGAGGGAAACUCAUAGGAUGCAGCUAUAAGAAAAUCCAGAUUCUAUUAAAAUAUGCUAAUCUCUCUCUAAUUAAUGCUUUCAUCUUUCAAGUAAAUCCAUACCCCCUAACAGCAGUGUCCAGUGAAGCAGCAAGUCAGUGGGGGGGUGUAAAAGGGUGUGCCACUGACACGGAUCAUGUAACCAGAACUCCCGAAAGGGCUGAACAUGUGCAAAAAGGAGUCAUGUCUGCCCAAAGAAUUGGAAGGCUAGUCUGGCAUGAAUGCAUGUCAGGCUGCCUGCCAAUCAUGCAUGCUGGCCAACAGCAUCCUGAGCUUGGCAUAAAUGCGGCUAAUGAUACGCUCGCUCCAUACUUUCUAAGGACUGUCCCCUAGCACUCACAUGUCCCCUUGUCUCCUUACCUUCUUACUAGCAGACAGAAGCUCCUGUUCUACAGUCUGAGACAGAGAAAAGGUGUAUGUAGUGAGUGUAGAAGAAAGGGAACAUGCCACAGUGUUAGAGACCAAAGUCAGCAUUACCUGAACUAAUUUCAUUUCAGCUAGUCCACACAAGUAUUGUUUCCAUAUAUGCCUCUUAAGUUUCCAUACUUAAGCAAGAGUAUGUGAAGAGUAGUUAGGGUUGCCACCUUUCAUGGAAAAAAAUACAGGCCUCUACUGAUUUGCAUAACUAAUUAUGUAUGCGUGACAUCACAUAGGAGUGACUUAAGAGAAAAUUCUGUAAAAUCACCAAAAACUACUUACAGUUUGAUUCUGCUAUAUAGAUGAAUUGCUCCCAGUGUCUCCCUGUCGCCCAGUGUCCCCAUGUCACCAAUGUCCACUAGUGUCUGUGUCCCCAUGUCAGUAGGGGACACUGAGAUUGGGGGUCACUGAGACUAAGUAUAACAGUGUCCCUAUGUAUCAGUGUCUCAGUGCCCCAUGUCUCUCUGUGUCCCCAUUUCGCCCAGUGUCCCCUAGUGUAUGUGUCCCCAUGUCUCUGUGUCCCCAUGUCACUAGGGGACACUGAGAGACAUGGUACACCAAGAGACACUUGGGGGCACAGACACUUGCACCGGCACCAGCCAGACAGCCUCAAAUAAAUACCAGCCAGGUGGCAACCCUAAGAGUAGUGUGUAAAUAAACAUUUUUUUUUUCCAAUCAAAAUGCCUAUUCCAUGGGCAUGGGCCUGGAGCUGCAGUUCCAUCAGCCCCUAUGUUAAUCUCGCCCUGGAGGGGCGCAGGUUCAAAUCCCGACAGAGUUGACUCAGCCCUUCAUCUUUUGGAUAAAAUUAAUACCAUUGGGUAAUAGUAACAUCCCCUGGAUGUUGGGCAAAAGCAACUUUCCCUGGAUCCCCAUACUUUGUUAUUAAAGGACCACUAUAGUGCCAGGAAAACAUACUCUUUUUCCUGGCAUUAUAGUGCCCUGAGGGUGCCCCCACCCUCAGGAUCCCCCUCCCGCCGGGCUCUAGGGGGUGAAAGGGGUUAAACUUACCUCUUUCUCCAGCGCCGGGCGGGGGACUCUCCGCCUCCUCUCCUCCUCGGCUGAAUGCGAAUGCACGGCAAGAGCUGCGCGUGCAUUCAGCCAGUCUCAUAGGAAAGCAUUCAUAAAGCUUUCCUAUGGACCCUGGCGUCUUCCCACUGUGAAAAUCACAGUGAGAAGCACGCAAGCGCCUCUAGCGGCUGUCAAGAGACAGCCACUACAGGCUGGAUUAACCCAUUUAUAAACAUAGCCGUUUCUUUGAAACUACUAUGUUUAUAGAAAAAAGGGUUAACCCUAGCUGGACCUGGCACCCAGACCACUUCAUUAAGCUGAAGUGGUCUGGGUGCCUAUAGUGGUCCUUUAAUAUUAAAUUGACGCCUAAAAGUGAAAAUUCUAAUGUUUGGAGUUUGCAUUUUUUCCAAUUUGGCUCUUUUGCCCCAAAUUAUUCUGUUUUUUGCUCACUUAUAUUCAGCUUAUGUGAUGUUUGUCAGGUGAAAAUGUAUUGGAAGUUUAAAAAAAAAAAAAAGAGUGUUUGAUAUAAAAAUAUAAAGAAUAUUUUGUGCAGAAUACCUGCAGUGAAUUGUUAGAAUCAGUAUAUAAAUUUUAUAAAUUAUUAGUUCUGAAGACUUGCAAACAAUGUAUUAAUUUAAUUUACUCUGAAUGUAGUGUCGAAUUGCCUAGAAUUCUAUUUUCUCCACCCCUUUCCUAUUUACAUUACACUAACAGCAUAUAGCCUCCUUUGUUGUUACAAUUUAUCUGUGUGUGUUCUGUGAGCAGUUAUGGGUUCUUAGUUAGUGUGACUUGCUGUGACAUCAUAACCAUAUCAAAUUAAAUGAUGUUAUGAUGUCACUGGGUGCAGCUGUACACUGCAGAGCAGGUGUAGGCAACCUUCAUCACUCCAGAUGUUGUGUACUACAUAUCGCAUAAUGCUCUAACAGCCAUCAUGCUAACAAAGUAUCAGGGGAAAUGUCGUCCACAAACUCUGGAGUGCCGAAGGUUAAAUACCCCUGCUGUAGAGCAUGACUUUAACCAGACCUUUGGUCUGCUGUUUAUUUCUAUCCCACCUUGUUUUACUGCUCAUCAGUGGGCUAUCUGCCAAUGUUUUAUCUUUUUUUUUCUGUAUUUCUCCAGCCCUCCUUUUACUGCAAGUAUCACGCCAGACAGAACACUGUUUGGUAACAGUGACUCUGUUUACAGGCAAGGGUUUCUUAUGCAACUGCAGUAGACCUCUGCCGUUCCCCCUUCUCGGACCGUAGAGAGACCAGGUUUCUAUCUAAUGCUAUAUUUGUAUUAAGCAUGCUGCACUAUACUGACUGCAUGACUCAGUGUGACAUAACAACGGGGGAGGGCUGGCUAGGGAGCAGGGAACCAAUUUGCCUCCCAGGUCACUAGCAUAGAGAGCAUUGUGUGUUGAUGUCUCACAGCACAAUACUAAACUAUAUUCUGUAACGGUAUUAUUUUGUUAUUAUUGUAUUCUAUUUCUUGCAGUAUUAGUAUAACAUUUCAUUAUAAAACUAAAAAAGGGAGUGGGAUUUGCUAAUUUGGUCUCAAACUGGGCUAUUUAUUUGGAGCUGCCCCCAGGCCAAAUGUAACCAGCCCUCCCCUGCAAUACAAUAUAGUUAUGUGAACUGUUGGCUAGUUUCACACAAGGUAGACUAUAGAAAGCUUUGUCUACAUCAGAACACACAAUUCAUGUCUUUCUCAAUGUCCCAUAAAAUAGAAAAGUAGCAUAUACUGCAAAUGCCCAGUAGAGGUGCAAUGACCAGAUGGCUAGGGCUUAAUCUAUGAUAAUUCAAAUGCACUAAAAUCCACAAGGUAUACAUGACUGAGGGUCCGUUGUCUUAGUUAGUCUACCUGCAACAAUACCCUGCAAUACCCAGUCACUAAUGUCUUCAUUGCCCUGAUUUAAAUUGGGCUGCUAUCCGUUGUAGUGAAGGGCCCAUUUUAUAUCCCAGCACAGCUUUGCCCCAAUAGUUAUCCACAGAUUAAACAAAUAAAUAUACCCUUACAGAAAAUAAAGUUAACAGUCUGGCACCAUGUCUAUAUUCUGUACUCUAUACAGUAUUGCAGGUGGGUAUGUAGUCUGGCACCAAACCUUCACACUUCAGUUGUCUUUUACCUGACUAUAUCCAUGCAGAGGAUUUUUCCACAAUACUCGUUUGAAUGCUUUAUUUGAAGUUAGAAUGUAUUUGCUUGGUUUGGCAUAUUGCUAUCAGAGUUCUGACCUCCCAUGCACCAUUAGGUCAUAUGAUUGUCCGUCUGAUUUUAUUAUUUAAACAUUGGUUCCCGAACUAGUCCAUAAAGACACCCCUAUCAAUCCAGGAUUUAGGGAUUACCCAGUUGUGUCUAAGAUGUUUUAAUAAAGAAAGAAGAAAACACCCUAAGACACAAUUGGGUAAUCACUAAAUCCUGGACUGGUUGGCAUGUCUUGAGGACUGGUCUGAGAACCACUGAUUUAAAGUGUUGUAUUUUAGAGGCAAGUGGCAUAAUGUUUUUCUUUUCAGCUGCGUAGGUUUGCAGUCUGCAACUAUUUAAAAACCCAUCCUACGUCCUAGCCCCUCCCCAGCUGCUAUUCAGCAGCAAAGUACCUUUGGAGCCAUGUAUGCUAUGGAACACUGACAGAUAACAUAUUGGCAAGAGCCCAGCACAGACAUGAUGGGGAUUGAUGGGCAAAUACAUGUACAUGGGUAGUAAUGCUGAGAAACAUAAUAGCACUUAGUAUUGGUUGCAGCCUCUGUUCUGUGUCAAAUCAUUUAAAAAUGACAUAAACCGAGGGUCCCCAAAACACCCGUGGUGCAACCCAUGGAAAUUUUUGUUUGUGUCGAACUGCUCAAAAAUGGUUUGGCACAGAACCAAAGCAGGCACAAAGAGCAUGCGAUGCCAUGAGGACUAUAUUGGGAAGCAGUGAUUAUGGUGCUUAUUGUGUCCUUCACUGUCUCUUUAGACAAAUUAAGAUACAUGUGUUAGAGGUUGUGGAAUUGGAAGAUGAAAUGGAUUUUCAUUCCAGCAUUCAUUCACAUAGAUGCUAAUGUGCUCUGUAAACAUUUUACUUUGAAAUUCAUCCAUUUUUAUUCAUGUCCGUGCAGAGGCAAUUGAGUUGUAAAAAUGAAUAACAGACUAAUUUAGUAUUCCUGUAGAAUGCACAAUUACUGCAAAACGCUGUCAUUAUCUGUUCUGUGGCCUGUUACAUUUGUAAAUUGCCUCUGUAAUCAAAUCUGCUUCUGUGAUAUCAGUUACACCUUGAUUAUUAUCAUUAUUUAAAUGGAAAUCCCAUAAAACAUGUAUUUUUCUGUGAAUAGAUGGAAAUAGUAUGUAUUUUUUGCUCUGUUAUCCACAAAAUAUCCAGCACAAGAAGUUUGAAUUUUGUGUUGCAUUCUCCUAUAGAAACACAGCCAUAUCACCUACAGAGCUGCUUCCUCUGAAGUCAAGAGAAAGAAUUCUAAAUCAGUCUUGCAGCAUCCUACUAGGAUGCAGUGGGAAAACAGUUUUUAUUAUUAAAGUUAUAGUUGCAAAAUGAUAGAUUUUAAUGUCUAAGAUUUAGAACAUUAUCUUACUGAUAGGCAGUGUCAUUAAAGUUUAAAAAGAAUGAUUUAGAUUUGCAAUUAAAACUGACAAACAAUCUAAAGAACUAACAACACAAUGCUCGUUAUUUUUGUGUUACAAACAAAGAUUAUUUAUUAACAUGUGAAUAAUACCAAUUACAAGAGAAUAUAAUGACAAACAAACAAUGAUUAAAAAGAUACUUCCCCGGUUUUGCAGCUCUCCAAUAAAAUGUCACUCUAAGCACCAAAACAUCUUUAGCUUAAUGAAGUGGUUUUGGUGCAUAAAGCAUGUAUCUGCAGUUUCACUGCUCAAUUAUUUGCCAUUUAGGAGUUAAAUCACGCUGUUUAUACUGUCCUAGCCAUGCCUCUCCAAAAUGAGACUCACAUCAUAGCCUCUCUAAAUACUUCAUGAAAAAGUUGAAAUAUUUUUAAAUUAUCUUAUUGCAUAACGUGUUUAAUCUAGAAUGUCUUACCUCCUAUUCUGUUAAUAACAUCCUAGAGCCUAUGGGAGCCUUCUGUGCUUGGUUAAAGUUUAAUUAACAGAGCAGGAGAUAAAAACCUCUAAAAUAAACAUACUGUGCUGUAAAAAUGAUACCUUUAUUUUUUGGGGGGUGGGAGAGGGGGGUGUGUAAGCCUUAACCAGCACAGAUGUAACUAAACACAGUGAUUUAACUCUUAAAUGCUAGAGAAUUUGAGCAGUGAGGUUGCGGGGACAUGCUCCAUACACGAACACUGUUUCAUUAAGCUAAAGUUGCUUUGGUACUUAGUGUCCCUUUAAAAGCUACUUAUAUAUAACUCCACACCAAGUGCAUUUAUAAACUAGAAACUUGGUCACAUACAGGCGGAGGCAAAGAGAAAUCCAAUUGGAUAGCAAAGUGUACAAGGUAACACUUCAAGAGUAAACACUUGUAUGUCAUUAUACAACUUUGUAGUGCUAAAGUUACCUUAUGCUAUAGAUCCUUUUUUUACAGAAAAAUAAACAUCAUAUUAAAGAAAGUUAGGCAAUUUGGGCUUUUUGCAACGCAUUAUCCUGGAGCUUCUGCUCCAAUAGACUCUACGUUAAUCUGACCCCCUGCUCCUCUAUACGAAAAACUGUCUGAGUGUCGCAGAAAAUGUAGAUAAUAUAAUCUGUUUUAUCAAGAUUCCCCAUCUGUGUUUGCAAACGUUCACAGCAAGACAAAUGAACUCUGUGCUAAUAUUAUGAUUUUAAUGGAAGACUGACUGUGUGAUUUGUACACAUAAUCCAGAUAAUGUAUCUAUUUAUGUGUUUUUUUUGUGUGUGUGUGGUGUGUGUGUGUGUGGUUUGCUUUUUCAGCAAUUAGAAUUUUCCAUUCAUUUUAGUUAAAGUUUUUAAAACAUUUUGGUAGUGCUCUGUACUGGAAUUAACUAUGACUGGACCCCCUGCAUGCUCUUAGUCUCUUUUUUCUGAUUUGCUGAUAUUUUUUAUACUUUCUUUUCUUUUUCUUUUUAAAAUGUGUACUGUGUAAUAAGUGGAUUCUCUGAGGCUGUAAUUUUAUUUCAAUCUGUCAAUCUUACCAUACCGUUUUCCAAACGCACAUUUUAUUAAGUAAAAACAAAUUAAAAGUAAAUCAUGUUUUGUUUAGCUAAUACUUGUUUGUUUGUGUUAUCUUUUAGGACUUUAUUUUAAUGAGAAAAAAUAUCUACUGGAAAAGAAGAAAGUUGCUUUGAAAAAAUGUCAGCUCUGCAAACAAACGCAGCUGUUUCUUUACUCCGAGCCAAUCAUAAUGAUUAUGUUUACUUAAUAUACAGACUAAAUGUUGACCUCUCCUUGUUGAUUAAGAUGCAUUAGCUUAUCUAGAAUAACAGAAACUAAUACAGCCAUCAUUUUAUUGUAUUAAUGCAAUCUACCUGGAAGAAAAAUUUAAUGUAUGUCUUAAAAAUAUAAAAAAACUUUUCAUUCUCAAAUAAAUUUAUGUAAUAAAAUUUAAAUACUGAA